AUGAAGGAACCUGAAUUAAGGCGGUGAUAUACUCUUCUAUUUAGGGCAUAAUCAGGCAAUUUUGGGACGCAUCUGCUUUGCUUUUUUUGCACUGACAAUUACGCAUCUAUUUUUAUCCCCUUUUUUAGUUUUCCCCAGGUCCUGAAACAGAGCCUUUGUGUGAUCCUCAAAAUCAGAGCUUUGUGGAACCGGAGCAAAAACCGGGAGAGCUGCUAACGUUUCAGACUUCAAAAGAUACGGAGAGGAACAAAGGCAGCUAAUCUACCUCCUUGCUGAAACUCUUUAAGAUUUUCCUGUCCCUCGCCAGUCAGGGGUGGUUAUUUUGUUUUGCAGUGUUUUUACCUGCUGGGAAGAGCUGAAUUUUGCAAAUAGAGUCUAAUCCAGGCUUGCUCUCUCUCUCUCUCUUUCUCUCUCUUUCUCUCUCUCUCUGAGCUUACAUAACUGUUCAGGGCGUUCGAUUUUUUACAGUUGCGGGUGCUCCAGCUUCCACCCUAGAACAGCAAACCAGCUUUCUAAUUAAGUACACGCUGAACAAGGCGGGCAAUUACACACAGAUAAGCAGAUGAGUCAAAUUAGCCGUCUGCCUUGUGGGCCUGGAGCCACACACACACACACACACACACACACACACACACACACACACAGUGUCCAGAGCUGGUGCGUUGUGCAAACUGCUAGUCUGAACGAUUCUUUUUAUAGGCUAGGGGGUGAUGGGUUUAUGGAACCAAGAGGGCCCCCCAAAAAGUUUGGGAAGCUCUGCGUUCGUCUAUAUACUGAUCGUUCCUUCUAAUCAGUUCAGGGGUACAUGUUAAAGGACAACAGACUUUUAUUAUUCUGCAUCCAUCCUGAUUUGCUUUUGGGACAUCUGCACAUCUUCCUCUUGGCCAUUCAUUCGAACCCCACACUUCAGUGCCUUUCCCUAAAGGUAAAUGUAAAGGAACCCCUGACCAUUAGGUCCUGUUGUGGCCGACUCUUGGGUUGCGGCGCUCAUCUCGCUUUACUGGCCGAGGGAUCCGGCGUACAGCUUCCGGGUCAUGUGGCCAGCAUGACUAAGCCGCUUCUGGCGAACCAGAGCAGCGCACAGAAACGCCGUUUACCUUCCCACUAGAGCAGUACCUAUUUAUCUACUUGCACUUUGACGUGCUUUCGAACUGCUAGGUUGGCAGGAGCUGGGACUGAGCAACGGGAGCUCACCCUGUCGCGGGGAUUCGAACCGCCAACCUUCUGAUCGGCAAGUCCUAGGCUCUGUGGUUUAACCCACAGUGCCACCUGCGUCCCUAUAACUUCCCAAACAAGCAAAAAGCCUGCUUUGUGUCCCCUCACCCUGUGGAUUGGUUUUGCUAGAGCAUGGGUAGGCAAACUAAGGCCCAGGGGCUGGAUUCGGUCCAAUCGCCUUCUAAAUCCAGCCCACGGACGGUCUGGGAAUCAGCGUGUUUUUACAUGAGUAGAAUGUGCGCUUUUAUUUAAAAUGCAUCUCUGGGUUAUUUGUGGGGCAUAGGAAUUCGUUCAUAUAUACCGUAUUUUUUGCUCUAUAAGACUCACUUUUUCCCUCCUAAAAGGUAAGGGGAAAUGUGUGUGCGUCUUAUGGAGCGAAUGCAGGCUGCACAGCUAUCCCAGAAGCCAGGACAGCAAAAGGGAUCGCUGUUUUCACUGCACAGCGAUCCCUCUUGCUGUUCUGGCUUCUGAGAUUCAGAAUUAUUUUUUUCUUGUUUUCCUCCUCUAAAAACUAGGUGCGUCUUGUGGUCUGGUGCGUCUUAUAGAGCGAAAAAUACGAUAUUUUUUUCAAAAUAUAGUCUGGCCGCCCACAAGUUCUGAGGGACAGUGGACCGGCCCCCUGCUGAAAAAGUUUGCUGACCCCUGUGCUAGAGGCACAGAGCUCUUUAACCCACUGAGGUCCAGCGCCGAGGGCCUUCUGGCGGUUCCCUCAUUGCGAGAAGUGAGGCUACAGGGAAUCAGGCAGAGGGCCUUCUCGGUGGUGGCGCCCACCCUGUGGAACGCCCUCCCUUCAGAUGUGAAGGAAAUAAGCAGCUAUCCUAUCUUUAAAAGACAUCUGAAGGCAGCCCUGUUUAGGGAAGUUUUUAAUAUUUAAUGCUGUAUUGUUUUUCACACUUGAUUGGGAGCCGCCCAGAAUGGCUGGGGAAACUCAACCAGAUGGGCAGGGUAGUAAAGGUAAAGGGACCCCUGACCAUUAGGUCCAGUUGCGGACGACUCUGGGGUUGCGGCGCUCAUCUCGCUUUACUGGCCGAUGGAGCCGGCGUACAGCUUCCAGGUCAUGUGGCCAGCACAAGUAACUCUGGCGAACCAGAGCAGCGCACGGAAACGUUGUUUACCUUCCUGCCGGAGCGGUACCUAUUUAUCUACUUGCACUUUGACGUGCUUUCGAACUGCUAGGUUGGCAGGAGCAGGGACCGAGCAACGGGAGCUCAUCCCAUCGCGGGGAUUCGAACUGCCGACCUUCUGAUCGGCAAGUCCUAGGCUCUGUGGUUUAACCCACAGCACCACCCGCGUCCCUAGAUGGGCAGGGUAUAAAUAAUAAAUUAUUAUUAUUAUUAUUAUUAUUAUUAUUAUUAUUACUACUACUACUACUCAAAAUGUGUAAACCCGAAUUCCCCAUACGCCCUUUAAUCCCCACUGCCAAACUCAUCUGGAGACCCCAGACCAUCUUUGCCCCUUAUUCAUUGCAGAAGUCCUUUCCUGGAAAGAAGAGGCCUUUCUCCUUGGGCUGCCGAGUCUCGUGUCCUAUAAAAGGCUGGGAUUAAACACCCGCCUGCUGCAGAAUUUGACCCCCUGUGACCUGCCAGACUUUGCCGAGGUAAACCCCAGUCAGCUGAUGUAUCUCUGCACACUCAUUAAAGGAAUUAUUUUCUGCUGACAUUCAGUCGGUGGCUGGAGAGAGAGAGAGAGAAUGGGGAAUUCAAAGAGGUGGGAGAGAGGCAGUGGAAACAGCAGGAUUGGUUUUAUGUAAGCAGGAAUUAAAAAUGGUUUUUCAGAGAGCGCAGAAAGGAUAGACAUUCCCCGCGUGUUUCCUGUUUACCUGGUGAUCUGAUUCCUGAUGAAGCAGAGUUUAAAUCCCUGGAUGGUUUUUGUUUACCUUUUCUUUUUUUUUAGUUGACUCCGAACCGCAAUCACGCGGUGAUGUCUUUGAUCCACGUGUUUUUGUCUGCCAGACAUGCAUGCUGGAUGUUCUUUGUGACAGCCUCUGCAGCGACGCUUCUGAAGGCCUGCUCCGCCCGACCUAUUUAUCGAGCAUCCUUGCACCAAGUUUGCUCGGAAGUUAAACCAGGGCUUGUUCCAGCUGAGUUCUGCAAUGGGGCAGAGGAGGAGGAGGAAAUUGGGCGCCAGUACGGCCCUUUGGACUGGUUGCAAGCAAUGAAGCAGGGAGGCAGUGGCCAGCUAGGUUUCAGGGGCAACACCCCAUUUAUCCAAAUGCACUAGAGUCCACUGGCUUCCACACUCUUUGGUGACAUUUUCCGUGGCCAAAUAAAGGUAAAGGUAAAGGGACCCCUGACCCUUUGGUCCAGUCGUGGCUGACUCUGGGGUUGCGGCGCUCAUCUCGCUUCAUUGGCCGAGGGAGCCAGCGCACAGCUUCCAGGUCAUGUGGCCAGCAUGACUAAGCUGCUUCUGGCGAACCAGAGCAGCGCACGGAAACGCCGUUUACCUUCCCGCCGGAGUGGUACCUAUUUAUCUACUUGCACUUUGAUGUGCUUUCGAACUGCUAGGUUGGCAGGAGCAGGGACCGAGCAACGGGAGCUCACUCCGUCGCGGGGAUUUGAACUGCCGACCUUCUGAUCGGCAAGUCCUAGGCUCUGUGGUUUAACCCACAGGGAUUGCCUUAAUAGGUAUUUCAGAGAUGUAUUCAACUGGCUUUCAGGGGCACCUCUUCUCCAUUAAGAAGAGGUGGCUUAGAGCCCUCGUAUUUACGGGACCGCCUCUCCUGGUAUGCCCUGCAGAGGACCUUAAGGUCCAUGAACAACCAUAGUUUAGAGGUCCCGGGCCCUAAGGAUGUCAGACUAUCCUCCACCAGGGCCAGGGCCUUUUCAGUGAUAGCUCCGACCUGGUGGAAUGCUCUGUCCAAUGAUUCCAGGGCCCUGCAGGAUUUCACUUCCUUCCACAGGGCCUGUAAGACAGAGCUAUUCCACCUGGCUUUCAAUUUGAACUUAGCCUGAUCUUUUAUUCCCCUUCCUUCCCUCUCCUCCCCUUUUUAUGAAGAUUACCUGCUCUGAGACCCCACAACUAAUUCUCCCCUGGUCUCCUCGCUGGCCCAAAUAGGACUAAUUUAGCCAGCUAGCCCUGGUGAUCAUCUAAUGUUUAUUGGAUGGAUUUUUCCCCUAAACUGAUUUUUGAUUUUAUUGUUGUUCACGUUAUAUACCGUAUUUUAUGCUGCUUUUUGUAGCAUCAAUUAUGUGUUUUAAAUUUGUUGUUAGCUGCCCUGAGCCCAGUUUUCUGAACCGGGAAGAAGGGGGUAUAAAUAAAAUAUUAUUAUUAUUAUUAUUAAUUAUUUUGUCCGAUUCUUUUUUGAAGCCAUCCAAGUUGGUGGCUUUAAAAUAACCUCUCUGUCUUUCUCUUCUCUGGGCUAAACAUCCUCCCCAACUCCCUCAGCUGUUUCUCAUAAGGUGGGGCUGCCAUAUGUCUGGAUUUUCCCUGACAUUGCUGGGAUUUUAAAGGCAGAAUUCUCAUGCGUGGGAAGGCGGAGCUUUGUCCUGGAUCUUAGGCAAGUCAGCCGAAAAAACAAACUUAGGGGUGUUUUUGUAAGGGGGAAAAAGCUCAACUAAUUUGAGGCAUCCUGGUGUGUACUUUUUGAAAUAUGGCAACCCAUAACUAAUAAUAAUAAUAAUAAUAAUAAUAAUAAUAAUAAUAAUAAAAUAAAUAAAAUAAAAAUAAAAAUAAAAAUAAAAAUAAAAAUAAAAAUAAAAAUAAAAAUAAAAAUAAAAAUAAAAAUAUAUAUAAAUAAGGCUCAUUUUCUGUUUCUCUCCUGUUGACAUAGUACCUACGUACCUACGGGACCGCCUCUCCCAGUAUGCCCCGCGGAGGACCUUAAGGUCCACAAAUGACAACAUUUUGGAGGUCCCAAGUCGCAAGGUCAUUAGAUUGGUCUCAACUAGGGCCAGGGCCUUUUCAGUACUGGCCCCGACUUGGUGGAACGCUCUGUCACAAGAGACCAGGGCCCUGCGGGACUUGACAUCUUUCCGCAGUGCCUGCAAGACAGAGCUGUUCCGCCUGGCCUUUGGUUUGGACUCAGUCUGACCCUUAUGUUUCCCUCCCCUUAUAGUCUUGAUUUAUUGGCUACUUUAAAAUAAGGCUGCAUUUUAAAUUGCAUUUUAACCUGUAUUUUAAAUUGACCCCCCUCCCAUUAUGUUUUUACUGUGAUUAUAUUGGUGUUAGCCGCCCUGAGCCCGGCUCUGGCUGGGGAGGGCGGGGUAUAAAUAAAAAUUAUUAUUAUUAUUAUUAUUAUUAAGAGCACAUGCUCAUCUUGCCAGGAGUGAAACUUAUCACGCACCUUUUGCAACGUUUCAGGUUGAGGGAGCCAAUAAGCUGAGUUGAUUCUGCAGCACCUGACAGGAGCCGCUAUGGGGCACGCUCUCUCUUCCUCUGCCCUCCCCACCGCUCUCUCCUCCAACCACCAGCCAGCCUUCAGACUCCCAACUUCCACCAGCCACCAGCCAAGGCAGCCAAGAUGGACUUUGGUCAUCUUGUGUGCUCUGGCGAGCCCCAAAUUCAGCACCCCCGAAUUGAUCUUCUCACUUUUGUGCUCCCUUGCCUCGCCGCCCUGGGCGGAAACUGCCCGCACUUUCCCAAAUCCGGCGCUGAGCCCAGGAAAGCUGCCCUGGGCAGGAGUGCUGCUUCAUUCCACAUGGCUGGCUUUCGACGCCCUGGAAACGGGUGUCAGUUCUGAGCAGGCAGCCCAGUGACACAGAGGCCAUCGCUUGACAGGUCCGCUGCCCGCCUACUGACAGCCAGGAGAGAACCGGCAAGGGCCAUCGCCGAUGAAUUUGACAGGUUCGUGCCAUCGAAGCCGAGGCAAGCUUGCUUUUUAAAAUGCUUGGUAAAGGGGUCCAGAUCGGAAAAAGGAAAAGGGAAUUGAAAUUUUUCACAUAUUUUAAUAUUUUGUUGGAAGCUGCCCAGAGUGGCUGGGGAAGCCCAGCCACAUAGGCGGGGUAUAAACAAUAAAUUAUUAUUAUUAUUAUUAUUACUAAUACUACUACAGAAUUCUAGAAUUGUAGAGUUGGAAGGCGGGUCCCAGGGUCAUCUAGUCCAACCCCCUGCAAUACAGAUGAAUCUCAACUAAAGCAUCCAGGACAGAUGGCCAAGGCAACCACGAUUUUGUGGAGGGUGGAGGUAGUUCAGUUUUCUUCUUCCUUGGCGAUCCCUCGUAGCCGAGUAAGAUUAUCUUCCAUGAACACAGUCUUAACAGUGAGUCUGUAAGUGACUGUGGAGGCCAGGUCUGGAUCCACACGUCCUUCCACAGUGGGGACAUUGGUUUCCGGGCGGGAGUUGUUCAUGGUGUGGAUUUGCCAAGUGUGCCUUCCUCUUAGCACGCUUCUCCCUUGCGUCCUGAGUUCGAGUGUCUUCAAAGCCCAUGACACCUUUGGUAAAGGCUGUUCUCCAACUGGAGCGCUCGCAGGCCAGUGUUUCCCAGUUAUUGGUGUUUAUACUACAUUUUUUUAGAUUUGCCUCGAGAGAGUCUUUGAACCUCUUUUGUUGACCACCAGUGUUACGCUUUCCAUUUCUAAGUUCGGAAUAGAGCAGUUGCUUUGGAAGACGAUCAUCAGGCAUCCGCACAACAUGACCAGUCCAACAAAGCUGAUGUUGAACACGGGUGAUCUUUGACACGUGUGAUCUUUGCUUCUUCCAGUACACUGGCAUUAGUUCGCCUGUCUUCCCAAGUGAUGCGUGUCACAACAUUGACAAAGGGACGACAGAGGACGAGAUGGUGGGACAGUGUUCUCGAAGCUACCAGCAUGAGUUUGACCAAACUGCGGGAGGCAGUGGAAGACAGGAGUGCCUGGCAUGCUCUGGUCCAUGGGGUCACGAAGAGUCGGACAUGACUAAAUGACUAAACAACAACAACAUGCCCAUUCCUUUUAUCAUGUCACCUCUUUCUUGCCUUUUCUGUAGUCUCUAGACUACAGAAGUCCCCAAUACUGCAUUGCAAUCUUUCUUCACAACUCCCAGCUCUGCUUGAUGGGAGUUGUAGUCCAAAAAUAUCUGGCGUGUGCUCUGUUGAGGACGCCUUCCUUUAGCCGUGGGGACUUGGGGGUGAUGGUUGAGUCACACGCGACACCAGCAAAUUCCUCACUUUGGUUCCCGGAGGCUUGUGACCUCUCGGCUUAAUUUCUGAUGUUUCAUAAUUAAACUGGCACAGCAAAUUAUGAAAAUGCAAUUGGCAAAUGCGUGAGAGAACUUGUGGCUUAACACUCUUCAGCUCCGUUCAAGAUCAAACAGCUUAAAGCCCAGAAGUGAAGAGACUGCAGCUCAAUGACAAAGCUGUGCUUUGCAUGGAUGAGUUUCUGGGUUCAAUUCCAUUAAUAAACAGGUAGAAAUUAUUAUUAUUAUUAUUAAUUAAUUAAAAUAUAUCCAUUAUUAUUAAUAAUACAAAAACGUACAAAAAUUUAGAUGACAUACAAACGCAAAUGUCUUUUUCAAAGAUUGUGUGUGAUGCUUCAUUCUUCACAAGUGCUGUUUUAUUCAUAUUAAUAGUAUUAUUGUCUUGUCUUUUCUUUUCUUUUCUUUUCUUUUCUUUCUCAUGCUCCUUUUUAAUACCUGUGCAAUCAGGACAACUUCAAAGGGUCUACUCGUUCCCGGCAUACGGAGGUAACAAUGGGAGAAUUCCCCGCCACCCUAUUAUUAAAGGUUCCCAGCUAGAAAAAAAGCACAGGGAAAUCUCAUUCAUGCAACAGAACACUCAGAACACAUAUCACAUGAUACGUCUCCAAGCCUGCUUGCAAAUAACAUCUUUUGUCUGCCCGCCGGACCAUCAGAGGCAUCUUGCAAAAAAACACAACGUGUCUGUGAAGCAGCCAAGACAAAACAUGCCGUUUAGGCUUCCUUCCACGGCAGCUUUUGUAAUCUGCCACCUUACAGGCCAAUUAAGUUUUCAGGAAGAUGGGCCGUCUUGGUGUAAUACAGCCUUCCCCAUGCUGAUGUCGUUGGACUACAACUCCCAUCAUCCCCAGUCAGCAAGGUCCAUGCUAAGGGAUGAUGGGAGUUGUAGUCCAACAUCUGGAGACCCAUGAGUACCACAUCUCUGGUGUAGGCAGAACUGAGUUAGAUGGACCAGUGGACUGACUUGGUCUAAGGCAGCUUCCUGCAUCCCUGGACAUGCCAGGAUUCGAACGUGGAGACUUCUGCAUUCCAAGCAAGUGUUCUGCAACUGAGUGGUGGGCUUUCCUGAGACACCGCAAGCACACUGCAAGUCAGAACUAUUUUAAUAUUUGACAUGUUGGAAGGGUGGACUUGCAACACUUCUUUUAUCCAUGCACCAUUUAGUUUUGCUCCUGUAAUUAUUAUCCUAUUUUAUUUUCUUGGAGAGGGCAAAAUACCCAACUGAUGGAUUGCUGGCUGGGGAUGUGCCUUUUUUUAAAAAAAAACCUGCAAUUAGUGAGCUAGUGGAUUCUUUGCGGGAACAACUUGCAGCCCUUAAAAACCAGCAGGUCCAGGAAAGUUCAUGCCACCUGUUGAGGCCAGAUUUAUGUCACCGAUAUCAGGGUGUUCCCUGGUAUUUGGUCACAAGGUACGGAUUUCAAAAGCGACAUUUUUGAACAUGAGCUAAUGUCUAGCAGAAACCAAGGAGUUGCAACACGCUUUCUGCUGUUUGUGCAAAAGCCAGUAACUGCUGGCUAACUGCACUGGGCAAAAGCAUGACAACGACGAGAGAAUAAAUAGAGGAAGCAUGGAGGAGUGCUUAGAUUGGAUGCACAGGAAAGAGAGGAGCAGAGCAGCCAAGAGACUGGCUGAUGAAUCAGAAAGUCCUUCCUUCACAUCUUGUCUCUGCCACGAGGCACUAGAAUCCACUGAAUGGAUUACUUUCCUUAAGUUGCUCCCCGCUCAACAUGCAAUAUGGAGAAAGCAGCAAUUGAGGACCAACCUUACAGUGCCGUUGUGAGGAUAUUGCAUGUGAAACACUCUUCGACUGAAAAAAUACUAAGAACAGUCAGCUCCUCCUCACUGACAGUUCUCUCAGGUCUUUAGUGCAAGUAGAUGAAACUUUUCCUCCACUUUGCAUUUCUUAUGUGGCUUUCGAUGGUGGUAAAGGUAAAGGGACCCCUGACCAUUAGGUCCAGUCGUGUCCGACUCUGGGGUUGCAGUGCUCAUCGCGCUUUAUUGGACGAGGGAGCCAGCGUACAGCUUCCGGGUCAUGUGGCCAGCAGGACUAAGCCGCUUCUGGCGAACCAGAGCAGCGCACGGAAACGCCGUUAACCUUCCUGCCAGAGCGGUACCUAUUUAUCUACUUGCACUUUGACAUGCUUUCGAACUGCUAGGUUGGCAGGAGCUGGGACCGAGCAACGGGAGCUCACCCCGUCGCGGGGAUUCGAACCGCCGACCUUCUGAUCGGCAAGUCCUAGAGGCUCAGUGGUUUAACCCACAGCGCCACCCAGGUCCCUUUCAAUGGUGGUAGGACAGCAGAAUUUCGACAGACUUGACUCCCUCUGCACCAAAUCUCAGCGCUGGAGAAAGCUUCGUCGGUUGAAUUACAGCCUGUCAUACAUUUAUUAGAAGGACAGGAAGCCUGCUAGAUACAUAAUGGCAGCCAGUGAUCCCCGGAGGAAUCUAUUUCUCACAUCAGGAUAUUGCAUUCUGUUUUCCAAAUGAGAUGGAAUGUAGGGUCCCCCCAGAUGGGUGUUUUGUGGGUAUCUGCUGCAACAUGCCAUUGAUGCAGUCAAAGUCUUCUUCUCCUUUGGCAAUCCCUUGUAGCCGAGUAAGAUUGUCUUCCGUAAACACGGUUUUAACAAUGAGUCCAUAAGUAACUGUGGAGGCCAAUUCUGGAUCCACACAUCCUUCCACAGUGGGGACAUUGGUUUCCGGGCGGGAGUUGAUCACGGUGAGGGUUUGCCAAGCGUGCCUUCCUCUUAGCGUGUUUCUCCCUUGUGUCCUGAGUUCGAGCGUCUUCAAAGUCCAAGACACCUUUGGAAAAGGCUGUUCUCCAACUGGAGCGCUCGCAGGCCUGUGUUUCCCAAUUGUUGGUGUUUAUACUACAUUUUUUUAGAUUUGCCUUGAGACAGUCUUUAAACAUCUUUUGUUGACCACCGGCAUUACGCUUUCCAUUUUUAAGUUCAGAAUAGAGUAGUUGCUUUGGAAGACGAUCAUCAGGCAUCCGAACAACAUGACCAGUCCAACGAAGUUGGUGUCGAAGAAUCAUUGCUUCGACACGGGUGAUCUUUGCUUCUUCCAGUACACUGGCAUUAGUUCGCCUGUCUUCCCAAGGGAUGUGUAAAUUUCUUUGGAGACGCCGUUGAUGGAAUCUUUUGAGGAGAUGGCGUUUAUAAGUGGUUCAUGUUUCACAAGCAUACAACAAGGUUGGUGGUACCAUAGCUUUGUAAACAAGCAUUUUGGUUUCCCUGCGAAUGUCCUGGUCAUAGUACAUUAGUGCUGGAUGUACAGUGGUACCUCGGGUUACAUACGCUUCAGGUUACAUACGCUUCAGGUUACAGACGCCGCUAACCCAGAAAUAUUACAUUGGGUUAAGAACUUUGCUUCAGGAUGAGAACAGAAAUCGUGCUCUGGCGGCGCGGCGGCAGCAGGCAGCCCCAUUAGCUAAAGUGGUGCUUCAGGUUAAGAACAGUUUCAGGUUAAGAACGGACCUCCGGAACGAAGUAAGUACGUAACCAGAGGCACCACUGUAUACUGGAUCAUCUGCACGCCAUUCUGCUUUCUUAGUUGUUCUGCGCUGCUUCCGCAGCGGAGGGGAACGCUUGCACUAUAGCACAACAAUAACAGCAGCAAGGGAACAAACACAGAAUAUUUGUCAUAGGAAAAGUGGCAGGAUUUCAGCAGGAAGCCGCUAGGUAUGUAUGGAUUGAGAACGAAGCGGUGUGUCUUCCCCUAAACUUUUGCAGGCACAAACAGUAUUUGAAGUGGGAUCAUGUAUAACUGCUCCAAUGCCCUCAAGAGUGCAAAUCAUAACCGGAUAAUAAAAAAUACUUUUAUAUGCACAAAGAUGUAAAGGACUCAUCUUUACCAACAAUGGAGGAAUGACUGUUAAAAUGAUUGGACUUAGCUGAGAUGGAGAAAUGUUUAAGCAGAGAAAAAUCAUUGUUAACACUUUCUAAAGAUUGGAAACCUCUUAUCGACUUUUUGCAUGAAAAAGAAAAUGAAUUAAGGACAUUUGGGCUUGAAGAUGAUGUUGGUUUAUAGGAAAGUGGUUUUGAUAGGUGCAAUAUUGGAGUAGAUGUCUUGAAUAACGUUUAUAAAUAGCUGAUAGACAAUGAAUUAGGUCUUUAUUUUCCUUCUUUUAUUUUUUCUAUUUCUUCGCUUUCUUUCUUCUCUUUCCUGUCAAUCUUUCUCUCCUCCUUUCUCGCUCUCUCUCUUUUUCUAGUUUGUGCUUUUAUCUAGAUUAACAUCUUACUUUUGAUAAAAAAGAUAUUUCAUAAUAAUUUCUGCAUACCCAUUUCUAAAUUCCAAUAAAAUCUAUUUUUUGAAAAAGUGUGCAAAUCAUAACCACACAUGGAUGUUUGGAUGGGUCCUAAUCCUGGCCCAAGAUAUUGUCUGUGCACAUGUAGUGGAAGAAAGAGCCGUUGUCUUUUAUUUAUUUAUCAUGAUUUAUUUCAUAAAAUUUAUACACUGCUUGUUUGCAAAAAGCCUCAAAGCGGUGUACGAAAGGUUGUGGUUGUUGUUUUUUUCUAGCCACGGUGCUUGUGCCUUUGGUAAACAUUGGUUCGCCAGGCAGAAUCCCACAGGUGAAAAUACCUAUUACCAGGCAUAUUUCUGGACAGAAAAAUUGUUGAGUUUUGUUUUUUUAGUUUUGGCCAAAGUUGUUGAGCUAUUUCUGAGGGAAAUAAGCAUAAACGACACGGGAGACAUGGGUUGCCAUACGUACGUGAAAUAUACUCGGAGCCGAGAGUGGAUUUCAUGCUCUUUAUUCAGCUCAUAAUGGUGAGGAGGAAUGGAAGUUCCCCCAGAAUGUCUGCUUUAUAUACAUUAUUUACACAAUGGGCCCCAUAUGAUUGGCUAAUUCCGGGAUUCUCCUGUAAGCCAAUCAGGUCGCGGAUUCACUUCCACCUGGAGCUGGAUUGGGUGGCUCCUGUGGACCAAUCAGACUGCUGCAUUCUGGACCCUAUUGUUCUGGGACCAAUCAGACUGCUGCAUUCUGAAUCUUAUUGUUCUAGGACCAAUCAGACUGCUGCAUUCUGAAUCUUAUUGUUCUAGGACCAAUCAGACUGCUGCAUUCUGAAUCCUAUUCAACUCAGUACAUAACAGUACGGAUUUCCCCGGACAUUUCGCUUGCGGCUGCAGUAUUCCGGACGUCUGGCAACCUUAUCUUCUGCUGAUUUCUGAAGAUGAAGCUCUUGCUGAAGGCACAAGGACAGGACAGUGUCCUCACAAACCUGCUCUCGUUCGCUCCUUGCACAUAUGCUCAGGUUUCCCUGUUUAUGUCCCAACCAAGAGACCAACUUUGCUUUGUUUGCAAAGAUCUGGAAUUGCCGAUUGAGGUGGUUGGGAUGAAACCCGAUUCAAUGGCAAAGCAAAUGCCAUUAAACAUUUAGAAAGGAGAUGGUACAAUUUCGCCCUGCCCUGCCAACCGGCCUUCUUCUCCCAUACAGGGUUGAGAUCAGUUGGAAGACAGAGCUUGUGCUGUUUAUAUUUAAUUGCUCUGAAUUUCCUUUGAAAUUGCAGAGGGCUUGAAGGAUUUAAUUGGCGGGGCCGAGUAAAAGUGGAUGUUUAGUCCUUAGGAAACAGCUUAAGCCCCUCUUUAGUUCCAAAGUGAAAUUAUAUAUUUUUUCAAGUGAGAAAUGUUUACAGGAAGCCUCGCUGUUUUUGUGACCGAGGAAAUCCGUAAUUGGAAAUUGCUGAGCCAGGGCUGGUCAUCCUGAAUUUUUGCAGCUCUCUCUGUGUGUGGAGAAGGAAUUUCUAAAACACACCCGGUCUAUCAGGUGAGGAUGAGAGUCACAACCCCAUAGUCGCCUUGGACUGGAGUUAACCAUCCAGGGGUCCUUUACCUUUUCCCAAGGACAGUCCCGGAAUUACAAAAACCAUCCUGGCUCCUGAUUUGAUCCUAGGUAAAGGUAAAGGGGGACGCGGGUGGCGCUGUGGGUUAAACCACUGAGCCUUGGGCUUGCAGAUCAGAAGGUCGGCAGUUCGAAUCCCCGCGACGGGGUGAGCUCCCGUUGCUCGGUCCCUGCUCCUGCCAACCUAGCAGUUCGAAAGCACGUCAAAGUGCAAGUAGAUAAAUAGCUACCGCUCCGGCGGGAAGGUAAACGGCGUUUCCGUGCGCUGCUCUGGUUUCGCCAGAAGCGGCUUAGUCAUGCUGGCCACAUGACCCGGAAGCUAUCUGUGGAGAUGUUGCGGGGAUUCGAACUGCCGACCUUCUGAUCAGCAAGCCCUAGGCUCUGUGGUUUAGAUCACAGACUGUUACGCGGCCGCAAGCUGGUAGCUUGAAAGCAAAACAUAAUGGGAAUGUUGGGACUGUUCCGUGGGAAACAGAGGGACAGUCAAUUCACAGUGCAGAGGGCACCGGAAUUAGCUCAGAGUGUAAUAUGAGCUGUACAGGAAGUACAGGAGGAGUUAGUCUCUCGACUGCUGGAGCUUGAAGUGAGCAGUCAUGAUUUUUGUAAUGCUGCAAAGACAGAAAUAAAGGAAUGUAAAUACGUUUCUGUCUAUCUCUUUCCCCUGCCUGGGGGGGGCAGGAAAGAGGGGGUGUGUUCUUCUCACUCUGAGAAGGAUCGCCUAUCGCGACCUCUGCCUGGAUCCUGCUGGGGAAUGCAGACAGGGAGGUCAACAGGAGAUCAAGCCGGGUGCCUGGAGAGUGGCCAGUUUCUCCUGAUAAAGGCUUGAAUCCCAACACAGACCCCCCCCUCCACCAACACCAGCACUGCUGAGCUUGGGGAGGAGGAUGAGCUGAUGCUUGUGCUGAGCAAUGGCGCCUGCGAAGGGGCAGCCCGUUGCCUCUCCAUGGCCGCUACUGUUGGCCUCUUCCACACAAGACCCAGCUCCACUUGAUGUGUCAGCAGGAAGAGGCCAGGGCUGCCUUGGGCGGAAAAAAGGGGAGAGGAGUGCAAGGAGUCUGGAUUUUUUUAAAAUAAAAAAUGCUUUGUACAUCUGUGUCUAUUUUUGCCCCUUUCUAAAAUUUAUUCAUUGGUGUGUGUGUGUGUUUUUCCUUUUUGUAAAUCUACCAAAGGAUGAAAUAAAAUAAAACCAGGAUAAAGGGGUUUUCUCUGUACAGUGGUACCUCGGGUUACAGACGCUUCAGGUUACAGACUCCGCUAACCCAGAAAUAGUACCUCAGGUUAAAAACUUUGCGUCAGGAUGAGAACAGAAAUUGCGCAGUGGCGGCGCAGUGGCAGCAGCAGGAGGCCCCGUUAGCUAAAGUGGUACCUCAGGUUAAGAACAGUUUCAGGUUAAGAAUGGAUCUCCAGAACGAAUGGCGUUCUUAACCCGAAGUACCACUGUACAUUUUUGAAGGCUAUGGGCCCUGUGUCCUGUUGCUGAAAUGGUGCUGAAAUGGUGGCAGGGGGGAUGGGACAAAAAUGGGGGUGUGUGUUAAGAAGGGCCAGUUGGUGGGGAGUGAGAAAUGUCCUUAUUUUCAUCUGAGGAAUGUUUGGAGAGCAUGUGACUUCUCUCCAGACAGGCAGAAUGUGGUACAUGUGAUAUUUAGCGCAAUACCCUGGAAACUCCCAUCACUUCUGCUGGUUUUCAGUCUGCUAAACUGUUUCUUCAGCUUAUUAUUGAGUUGCUUUUAUGGGCUUCUCCCCAGAAAGAUGUACAGAAAUGAAGGCCAAUCGUACCUCCAGCUUAGAGUUGUCAACUUUCUUUAUAGACUGUGCUCCUGUGCCUUUGACAGCAGCGUAGAAGUUAAGCAAGCAAACCUUUGCCCUUCCUUCCUUCCUUCCUUCCUUCCUUCCUUCCUUCCUUCCUUCUUCGUAGCCAAGUUAGAUUGUCUUCCAUAAACAUGGUUUUAGCAAUGAGUCCGUAAGUGACUGUGGAGGCCAAUUCUGGAUCCACACGUCCUUCCACAGUGGGGACACAGGUUUCCGGGCAGGAGUUGAUCACGGUGUGGGUUUGCCAAGCGUGCUUUCUUCUUAGCACGUUUCUCCCUUGCGUCCUGAGUUUGAGUGUCUUCAAAGCCCAUGACACCUUUGGGAAAGGCUGUUCUCCAACUGGAGCACUCACAGGCAAUCACCUUGUCGUGGUGGGUGGGCUUGCACGUUCCUAUGACUCUUGUGAGUGAAGCUUUUACUUCUAUCCCCGCUGAGAAAACUGCCAAUAGCUUAAUUUCUGCAUCACACAGCUGGAUAAAAGACCCAGGAAAAACCGUUGGCAGUCAGACACAUCCCAUUUGGAAGGUGUAAGAAGGAAGGAGUGUUUUUUGAUGAGCAAGGCUGGAACUCAUAAGCCAAUAGUCCCACUGGGAUGUUCUUGGUGACAUGGGAGAUAUCUAUGUAGUUUGUCCCACUAACUUCAUUUGGGUUCAGUUCCCAGUCAUUGCUGAUUCCACUCUGGUUCUCUAAUGGCUUUGAAACAUCUCUCUGUUUACAGCUGCGCUGUAACUCCUGUAAAUAUUUAACUUGGGCAAAAAAGACAAGGCAGAAAAAAUCAUGGAAAAGGAGAACAGCUCCUCUGCUUUAAAGAAAGCAAUAGGCUUAGCUGCUCUCCUUAGCCACGAGGACUAAAACCUCGGCGUAUUCGAUGUGACGGAAUACCAGAUUGCAGGAUGUUUUACUGACCCUGGAAGCAGCCAGCGAGUGCCACAACCAACAGACACGGUAGAUACUUUCCCAGUAUUAAUCAAUAAUGGCUAAGAGCUUGUUAUUCAUUAAAACCUGGACGCCAUGCUCCCGGACAUCAAUCAAUCCCUUUCAUAGGCCUCUCUUUACAGUCGCAUUCUUGAUAAGUGAUCUCUUGGGUUAAUAUGUUUUUUUGUUCCCAAGGGAGUCACGGAGCCUAUGCAUUCUCUAUUCCCGUAUCUUAUUCGCAGGCCGUUCGGAUGGAGUGACUCUCCCAACAACACGCUACUGACUCGGACCUUGUUUGCUGAACAAAAGGCCUCUUAUUCCACCGCCGGAUCACAUUCCUGCUUAUCUCGGUGCCAUGCUCUCCUCGGCCAAAAGUUCUGGAGCUGUGCUCGCCUGGCGAUGCCACGAUGCUUCAGGUUGAUCCGCCACACAGACUCAGGUCCGUUGGAAGUCCGGUGGAUAAAAUUUAUUGACUGGUGCAAUUCGGGCUGCUGUCGUCUGCACAUUUAAAAAUCUCUAUCCUACUGGUUCAACAAGCUGGAUCGCUAUUUUGAUUUAUUUAUUAAUUGCAGCUUGUAAUUUGUUUUUUUAAAAGAUUCAGACAAACCACAGGGAGCAGCAAGAGCAGCAGCAAUAAUAAUAAUAAAAAAAGCAGCAAUAAAGAAAACAGCGGGAGUGAGAUAAAUUAUCCAUGAAAAGUUCUGGAAAAUCAGAUUGUCUUCAUUGAAAGCUGAAAAGCUGAAACCUAGAUGCUGCUUAUAAGAAUAUAAAGUUCACGUCACCCGUGUCUCUGAGCAGUGAGAGGGGUCCCAGGCACUUGCCAAGCAGGGUCAAUCGUGUCUUUAGGAUAAAUGCUUUUAUUACACAUGUAUACAACCUAGCAGUUCGACAGCACGUCAAAGUGCAAGUAGAUAAAUAGGUACCUCUCUGGCGGGAAGGUAAACGGUGCUUCCGUGCGCUGCUCUGGUUCACCAGAAGCGGCUUAGUCAUGCUGGCCACAUGACCCGGAAGCUGUACGCCGGCUCCCUUGGCCAAUAAAGCGAGAUGAGCGCCGCAACCCCAGAGUCGGCCACGACUGGCCCUAAUGGUCAGGGGUCCCUUUACCUUUACCUUUUACAACCUGAGCAUGAGAUGGAGGAGCUCAGAGCAUUAACACCUCAACAGAUCUUAAUUCUCCAUUAGUCACAACUUUGGAUCCAGCACAGAGCACGCAUGUCUCUGUGUCUCCCGCUUCCCGUCUGCUUCUGACUCAGCUCUCACACAAAGCUCUAGCUAUUGUUCUCCUAUACAGAGGUGAUAUCUGGUUUUCAACUUUGUGAUACUGUCAUACCUUGGGUUACAGACGCUUCAGGUUGCGUUUUUCCGGGUUACGGACCCGCCGAAACCCGGAAGUACCGGAACAUGUGCAGAAGCACCGAAUCGCAACCCGCGCAUGCACAGACAUGGCGCUGUGGGUUGCGAGCGUGCCUCCUGCACGGACCACGUUUGCAACCUGAGCAUCCACUGUAUAUCACCAGCUAAACAUCACAAUAUACUGAUGUACUGAUAUAUCACAAUGGAAGGGAGUGGGUGGUGCUUUGGUCUAAACCACUGAGCCUCUUGGGCUUGCUGAUCGGAAGGUUGGCGGUUCGAAUCCCCGUGACGGGGUGAGCUCCCGUCGCUCUGUCCCAGCUCCUGCCAACCUAGCAGUUCGAAAACAUACCAGUGCAAGUAGAUAAAUAGGUACUGCUGCGGCAGGAAGGCAAAUGGCGUUUCCGUGUGCUCUGGUUUCUGUCACGGUGUCCCAUUGUGCCAGAAAUGGUUUAGUCCUGCUGUCCACAUGACCCGGAAAGCUGUCAGUGGACAAACGCCGGCUCCCUCGGCCUGAAAGCAAGAUGAGCGCCACAAGCCCAUAGUCACCUUUGACAGGACUUAACCGUUCAGGGGUCCUUUACCUUUUUUACCUAUAUCACAAUGCCUGAAAUAAAGAUGGAGUUAUGGAGAGGUAUUGGCUGGCUUCAUGGUUUUUUUUGUGAUUUUUGCACAGCACACACACACAUCUUGAUUUGCGAUAUAUUGCCAGGUCAAAAAUUGUGAAACCGAUAAUCACGAUACGGUCUUCAAACCAGUUUUGGAUGAUAUAUUGCCUAGCCCUAAUAGUAGGUAGGAGGGAAAGUCCAUCCAAAAGUCUGGAGGGUGUUUCCACUUCACUGUAUCUCUUCUAACCUUGCUCAUUCUUUUGGGAUGUUGAUGAGUAUACUUAAGUGACAAGGCCACUGUCAUAUAAAUAAAUUUGUCUGACUAGUUCGGCAGCCUUCUGUCUCAGAUUCGAACCCUCAUUGGGCCAGAAGAACUGGAAGAGAUAGGGAAAACAGCCCCAAAUCUUACACCGGGCGCUUGGUACCACUGACUCUGGAAUAUAAUGGAUAAAAUCAUCCAUAAUUUGAGAUUUCGACAAGGAUCAGAAUCCCCAGAGACUUUUCAUAAGAUUUGGCAUUCUUUUAGGACACGUGGAGCAGAACCAUCAUUUCUCAUCACAAACCUCGCAAAUCUGGGACUAGACUUGAUAAUCUGAUAAUCGGGGGCAACUCAGAGAUGGGCGGGGUAUAAAUAAUAAGAUUAAAAUUACUGUUCUGUAGAUAACACUGAUAGUCUUUACUUGGGCUUUGUUAUUUCAAGCCACAUGCAACUGUGCUCAUUCUACUUGCCUAUUUUAUAGUUUUGUUUCUCAUCUUUUAAUUUCCGUCUGGUGUUAUAACGCUUCUCUCUGUUUUAUAUACCAUUGCAAAAUGAAAUAUUAAUUUUAAAAAACUUUACCAAAAAAAGCCCCAAAUAAUUGGAAGGGAUUCAGGGCAUCAUCCAGACUGACCCUGCCAGACCCACAACAUCAGUAAUAAAUAUAGCUGGGAUACCUCAGCCAGUAAAGUGUAAUAAUAAUAAUAAUAAUAAUAAUAAUAUUUAUACCCUGCCCAUCUGGCUGGGUUUCCCCAGCCACUCUGGACGGCUUACAGCAUAUAUAAAACAUAGUAAAAUAAUCAAACAUUAAAAACUUUCUGAUACACGGCUACCUUUGGAUGACUUCUAAAAGUUGUGUACAGUGGUACCUCUGAAUACGAACGGGAUCCGUUCCGGAGCCACUUCGCAUCCUGAAGUAAACGUAAGACGUGACUGCGCGUCUGCGGGUCGCGUUUUGCCGCUUCCGCACAUGUGCGUGACGUCAUUUUGAGUGUCUGCGCAUGCGCGAGCGGCAAAACCCGGAAGUAGCGCACUCCGUUACUUCUGGGUUGCCGUGGAGCGCAACCCGAAAAUAUUCAUCCCGAAGCUACUUCAACCCAAGGUAUGACUGUACAGUGGUACCUCAGGUUACAGACGCUUCAGGUUACAGACUCCGUUAACCUAGAAAUAGUACCUCGGGUUAAGAACUUUGCUUCAGGAUGAGAACAGAAAUUGCACGGCGGCAGCGGGAGGCCCCAUUAGCUAAAGUGGUGUCUCAGGUUAAGAACGGUUUCAGGUUAAGAACGGACCUCCAGAACGAAUUACAUUCUUAACCCGAAGUACCACUGUAGUUCUUUAUCUCUUUGGCAUCUGAAGGGAGGGAUAUUCCACAGGGAGGCGCCACUACCGAGAAGGCCUUCUGCAUGAAACUCUUAACCUCAGGGCUGUGGGUUCGAGGCCCAUGUUGCGCAAAAGAUUCCUGCCUUGCAGGGGCUUGUACUAAAUGACCCCUUUCAAAUCUACAACGCGGUGAUUAAAAAAUGGAAGAAAACACACAUAGAUAUCGACAACACGUACGUUGGCCUGGAGAUUUUGCAGAGCAGAGUGUGUGCGUUUCACAGAGCGUCUCCUGGGCUCCCCCUGACACCUCGCGCAAGGUGAUCUGCCGCUGCACACGGUGCGCUCUGGAGGCUGUGACGGCUGCUGAGCGAGGGAAGGCGUCCGAAGCGCUGAUCCUAUUAUCCGCCUGCUGUCGCUGGAGAGAGCGACGGAAAUUCUCCCAUUGUGUUUGCGGUAAUUGCUUUGCCUGCAGUCGGUGCAGCUUCAAAGGGAGCAGGCGGUAGGAACAGCCACAGGGUGCCCAAGCCGCAGGGUGAGAGGAACCAGCUGAAAAUGCCAGGGCGCCAACUGAGCACUGUUUGCUCAUGGGCUGCGGUGUGGUGCUGUGCAUGUAAGCAGGCUGCUCAAGCCUGGCCCAAGACGCUUUUGGCCCUCCCAGCUGCUGGUGCAUCGUGGCAAGAUGGUUGCACCAUCCAUUUAAAGGUCCCCGCAAAGGAUCCUGGGAACUGUAGUUUGUUAAGGGUAGCUCUGUGAGGGGGUGAACUACAGUUCCCAAGAUUCUUUGGGGGAAGCCUUGGCUGUUAAAAGUGGUACAUAUGUGCUUUAAAUUGUACAUACAGUGCACAUGUGAGUGAGUUUGUAGUAGUCGUAAUAAUAAUAAUAAUAAUAAUAAUAAUAAUUUAUUUAAACCAUGCCCAUCUGGCUAGGUCUCCCCAGCCACUCUGGGUGGCUCCCAACAGAAUUAAAAGCAUAAUAAAACAUCAAACAUUAAAAACUUCCCUAAACAGGGCUGCCUUCAGAUGUCUUCUAAAAGUCAGAUAGUUGUUUACAGUGGUACCUUGGGUUAAGAACUUAAUUCGUUCUGGAGGUCCGUUCUUAACCUGAAACUGUUCUUAACCUGAAGCACUACUUUAGCUAAUGGGGCCUCCCGCUGUUCUGUUCUUAUCCUGAAGCAAAGUUCUUAACCUGAGCUACUAUUUCUGGGUUAGCGGACUCUGUAACCUGAAGCGUCUGUAACCCGAGGUACCACUGCAUUUACUUGACGUCUCAUGGGAGGGCAUUCCACAGGGCAGGUGCCACCACUGAGAAGGCCCUCUGCCUGGUUCCCUCUGUCUGGUUCACAGUGAGGCAACCGCCAGAAGACCCUUGGAGCUGGACCUCAGUGUCUUGGCUGAACAAUGGGGGUGGAGAUACUACUUUAGGUCUAGUGGGCUGAGGCCGUUUAGGGCUUUCAAGGUCAGCACCAUACGUUGGAUUUCCUUGGCUGCUACCAGGUGCUUCAGAAAUAUUAUUUCCUUCCUCAAAAGUCUGUUUUGGCAACCCAGCCCAGCUGGCAGACUUGAUGCGACAUCUGACAGAGCUUAUUCCGCCUCGCUGGAAAUAAAAGGCCUGUAGGGGGAAGGGUUGCAGUCCAACGGUAGAGCAUCUGUCUCGCAUGCCACGGAUUUCAGGUUCAGCUCCUGGCAUCUACUGGUAGGGAAUGUCAAUAUCUGAAAACCCCGGAGAGCCUCUGCCAGUCAGUGCAGGUUAUAUGGGGCAAGGUGGACCAAUGAUGAUCUGACUUGGCAUAUCCCUGGAUUCCUAAAGCAAUUAGGCUUAUCCUAGGUCGGUGGUGUGGUGUAGUGGUUAGAGUGUCAGCCUAGGAAAUAGGCUGACCUUGGGUGACCUUGCGCCAGUCGCUCCUCUUCAGCCUAAUAUUGCUGUAAAGGACAGGAUCUGGUCCCUGUUCCUGAUAAGCGGCAGAUUCCGAACCUUUUGAGUUAUCUCUUCGCCUUGAAACCUGUAAAGAAAACCCAGCAAGGAAAUAUGAAGGAGGAAGACAGAAUUAAGGUUAUUAGUCUGUAUAUUGAGCUGCCUUAAGCCUGUGUUGUCGUUGUUGCUGUUGUUGUUGUUGUUCUGCCUGGACGCUGAGGUCCAGCGCCAAGGGCCUUCUGGCGGUUCCCUUGCUGCGAGAAGCCAAGUUACAGGGAACCAGGCAGAGGGCCUUCUCGGUGGUGGCGCCUGCCCUGUGGAACACCCUCCCACCAGAUGUCAAGAAAAUAAACAACUAUCUGACUUUUAGAAGACUUUUGAAGGCAGCCCUGUUUAGGGAAGCUUUUAAUGUUUAAUAGACCAUUGUAUUUUAAUAUUCUGUUGAAAGCCACCCAUAGUGGCUGGGGAAACCCAGCCAUAUGGGUGGGGUAUAAAUAAUAAAUUAUUAUAAUAUUAUUAUUAUUAAUAUCUCAGCUUUUCUGCAGACCAGGACUCAAGGUGGCUUAACCACAAUAAAACAGCACAGAUACAAUACAAAAAGCCUAAAAACCUAGGCUGGCCAGUGCUGGCAAUACUGAGCUAAGCGGCUACACAAAGCUUCCUGCAUUCCCCAGCUGAACUCAUCAUCUUUCCGUACUACAGGGAUGAAUGCUGGGUGAUGUUUGAAAAAUAGGUGCUGGGGCUGAUCCCUGGGAAGCAGCAAAAGCUUGCUUACUGUAGUAACCCUUUCCUCUCUGAGUGCAUGCAGGUUUUGUUAAGUUGUGGGUGAACAUAUCAGACGACACAGCAAUUCUUCAAACAGCUCUUGCUUAUUCACAGGCCAGAAGAGAACUGAACUGAAGGGUUCAGCCAGCCUGAUUAUAUAGAGCUGUGGGUUAAACCACAGAGCCUAGGGCUUGCCGAUCAGCAGGUCGGCGGUUCGAAUCCCCAUGACGGGGUGAGCUCCCGUUGCUUGGUCCCUGCUCCUGCCAACCUAGCAGUUCAAAAGCACGUCAAAGUGCAAGUAGAUAAAUAGGUACCGCUCUGGUGGGAAGGUAAACGGCAUUUCCGUGUGCUGCUCUGGUUUGACAGAAGUGGCUUAGUCAUGCUGGCCACAUGACCCGGAAGCUGUACGCCGGCUCCCUCAGCCAAUAAAGCGAGAUGAGCGCCACAACCCCAGAGUCGUCCGUGACUGGACCUAAUGGUCAGGGGUGCCUUUACCUUUUUACAAAGCAACAGUAACAACUUUCUGUAACUAUCCAAUCACUGAACGUCACUUUCAAUCCCUUAUUUGCAUAUGUGGACCUGAGUGAAAACUAUCUACAGUAUCCCCCUGCUGGCCCAGGGUGAGAACUUCAGUACAUAACAAGUUUAAUACAUAGAAGCCAACUCCUGGGGUGGAGGUCCCUUCGGCUCCCCCAAUAAAAUAUUUGGAGGGGGCAGCUCCCCCCCCAGUUAAUAGGCAUUGCCAUUCAAAUAGUGUGCGUGCGCCGUGUCUUGUGAUCGAUUAUGUGGGGCGGGGCUUAGGCUUACCUGCCCCCCAAUAUUUUAUUCAAGUUGCGCCCCCCACCCGUUUUAAUAAUAUAAGGUCCCGGGGCUGAAUGUUGCUGGAAACCAAACGCUUCCCUACCUGGCUGAGACCGGAAAGCGAACGGCUCCCAAACCAAAAGGUGCCGGGGCUGAAGGCUGGGUCUCCCCGGACUCUCUGCCUGCCGUGACCCUUUCCUGGCUGAAAACGGGCCAAAAUCACCUUCCCGCCGGGGAGAAAGAAAGGUCCCGGGGCUGAACUGCGUUAUAGUCCCCGCUUUCCUGGCUGGCUGCGUGGCUGGGCGGGUCCGGGCGCGGAGAGCUCCGCCUCUGCUUCCUCCUUCGCCUCGCUCGUCUUCGGGCGCCCGGGUCGGAGCAGACGCGGUUCUCUCGGCCGUCCUGGAAGCCUGGUGGCUCGGAGCCGUGAUGACCCAGCCCGGGGCUACUCUAGCGGGGUAGCCGAAGCGCCGCCAAGCCGGCCGGGAUUAGGAGAAGCGGGAGAAGGGAGAAAGAGGGAGAAGGAGGAGGAGGGCGCACGGCUGGGGCGCCUUGGAGAGCUCGCUUUUGUUCCGCUCCUUGGCGCUGCGGCAACUCCGCCGCCGCCGCCGCCUGCCCGGAGCGCACAGCCUCGGGGGGGAAAGAGAGAGAAGCAAGAGACGGGCCCGGCCGCUCCCCGUCCUUCCCCGGCUCUGGGUCCCGCAGGGCCGCCGCUGCGCGAGGGAGGAACACGGCAGAGUCCGGCCAAGGGUCGCUUGCGCCCGGCGCGCCUCGCCUCGCCUCUCCAAAGGCACCGAGGCGCCGCCGCCGCCGCCGAGGUUACACAAGCGCGCCCAGGGAGCAGGAAGGCGCCGAGGCAGCCCCACAAGUGCCCGCCGGAGCCGGAGCGUUUCUCGACCGAGGCGAGCCAAGGUAAGCGCGGCGCCUCUCCGGGACGCCCUGGCGCGGUUGGCGCGCCCCUUCCCCAAAAACCGGCGCGCCUGGGACUCCUCGCGUUCAGGCUCUUUGCGCGCUCGGGGAGGUGGGCUAGGUUGGGGAGGGGGUCGCUUUAUGGGGUCUGUGGAAUCGAGCCUCGCAAGAUUUGUUUUCAACCCCGGUGUUAGUGGCUUGCCCUGGAGCGCAUAGGAGCGCUCCUUAACGCGCGGCUUGGAUACGCGCAAGUGUGAGGUUCUUCGGGUUGCCAACUUGCCGGGGUGGUUCUGCUCCUGUGGCUUUGAGAGGAGCUCGGCCGGGGUAGCCUGCUAAGCGCUGGAGGCGGAAUUGUGCCGGCGCAGCCACGGAGGCAAGGUUAAAAGUUGGCAACCCUGGGAGUGGCUGCGGAUCCCAUUUCAACUCCGUUCCAUCUAUGCAAGUUUGCUGGGAGGUACAGCUGCCUUCAGUGGGGCUUACUCCGAAGUAAGUAGGGCAUGCAAAGGAAUGCAUUCUCAGGUGCAUUUUCUGUUAAAGAAAACAGAAGAGAGAUCACCCAACUUAGAUUCCUGUAUCUUGUUAUUCCUUGCCCCUAGUCUUUGGUUUGUGGUGGGCUAUAUGCGUUGUUUGUGUUUAUGUGUGAAUUAUCCUCUCUGAGGGGGCCUGUACUGAAGAUGGUGCCACCUCCCUUGAGUAAAGCGAUCGACUUCUUUUCAUUCCUCUAAGUCUCUUGUGCUGUGUUAGUUGCAUGGGAGGUAGAUGUUCAUCAGGUGCAGCUCACCAUCUUCCUUACCCCCGCAGCAUCCCAAUACCCUGAUGGGGAAAACCUUUCCUAGCUGAAUUUCUGCUGGGUAAAGGCAUAGCAGCCGCACCAUUUAAAUGAAGGAACCGUGGCUCAAAGAUCUCUGGCUCCUCACUGCCCAAAUCUACAAUGUAAGUGCUUUGGGGCUAGGACUUGUUGUCUCUGACCACAUCUGUUCUGUACCUUUAAAGCACUAUGCUACUGCUUUAAGCAGUCAUGGCAUCCCCCAAGGAAUCCUGGGAAAUGUAGUUUGCUGAGGCUACGGAGAGGUGUAAAGAGACCCCCUAUUUCCCUCACAGAGCUAUAUAAUUUGCAGAGGGGUUUAACCGUCAGUCCCUGCUCCCAGGGAACUCUGGGAAUUGUAGCUCUUUGGGGAAUAGGGGUCUUCCACCAAUGCGUACCACUCUUGACAAACUACACUUCCCAGAAUGCUUUGGGGGAAGCCAUGGCUGUUAAAGUGGUAAGAGGGCUUUAAAUAUUAUGGAGCGGCUGUGGCCUCUGUUUAUGCUACCGUGAAGCAGGGAUGAAUGGAGACUGGACUCUGUUGGUUUACAGCAGGAACAGAACUACGUUCUCCCACCCAAUUUGGCGGCUGAAAUGAAGUGAUGUGACUAGGAGUGGAUUUUGCAUGUGUGUGAAAGGCCUGUGAGCUCAUCUCCGCUCUGAAAGCAAAUUCCUAGGGUUCAGGAGGUGCUUUGGCCACAUCCUGUUCUUUCCUUCUAACUGUAUGGCUGCUUCCAGGUGAUCUGUGCAUUGUGUGUUUAUCCUGAUACGUUCGCAGGGAGGUUAGACCAAGUUGCGUCAAACAAGUGUUGUUCCACCUUUUUUGCUGCAUUUCCCCUUCACUUCCGUAAUUGCAAAAAAAGAGAACGAAAGUACGAUCUUUUUGUGGAGGGAAGCGGGUUUGUGUGCGAGGCCUCCCAGUCGACUAUAACUGCUCAACCCGACUGUCCCACUCUGUGAUUGGUUCCUUGCCCGCCUCCCCCUGCCUUGAAAAUAACAACAGUCUGGAAGCCCCCUAACACCUUUUGCACUUGGCUGUGCUUGGGUGGUAUUUGUUUGUUGAUUUAUUUUUCUAUUUCUGGCCUCUCUUUUGUGCUUCAUCCCACAAUCACCUGCCCAGGUGGGUUACAUAAACUGAAACGCAAUCACGAAAUAAUAAUCAACAAAUGGGAGAAUGGAAACGUUGGGGUUCUAGCAAAAAUUGCGAAGCAGAUCUGACGAGUGUGAGAUCCACUCAUUCUUUUGGUAAAGGACCGUGUGUCAGGGAUAGGGAAGCUCAGGCCUUGUGGCCCUCGAACCGCUCUGAAGGCCACGCUCCCUCCUCAGAACUGCCUCUUCUCUCCACAGAAUUUCUUGAGUGUUUUCUCCUGUCCUUGCACUCCGAGGGUGAUGCUUCUUGUUUGCCUGGAUGGAGAAUAGAGAUGGAUGCAUGAGAAAAUUUGCUGCUCCUCCCACUUUUGCUUCUAGCCCUGCCCACCUGCAUGUGGCCCCUGAAAGCUUGCCUAGGAAGGAAUGAGGCCCCUGGGCUGUGAAAGGUUUCCCACCCCUGUAUUAUACUGGGAAGUCCGUUCUGCGAUUAGUUCAUACGCCUCCCUCAUCUUCCUGCUCCCUUCUGCCAAAGUGUUUUGGAACUGGCUUGCCAUUAAAACUGAUGCUCAGCGUGUCCAGGGUUGUAGCGGAAUGUGUAUUUUUGAAGUUAAUGUUUCCCCGACGUCUUGGACGAGCGUCUCUUGGCUCGCUCGGCUGACUUCGUUCCGUUCAUGCCAUAAAUCUCUGCUUCACUUAAUUUAGGACGGAACUAUUCGUAUCUCUUCUCCCCCGGCACUCCCUGGCUGAAUCCGGCCAGGAGAGGUGGCCGCGAUGGUCUCACCCUCUACCCAAAAGGCCACAUCUGCCUAUAGUAUUUCUGCAGUGACCUGUGCAAAUCCCUCAUGGGAAUUUGCACAGAAGUCUUGAGGCAAAUGUGCGAUCAUCCUUGUGGGGAGCUGAUGUUUCCAUGCCAGCGGGAAUAUCCCAAGCUCAAAAGAGAUCUCCCUUGACAUUUGUUAGUGCAAUUUAUUUUCCUGUUAGCUACCCUGUCAGCCUUCCCCAACUUGGUGCCCUCCAGAUGUUCUAUUAUCUAUCACGUCGAUAUCCCAACUUUCCCCCAAGGACCUCAGGCACGUGGUUCUCCCUCUCCCCUUUCCACCCCCUCACGACAAUCCUGCGAGGUAGGUUAGGCUUAGAGGCAGUGUCUGGCCCAAGGACACGCUCAAAGAGCUUUCUAUGGCUGAGUGAGGAUUUGAACCCUGGUCUCCCAGGUCUGAGUUGGACACUGCCCUACACUGGCGCUGUUGUUGUUUGGAACUACGACUCCCACCGUCACCCUGAACCAGCAUGGCUGUGUGGUGCCAGCACUGUUUGAAGUUGUUGUUGUUGUUGUUUAGUCGUUUAGUCGUGUCCGACUCUUCGUGACCCCCUGGACCAGGGCACGCCAGGCACUCCUGUCUUCCACUGCCUCCCGCAGUUUGGUCAAACUCAUGCUGGCAGCUUCGAGAACACUGUCCCACCAUCUCGUCCUCUGUAGUCCCCUCCUCCUUGUGCCCUCCAUCUUUCCCAACAUCAGGGUCUGUUCCAGGGAGUCUUCUCUUCUCAUGAGGUGGCCAAAGUCUUGGAGCCUCAGCUUCAGGAUCUGUCCUUCCAGUGUGCACUCAGUGCUGAUUUCCUUCAGAAUGGAGAGGUUUGAUCUUCUUGCAGUCCAUGGGACUCUCAAGAGUCUCCUCCAGCACCAGAAUUCAAAAGCAUCCAUUCUUCAGCGAUCAGCCUUCUUUAUGGUCCAGCUCUCACUUCCAUACAUCACUACUGGGAAAACCAUGGCUUUAACUAUAUGGACCUUUGUUGGCAAGGUGAUGUCUCUGCUUUUUAAGAUGCUGUCUAGGUUUGUCAUUGCUUUUCUCCAAAGAAGCAGGCGUCUUUUAAUUUCGUGACUGCUGUCACCAUCUGCAGUGAUCAUGGAGACCAAGAAAGUAAAUUCUCUCACUGCCUCCAUUUCUUCCCCUUCUAUUUGCCAGGAGGUGAUGGGACCAGUGGCCAUGGUCUUCGUUUGAAAUUAGCCAGGCGCAUUUUGCGCCUGGCUUUCCACCCAGGAGCCAGUGGCUGAUAGCCGGUUGGAAAACACGCCUGGCGAAUUUCGAACACAGCUCCAGUGUUAACCUCUGCUCCCCCCUGGCCGCAGCGUUUUGUGAACAUCAAAAAUGUUGGUUUGCGUUUCUUUUUAAAUUUCUGCUUGACACCUAAAUAGAACUUAAACUUUCCCAGAUUUCUUUGGGGGUGUUAUCUGUACAGAUAUAUUGGACCGCCUGAUCAAGAUUAAUGGUACCUCAUCAGCUUAGCCAGGAGGAGUGGGCUGGGUCAAUGCGAGCAAUUAAGAGCCUUCCUUAAUGUCUUAAUAAGCCUGAUGGCUUGGACAAGCUGAUGGCACCAUGGAGGUAUUGCAGCUGAAAGCGCCUUCAGAUCUGAGCACUUCUCUCUCGGGGCAGGAGGGAGGGAGAUGGUGGCAAAGGUGGGACCUGGUUCUGCGGGCGGUGAAGGGAUACGAUUUAUGCCAAAGCCCCCUCCGGAGCAGAAGAAGGCAGCUACUCCAGGCCGAACAAUGUUGCAAGGAAUCACUCUUUUAAUGCGGCAGCCCGUGUCCCUCUGGAACUCCCUGCCUCUUGAUAUUACGCCUGUGCUUUUAUUGCCCUGGUUUCGAUGCCUGCCAAAAACCUCAUCAUUUGGGCAAGCCUGUUGUUGCAUGCCCUUGUAUUGUGUACACCAGUUUCUUCUUUUGAACUGUCAAUUUUAUCUAUGUUUUGAGCUCACCUUUCCCACUGGCAAAGAGGUCGUCUUUUUGCUUGCUUUAAAGAAUCGGCUUGCCUCUUCAGCAGCAGGACCCCUUUGCAGAGAAAUUGGGCAGCUGGGCUCCAAUUGCGGACGACUGUCGCUGGUGUGCCCUCAACCCCUUGCGUCUUUCCACUGGGGUUUUCCGAGCUCGCCUGGGAGCCGUGGAACGAGCGAGGCGAAGGGAUGUGCUCAACUCGCCCUGUAAUGGACGGGAAAAAUCCUAUUGGCACGGUGGAUACAAAGGGUCGGGAAUGAAGCGUUCCCGAGCUGUCCAAAGGAAAUAAAAGAAAUCGGAUUAAUGAGCAGAGGUGGAAAAUUAGGAGGGGUCUGUAUGGAGCUGCAGAAAAAAAAUUGUGGCAAUGCCUUGCCUUCUUCUCAGGAUCCCUUUUCUCAUCUGCUCUAAGCCUGUCCUUAAAUAACUGCAAGGUGGCGUCGCGCAGCGAGGAAGAACAUUGAACUGUGAGCUUUUAAAUCCUCACUUUGGUUAAGCGGAGAUUUCCGCCCGCUGGGUGGCCUUCGGUAACUGCUCUCUUUCAGCCUUUUGACCCCUGUUCAUCCAUCAGAUGGGUGUGAAACUGGACUACCUGAUACAGGCAUUUAAAAGGUGGCGGAGGACUUGGGAAAUGGCUUUGAGCUGCCUCCAAAUGGGCUUCCCUGCAGGGGAGGGUUUGGGAUACAGUGCUAGAAACUCGGAUAUAUAUAAGCUUAUUGUCAAAUGGCGCCUUAAUCCUAGGUUACGGAAGCCACAACAGAAUGUCUAGGCGCUAUAUAUAUUUUUUUACAAUGAAAUUUAUCCCCCUCCUUUUAAAAGUAUAUCUUUAUUGAUUUAAAAUUAAUACAUUUAUGGGAAAACAGACAAACAAACAAACAAAUAAUGGAGAAGUCAAACAAACAACCACAAUAUAAUUUUAAUUUCUUUCUUUAUAAGUUUUAUAAUUGAUUUCAGUAUCGGGAGUAUAAAUGAUGCUAGUUAGACUGAUUUGUUGUUUCCUACAAUGAAAUUUAUUAUUGUUAUUAUUAUUAUUAUUAGUUUCAUUUCUAUACUGCUUUGCAUUUUAAAGAAUACCGAAAACAAUUGUGACACAUAAAAACACAUCAAAUCAAGCAAUCCUGAAUAAAACAAGUUCAAGCUUCCAGGAAAAUAUUUCAGAUCCUUCUCUGAGUGACCUUUUGCUUUCCCCAUGUUUACCUACUUAAUUUAUAGGGCUGCACCAUAGCAGAAGAACUCUGGGAAGCCCGUGUGGUGUAGUGGUUAGAGUGUUGGAUUAGGACCUGGGAGAUCCGGGUUCAAAUCCCCCCACUGCCAUGAAGUUCACUGGGCGACCUUGGAAUCAGUCACUGCACCUACCUCACAGGGAUUAACUGAGGAGGGGGGAUGUACCCCUUGGAGAAAAAGCUUUGAUAUAAAUGCAAUCAAUAAUCUCUUCUUCUGACCUGCUUAAGAAAGCUGGAGGGGCCAGCCAGGUGGAGCUGUUAGUUGCCAACCUGGCAACCCAGAGGUCUCGACGUGGUCGCAAUUGGACCCACGCCAGUCGCAAAAUGCGCCUAGCGCCUGGCUAAUUUCUAACACUGUUGGAGAACCCAUGAUCAGUGUUAGAAUUUAGCCAGGUGUCAGGUGUGUUUUGCUACUGGCGUGGGUUCAAUUGUGACCACGUCGAGAUCUUUGGGUUGGUGACAGAGGAAAGCAACAUGUCACUUAGGGAAGGACCUGAAAUCUUUUCCUUGAAGCUUGAAUUUGUUUAAUUUGAUGUUUUAAUGGGUUGUGAACCACUUUGAGAUUUUCUUUCUUUCUUAGAAAGCAGUAUAGAAAUAGAAAGCAGUAUAGAAAUAAUAAUACAGUCAUACCUCGGGUUACAGAUGCUUCAGGUUGUGUUUUUUCGGGUUACGGACCGCCGAAACCUGGAAGUACCGGAACGGGUUACUUCCAGGUUUCGGCGGUCGUGCAUGCGCAGAAGCGCCAAAUCGCAACCCGCUCGUGCGCAGACACGCCACUGCGGGUUGUGAACACCUCAGGUUGCGAACAUGCGUCCCGCACAGGUCACGUUCGCAACCUGAGCAUCCACUGUAAUAAUAAUAAUAAUAAUAAUAAUAAUAAUAAUAUACAAAACAACCUGACUACAAAAAAGUGCCUAGACAUUCCAUUGUGGCAAAUGCAGCUGACUGCUUAUAUGAUGAUCCUGGACUGCAAAUGCUGUCAUCUUUGGCUGCUGGCGAAGGCUCAGCUCGUGACCAAGCGAAGAUUUUGGCAGCUUUGAUGCAGAACAUUCACUGUGGAACAGCUCUGUGUUUGAACAUAAGAAAAGCCUGCUGGAUCAGGCGAAAGGCCUGUCUAGUCCAGCAUCCUGUUCUCUCACGGGGGCCACAAGAUGCCUUGUGGGAAACGCCCAGGCAAGGACCUGAGGUGCAGUGGCAAUACUCAUUGUUGCAAUACUCACUGGCUGCGUUUGAGGCAUAGCGCUCUGGCACUCGGAGGUAGGACACACCCUUAUCCUCCACGAAUUUCUCCAAUCUGCUUCUAAAGCCAUCUGAGUUGGUCAUCAGUACACCUUGUGGCGGUGAGUUCCGCAGGUUCACUACACGCUGUGUGCAGACUUACUCCGAUGUGCGGGUCCUGAACCUUCCAGUGUUCAGCUUUGUUGCAUGUCCCCAAGGGGCAUAAAAAAGUUUUCUUCACAACACACCGUACAUAAUUUUUAUACUGUACACCUUUCCCCGGUCUCCUCUCAACUCUGCAUUUCUCUCAACUAAAAAGACCCAGUGGCUGCAAGAGACAGGGCAGUCACUUCAUCCCUUUGAUUAUUUCAGUUGCCUUUCUCUGAACUUUCCCCAACCCUACAGUAUCCUUCUCCUUGUGUGUUCAGACCCAGAAACCUCCCCACUAAAUAAAUUCACACUUGACUCAAAUUUUUGGUUUGGUUUUUGGCAGAAUUUAGGCCACAACUUUAUUGAUUACAGAAAGUGACUGGUUGCAUAGGCUCUGGUUCAACUAGCUCCCUGCCAUGCAGGUAGUGCUGACCCAGGGCACCAGCAUAGGUCAGCCAAGGGUGAACACCUGGGUAAGCGGGAAGCCGGGAACAGGCUUUCUCCGCCACACAAAUGUCCCCUGGACUCAGGCAUGGGCACAACCCCCUCUCAGGGCUUGACCAAACCAUCGAGUCCCUGGAUUCCUUUCAUGGAAUCCCCUUCACAUAGGGAUGGCGAGAGCGUUCUCCCAUCCCUAUCACCCGAACCAGAGCCUAUCCGUAACCUUACAAAUUGUGACGAUUUGCUACGCGGCAGGCGAAAACCCAAAUGGCCACAGCCCAUCAGCCAAGUGGGGAAGAUUCCUGCCUGUCCCAACGACACACGACGGCAUAGCAAGGUCAAGCGCAAAGCCCUAAAAGUAGGGAGAGGUGGGCGGCUGGGUCCCGUGCAUGGGCAUAAAUAGGUCCCUCAAACCUUUUGGACUGGGUCCCAUUGGCCAGAUUGAACCCAGGUUUGAGGGACCUACCAAUUGGGUGUUGUGGCUGACCAAUCAUACCCACCCACAACACAGGGAGACGGUUGUCCGGGUCUCACCGCAAUACGUGCCCUCUUUAAGGGAGGACCCGGUUUGGCAUUCUGCUCAAAGCAACAUUCCUCCAUGUUUUCCCCAUUUAGCUUUUGCACCCCCCCCUUUUUUUUUUGGAAAAUCUGACUUUUCCUUUUUUCUUUUUUUUUUUAGCACAAUGGAACAGAUGCUCCAUUUCCCUGGGUGUAAAUUUCCUAAGCCCACAGCUGUUCGUGUAUGAGCAUAAGUGGGAUAUGUGUCUUGCAUCCCAAUAAACCCUGAUUGAUGGGACUUAGCAGGCAAAUCUAGAGGGAAAUGGGUUCAGGGACAGGUACCAAAUAUACGAUGCAAGAGGGGAGGGCAUAUUCUUACCCCACCAACCCACAACUGAGCACCUGAACAGCAAUUAAUUCCCCCUCUCUACUUAAAUAGGCUUUUUAGCAUAUUUAUACACCCAUACCAGGUGUUUUGCAUGAAACUGUUAACAGUCUAAUGUAAUAGAUCUAGGAGCAUAUUUUUAAAAUGCAUUGUUAAGCAGAAAUGUGUUGUUGCAGUGUUUGGGGCUUUUUAAUGCAGUCUGGUGCAACCUGCCACAGAGCAACUUCACGUAACCAGUGUGGUGUAGUGGUUAGAAGAAUAUCGGUCUGGGAUCUGGGAGACACGGGUUCGAAUCACCACUCGGCCAUGAAGCUCACUGGGUGUCCGUGUCCUAGGCAGUCUCUCUCAUCCUAAUCUUCCAUCUCUUUUAAAUCAGAAGCAGUGAAGGCAGUGAAGGUCCUGUCUGGAGGCGGUUGGAGGAUGGAUGGCAGCUAACGAAUUGAGGUUGAAUCCUGACAAGACAGAUGUACUGUUUUGGGGGGACAGGAGGUGGGUGGGUGUGGGGGACUCCCUGCUCCUGAAUGGGGUAACCAUGCCCCUGAAGGACCAGGUGCACAGCCUGGGAGUCAUUCUGGACUCACAGCUAUCCAUGGAGGCGCAGGUCAAUUCUGUGUCCAGGGCAGCUGUCUACCAGCUCCUGGUACACAGGAUGAGACCCCACCUGCCUGCGGACUGUCUCGCCAGAGUGGUGCAUGCUCUAGUUAUCUCCUGCCUGGACUUCAAUGUGCUCUACGUGGGGCUACCUUUGAAAGUGACCCGGAAACUGCAAUUAAUCCAGAAUGUGGCAGCUAGACUGGUGACGGGGGGCGGCCGCCGAGACCACAUAACACUGGUCCUGAAAGACCUACAUUGGCUCCCAGUACGUUUCCGAGCACAAUUCAAAGUGUUGGUGCUGACCUUGAAAGCCCUAAAUGGCCUCAGUCCAGUAGACCCGAAGGAGUGUCUCCACCCCCAUCAUUCGGCCCGGACACUGAGGUCCAGCUCCGAGGGCCUUCUGGCAGUUCCCUCGCUGCGAGAAGUGAGGUUACAGGGAACUAGGCAGAGGGCCUUCUCGGUAGUGGCGCCUGCUCUGUGGAACGCCCUCCCAGCAGAUGUCAAAGCAAUAAACAACUAUCUUACUCUUAAAAGACAACUGAAGGUGGCCCUGUUUAGGGAAGUUUUUAAUGUCUGGUGAUGUAUUGCUUUUAAUAUUCAGUUGGAAGCCGCCCAGAGUGGCUGGGGAAACCCAGCCAGAUGGGCUUGGUAUAAAUAAUAAAUUAUUAUUAUUAUAUAAGGUUGUUGUGGGGACGAGAAUAAAUGUACGGCCACCUUGAGCACCUUGGAGGCAGUGUUAGAAACUCAGAUAUUUAACCUAGGCCCCAAAUAGCUCCUUAAAACCAAGGUUACAGUCGCCAAAAUGGAAUGUCUGGUUGCCAUUUUUUGGGAGGCAAGACGCUCUAGAGUCUUUGUUUUUCAAAUGACGGACUGACUGUGACUGAUUCUCAGUUGAACAUCUGGCUAGUUCUGAUGGCAACCUGGAGCUAGGUUAAGAGCUUUGAGUACCUAAAGAAGAAAAAUCACUUGAUCCAAACAGUCCACUUUUUGUUUUGCCUAUCCUGACCUCUUUUGCCAAAUGGCGACUGUUCCUAAUCAGGCUGCACAGAAAAAGUUCCAGAAAUUCAUUCCGAUUGUGCAGAUAAAAUACAACCGAUCGAAUGGUACAGGAUGGGGUGUUCGCGUGUGAAAACAGUCCGGAUCCAAUGAUCCCCGGAUGGAGAGAUCAGACGCCAUCCUGGCCCCUGGGCAUCAAUCACUUGGUCACAGGUGGCCGAUAGCCAGGUGCAAUAUGCGCCUGGCUAAUUUCGAACACUGAUUGGAGGAGAGGUGAGAUCUGAACACAAUAGAUAAACGAAAGUCAGCUCUCCAAAUUUGUACGUUUCCCAGCUGUACCAAACUCCAUUCAUCUUGUCUGUUCUUUGCUACAGCAGGAAUUCUGGUCUCUGACCAGAUGGCAAACUGGGAUCUUUCCACGCCUGAAAUCUUUGCCCUCUCCAGAUUUGAAGCACUUCCUAUUUUUAGAGGCAGCAGGGCUUAAUCUGUCUGCAGCGGCUUCCACAAAUCCUGUCUUGUUUGCCUGCUUUUGGACAGGAGGGAAAGGAACCGGAGUUAGCAUGGCAAAGAAGGAGGGCUUUUGUCUUUUGCAGCAAGCAAGAGUCAGAGAUGUUCUGUUUCUGCACGUUACAUCUGCCGUCUUAAGCAGGCUGACUUGUUUUUCUGUAAGAUCCUAUUCCUUUACGCCAUGCAGAAGGGAGGAUGCUUUUGGAAUUUUAAAAGCAAUCAUUAAAAAAAAAUAAUAAGUGGGGGUUUGUGAAUUAAAAUAAAAACCUCUUAAUGAAAAUCCUGUCCUUUCAGAUUAAGCUCCAAGUGAGUUGCGGUCAGACGAACCUGUUUGUGUGUGUGCUGAGUUUUUGUAGAAGGAAGGGAAAGGGAAGUCACGGAAUGUAUAGAUUGGCUUCAGAUUCCCAGGAACUUUCACAUCCGGUUUCAGAAUGUGUCCGUUUGAAAGCAAGCUUCUUGUAUAGGGUGGGGGAAAUUUCUCUCACCAGGUGGUUUCCUUAUCUCAAAAAGGAUAUUGUAGAGCAGGGGACAGAAAGGUUUAGCUUUGUAAAAAAAACCCCAGAAGCCUUUUUAUUAGGUAUUUUAGGACAAGACAUACCAAAAGAAAUGAGGACCUUAUUUAUGUAUGCCACUACAGCAGCAAGAAUGUUGGUUGCACAUAACUGGAAGACUGGAGAAAUACCAACUAAAGAACAAUGGCAAGAGUUUCCUCCAGCACCAUAAUUCAAAAGCAUCAAUUCUUCAGCGAUCAGCCUUCUUUAUGAUGCUUUUGAAUUAUGGUGCUGGAGGAGACUCUUGAGAGUCCCAUGGACUGCAAGAAGAUCAAACCUCUCCAUUCUGAAGGGAAUCAGCCCUGAGUGCUCACUGGAAGGACAGAUCCUGAAGCCGAGGCUCGAAUACUUUGGCCACCUCAUGAGAAGAGAAGACUCCUUGGAAAAGACCCUGAUGUUGGGAAAGAUGGAGGGCACAAGGAGAAGGGGACGACAGAGGACGAGAUGGUUGGUCAAUGUUCUCGAAGCUACCAGCAUGAGUUUGACCAAACUGCGGGAGGCAGUGGAGGACAGGAGUGCCUGGCGUGCUCUGGUCCAGGGGGUCACAAAGAGUCAGACACGACUAAACGACUAAACAACAACAACAACAUGGUUCUAAUCCAGCCCUGUUUAAGCAACAGAUCUUUUUUUGUGUGCCUGUGAGUGGAGCUGUCUCUUUCGUUCAAGCUUUGCCAUUCUGAGACACCCCCGCCCCCUGCUCUGCCUUGUCCGGUGAAUUUUGCCAUUCUUUCGGCUGAUUUUUCCAUUUGGAUGUAUCGGAUCUGGGAUGGAGCUGCUGCCUUUGUGGCUGAGUGCAGAUGAGCGAUCUGCUGCCUCCUUGGGCAGAGAGGCAGGCUGUGAUUUAUGAGCAAGUUUGCCUUGAUUCUUAAGCUGGGGCACGUGUUAUCCUUUCGCGUGUCUGUCACAUUGCAAGGUUAUUUAUGGAGCCGAGAACGUCUGCGUUAACCUGCCUUGUUCCGUGCCUCUCUGCCUCUCUGUGCUUUUGUAGGGGGGAUAAAUCGACGGCUGCGGGGCUGCGUGCGCUUGCUUCAGAGUAAGCCCCACUGAACUCCAUGGGAGUUGCUUUCAGGGAAAGCCGCAAGUAGGAUCCUUCCAUUUCAAUAUGUCGCUGACUGGUCUCCUUCCACUUUGGUUGGUUGCCUUGUGAAGGCCAACACUUGCCGUGGGUUUGACAGCCAAACAGAAUAGCAGAAUCCUAUUAACAAAAAUGUCUUCUUUUUUUAAUGUUCUUUAUUGGUUUUACAGAUUUUUCAAAUUUUGCCAUCAUAAUCGUCCUCCACUGGACUUAACGGUCAAGGGUCCCUUUACCUUUACCUUUAAUACAUAAUACAUACCUUAUUUCUUUUAACCUUAAUACUUUAACUCUAAACAAAUUUGUACUUCCCGCCCUCCUCCUUCUGGUUUCUCUGUAUUUUCUUUAUAUUUACGCAUUUGUCAUGUUUACGUUCUAUGUGUACUUAAUCCUAUGGACUAAUACUAUUCAAAAUUUAAUUCAUGUACAUCCUUCAAUUGUUGUAAUAUGUUUGUCCAAUAUUCUUAAAUCCAAAACGAAUGAUUUUUGAUAAACAUUGUGAGGUCUAUUUCAGUCCCGUGAGUGUCUUUAUUUGUGUAUACAGUGGGUGCUUGGGUUGCGAACGUGAUCCGUGCGGGAGGCACAUUCGCAACCCGCAGUGUUUGCAACCCGCAGUGCCGCGUCUGCGCACACGUGGGUCGCGAUUUGGCACUUCUGUGCAUGCGCAAAGCGCGAUUUAGUGGUCCUGCACAUGCGCGAGCGCUGAAACCUGGAAGCAAUCCAUUCCGGUACUUCCGGGUUUUGGCGCGUCCAUAACCUGAAAACGCGUAACCCGAAGCGUCUGUAACCUGAGGUAUGACUGUAGUUCUUUUUUAUGUAUGUUGUUCUCUGAUUUUUCCAGUCAAUUUUGCUGUUUCUGCAUACUCCAUGAGUUUCCGCUGUCAUUCUUCAACUGUGGAUAUUUCAUGUUGCUUCCAUUUCUGUGAGAGUAGUAUUCUCGCCGCGGUAUUAGCAUAAAGGAACAGUUUCUGGUCACUCUUUGUUAUAUCAUCUCCAACCACACCUGGCAAGAAUGCCUCUGGGUUUCAAAAAUGUCUUUUUCUCUGCAAACACAGCCCAGCUUUGAUCAGAGUUCUCUUUGUGCAAAGAGUGAUAAGGAACCUUUUUCAUUCCGAGGGCCGCAUUCAUUAACUCCCGGGGGCCACAGGGCAGUGUUGGGUGGAGCCGGGGGUGGGGGGAGAAAUGGGUGAAGCUAUGGGUUUAGGCUUGUUUUUGUUAUUAUUAUUAAUUAUGAUGAUGAUUAAUUUUGCAUACCGCCGGAUACCCACAGGUCUCAGGGCUGUUCGCAGCAUAAAAUCACAAUAUGAAAAAACAAAAUCCGUCAUAAAAACAAAAGCAAGAACAACUCAGUAAUCCUCCUCUCCCCAAAACAUUUUACGCUUGCCAUAUUUCAAAAGGUGAAAAUCUGGACACAAAAGUUGUUGAGUUUUUUUUUUUUAAUAGAGCUAUCAGCAAUUUCCACCCGGACACACCCUAUUUAAACGGGCUACAGAUCUACGAUUCUAUGAUCUCAACUCUAGCUAGCUCUUGUGACAGUGCACUCGUUCUAAUAUGCAAGAAGGAGAAUCGCACGCAGUGGAAAUGGAAAUGGUCUUUAACUAUGGACUAAGGCAGAGGUUUUUCAAUUGUAUUCGCUGACCCGGCACCCAGAAAUCUCCACAUGGUCACAAUUGGACCCGCUCUGGAAGCAAAACAUGCCUGGUGUUAUGUACUGAGUUGAAUAGGAUCCAAAAGGCAGCAGUCUGAUUGGUCCUAGAACAAUAGGAUUCAGAAUGCAGCAGUCUGAUUGGCCCAAAGGAGCCACCCAAUCCAGCUCCAGGUGGAAGUGAAUCCGCAACCUGAUUGGCCUACAGGAGUAUCCCGGAAUGAGCCAAUCACAUGGGGUCCAUUGUGUAAAUAAUGUAUAUAAGGCAGACAUUCUGGGGGAACUUCCAUUCCUCCUCACCACUAUGAGCUGAAUAAAGAGCAAGAAAUCCACUCUCAACUCCGAGUAUAUUUCACCUGGUGAUUGAAUUUCGAACACCGCACGAGGGUGGCUUCCAAUUCCUAGUUUCGAAGUUGUUUUCCUGGCAUGGGAAUGUAGAGGUCAAGAACAGGAGACGGAACGUAGGUGGGUUUUAAAGGCAUUAACCCUCUGCCUUUUUAUUACCAUCUGAUCUGUGCUGCAUCUCUGUAGCUGGGCAUACAUUUUGCAUGUGAGGAAAGCCCUGGAUCCGGUCUCCCUCCCCCCACAAAUCUCUGGGGAGAAGAGAUCAGGCAGCCCGUCUGGCAGAGGUGAAUAGCAGCAGCCGCAGCAGCAGCUGUACGAUGCCCCAGUGAGCGUAUCCAGAGCCGUAUUUCGGUCGAGGAGGCCGUUACGGGUGAUUGCGUCGCCACGGGCAUGCCAAGUGCUUGCGGGCAAAACAUCAGGCCACCCAGAGGCCUUGCCAGCUGGAGAACCUGAGGACCUUGUCAAACCAGUGAGAAAAUGAUGUGCUUCGUAGGGAGAGGCGUAGUGGACUUUUUUUUUUUGCAAAUGCAUUACUCAGUCGUCUCAAUUUGUUAGUCACCUAGGCUGAUCUGCAGGAAGCGCCUGGCCUUCAUAUUGAGGCUUCCUGCCAGAGCAGUCCAACCUGAACGGCCAUUCUGGGAGUUGUUGUCCUAAACAUCUGGAGGGCACGAGGUUGGAGAAAGCUGCUCUGGCUUUAAUAAUAAUAAUAAUAAUAUUUAUUUAUACCCCGCCCUCCCCAGCCAAGACCGGGCUCAUGGUGGCUAACACCAAAUAUAAUAAUAGUAAUAAUAAUAAUAAUAAUUUUAUUAUUUAUACCCCGCCCGUCUGGCUGGGCUUCCCCAGCCACUCUGGGUGGCUUUCAACAGAAUAUUAAAAUAGAAGAGUUUGGAUUUGAUAUCCCGCCUUUCACUCCCUUUUAAGGAGUCUCAAAGCGGCUCACAUUCUCCUUUCCCUUCCUCCCCCACAACAAACACUCUGUGAGGUGAGUGGGGCUGAGAGACUUCAGAGAAGUGUGACUGGCCCAAGGUCACCCAGCAGCUGCAUGUGGAGGAGCCGGGAAGCGAACCCAGUUCACCAGAUUACGAGACUACCGCUCUUAACCACUACACCACACUGGCUCUCAAUAGUCUAUUAAACAUUAAAAGCUUCCCUAAACACGACUGCCUUCAGAUGUCUUCUAAAAGUCUGGUAGUUGUUGUUCUCUUUGACAUCUGCUGGGAGAGCGUUCCACAGGGCGGGUGCCACUACCAAGAAGGCCCUCUGCCUGGUUUCCUGUAACUUGGCUUCUCACAGGGAGGGAACCGCCAGAAGGCCCUUGGAGCUGGACCUCAGUGGUCUCGGCAGCCGCUCCCAGUCACCAGUCUGGCUGCUGCGUUCUGGAUUAGUUGUAGUUUCUGGGUCACCUUCAAAGGUAGCCCCACAUAGAGCGCAUUGCAGUAGUCCAAGCGGGAGAUAACCAGAGCAUGCACCACUCUGGCGAGGCAGUCCGCAGGCAGAUAGGGUCUCAGCCUGCGUACCAGAUGGAGCUGGUACACAGCUGCCCUGGACACAGAAUUGACCUGCGCCUCCAUGGACAGCUGUGAGUCCAAAAUGACUCCCAGGCUGUGCACUUGGUCCUUCAGGGGCACAGGACCAGGGAGUCCCCCCACACCUGCCCGCCUCCUGUCCCCCCAAAACUGUACUUCUGUCUUGUCAGGAUUCAAUCUCAAUCUGUUAGCCGCCAUCCAUCCUCCAACCGCCUCCAGACACUCAGUCUAAUCAAAACAAUUGAUUAGAAUACAGCUUAAAAAAUAAAAUUAAAAUGCAACAUUAAAACAUUAAAGGAGAGUCUUUGGGAACAUAGGAAGCUGUGUUGCUCAGGUCAGAGUGCUUGCUUGUCCGUCAAAGCCUAUAUUGUCUUCUCUGACUGGCAGCUGCUUUCCAAGACCUGAGCUUCCCCCCUUCCCUUGCUGCCAGAGCCUAACUAGAAAUGUCAGCGAUCCUCCCUGUGCUAUAUCCCAUCCAUCACUGCCUAAGAGGGAGGUGUUACCAAGAAAAGGGUAGGAGCAGAUUUUGCAAUGUCGGCAAAGACGUUUUCAAGACGUUGGCCAGGCAGAUCCUGCGCAGCAGAGCUCUGAACCUUUUGUGCACGUUCAGACCGUGCCAACUCUUUGCUCUUUCCUUGUGUGGUUUGCUAGUGUGUCGGGAUUUAGGAACCUGCCUUUUUAUGAGUCGGCUAUCUAGCGCAAUGUUGCCCACACUGGCUGGCAGCAGCUCCCCAGGGUUAGAGGCAGGGGACAGUCCCACUCCUGUUAGCAGAUGCCAAGGAAUUUGUUGGAUUCUAGAUUGCUUUAUUGGAUAUUUUAAUGUGUUGGAGUAGACCGCUUUGAAUCCCCCCUCCCUCUUUAAAAUAUAAAACUGAAUUGAAAUUAAAUGAAUACAGUGGUACCUCAGGUUACAUACGCUUCAGGUUACAUACGCUUCAGGUUAUAGACUACGCUAACCCAGAAAUAGUACCUUGGGUUAAGAACUUUGCUUCAGGAUGAGAUCUGAAAUCCUGCGGCAGUGGUGCGGCAGCAGCGGGAGGCCCCAUUAGCUAAAGUGGUGCUUCAGGUUAAGAACAGUUUCAGGUUAAGAACGGACCUCCGGAACAAAUUAAGUUCUUAACCCAAGGUACCACUGUAAUAAUAAUCUACCACUGAACUACAACCAGCUAGACUGGUGACUGGGAGCGGCUGCCGAGACCACAUAACGCUGGUCUUGAAAGACCUACAUUGGCUCCCAGUACGUUUCCAAGCACAAUUCAAAGUGUUGGUGCUGACCUUGAAAGCCCUAAACGGCCUCAAAGGCCCAGUAUACCUGAAGGAGCGUCUCCACCCCCAUUGUUCAGCCCAGACACUGAGGUCCAGCGCCGAGGGCCUUCUGGUGGUUCUCUCCCCGCGAGAAGCGAGGUUACAGGGAACCAGGCAGAGGGCCUUCUCGGUAGUGGCACGCCCCCUGUGGAACACCCUCCCAUCAGAUGUCAAGGAAAUAAACAACCAUCUGACUUUUAGAAGACAUCUGAAGGCAGCCCUAUUUAGGGAAGUUUUUAAUGACUGAUGUUUUAAUGUAUUUUUAAUCUUUUGUUGGAAGCUGCCCAGAGUGGCUGGGGAAGCCAAGCCGGAUGGGCGGGGUAGAAAUAAUAAAUUAUUAUUAUAUUAUUAUGAUAAUAUUAUUAUUCUCCCACAUCCCCCGAGAUCAGAACAUUUCACCAAGGAUAUAUAAUAUCUCCUUCUUUCUUUCUUAGUUGCUUAUUCUUAAAUCAACUCCAAGUACAUUUUGCAAAAUGUAGCAUAUUGAAGCAGAGCAAUACCAAAACUACAGCUGAGUCACAUCAUAAAGGUAAAGGUAAAGGUACCCCUGCCCGUACGGGCCAGUGUCCGACUCUAGGGUUGUGCGCCCAUCUCACUUAAUAGGCCAGGGGCCAGCGCUGUCCGGAGACACUUCCGGGUCACGUGGCCAGCGUGACGAAGCUGCUCUGGCGAGCCAGCACCAGCGCAGCACACGGAAACGCCGUUUACCUUCCCGCUAUAAAGCGGUACCUAUUUAUCUACUUGCACUUAAGUGUGCUUUCAAACUGCUAGGUGGGCAGGAGCUGGGACCGAAAGACGGGAGCUCACCCCGCCGCGGGGAUUCGAACCACCGACUAUGCAAUCGGCAAGUCCUAGGCGCUGAGGUUUUACUCACAGCGCCACCCGCGUCCCAGCGAGUCACAUCAUAGGCUCAUCUUAUUUACACAAAUUCACCUCUAUGCAUUUGGCUGCAGCUUCAUUCCAGCCUUUUUCUUCUGCCUGCAUCUCUGCUGCUGGCUUAUUUCUCAGAUAAUUAUUUCCGCAGGAUCAAUUUUAUUCAUACCAUGUGGGAUUUUCCUGGGUUAAACUUCCUUUAAUUUUUGUAUACGCCCCACUAUCCUUCCAUGCCUGUUGUCUUUGUCCAUGGAGUUUUCUUGGCAGGGAUACUGGAGUGGCUUGCUGGUUCCUGCUCCAGGAAGUGAGAGCUGGACCAUAAAGAAGGCUGAUCGCCGAAGAAUGGAUGCUUUUGAAUUAUGGUGCUGGAGGAGACUCUUGAGAGUCCCAUGGACUGCAAGAAGAUCAAACCUCUCCAUUCUGAAGGAAAUCAGCCCUGAGUGCUCAUUGGAAGGACAGAUUGUGAAGCUGAGGCUCCAAUCCUUUGGCCACCUCAUGAGAAGAGAAGACUCCCUGGAAAAGACCCUGAUGCUGGGAAAGAUGGAGGGCACAAGGAGAAGGGGCCGACAGAGGACGAGAUGGUGGGACAGUGUUCUUGAAGCUACCAGCAUGAGUUUGACCAAACUGCGGGAGGCAGUGGAAGACAGGAGUGCCUGGUGUGCUCUGGUCCAGGGGGUCAUGAAGAGGCGGACACGACAAAACGACUAAACAACAACAUCCUUCCAUAGUUUAUCCCAGGCAUAGGCAAACUUGGUCCUCCAGAUUUUUUUUGGGACUACAACUCCCAUCAUCCCUAGCUAACAGGACCAGUGGUCAGGGAUGCUGGGAGUUGUAGUCCCAAAAAACAUCUGGAGGGCCGAGUUUGCCUAUGCCUGGUUUAUCCACACACCUGAGAUCUGAGUCUGCUCUUUUUUCUUAGCCACGGGCCUUUCUGUCGGGCCUUGAACUCUGAUAAUGCUUUUCGUUUGUCUGGAUGGAGGCGGAGAAGGAUUUGUGAGCGAAUGAACUUUGUGGCUCCGUCUGCUUUUGGUGCCGCCCCCUCCUGCCACUGAAUGUGGCCCCCAUAAAGUUCCUUUGAAGGGGAUGUGGUGGCCCCAAUCUUGGAAAUGCUCUCCAAUCCACUGCUCUGCAAACAUCUAAUUCUGGUUUUAAUGGUGCGUUAGUUGGGCACAACAACAGCCUUUUGUAUGUAUCCCAAAUUCUCAGCCGGAUCAAAAUCAAGGAAUUUUGUUUUAUAUAAUUCGUUCUAAAAUUGCUCUCUCCUCAUGGCGUUUUAUGUAAUUGGACCUCUGUCAAAUUCUCCCCAAAUUUAGGUAAAUCAGAGUUUCCACAUUCUGAAAUCCAGUUGACGCACUUGGCCAAAUCACUUUUAUAUUUGGGAGAGAUAAUCACUUCUGUCUUUCCAUCAUGUACUCGUCUCGUCUUAAUUCUUGCUGUGCCCCCCCCCAUGAAUUUUAAUACCAAUUAUUGCCAUUUAUUCAUUUUUUGCUUUGAUAUCGUAAUAGGCAAUGACUGAGACAGAAGGUUCGCCUAGGGUAAUAUUAUCGUUUUAGCUGUUGAGAUUCUCCCCCGAAAGAGAACAAGGGCAAAUGUAAUUCCAUCCCCGUCUGAAGCAAAAGUGAUGAAACAUGUCUUCUUCUCCCUUGUUUUCACACAGUUUCUUCCUAUUGCCUGUUAAUUUAGUUCUUAAACAUUGACUAUCACUCUUUCCCCCCCCAAUUAUACUUAACUUUCUUCUUUAAUUGUUUUUCGGGAUUGCUAAGAAACAUGGUUUAAUAUGAACAAUUUUGCCUCUUUUGAAGGUCACCCCCCACUCUGCUUUUGCUUGAUGCUUAGGCCCAGGGUUUUAAGGGAUUUUUUUUUGCUGUGAUUCCUAAAUCUCAAGGGGUUGGACUAGAUGAUCCCUGGGUUCUUUCUCGAAAGACAGUAGCUAAAGGGGGCUCUUUUAGCACCGCUGUGAGUUAAACCACAGAGCCUAGGACUUGCCGAUCAGAAGGUCGGCGGUUCGAAUCCCCACGACGGAGUGAGCUCCCGUUGCUCGGUCCCUGCUCCUGCCCACCUAGCAGUUCGAAAGCACGUCAAAGUGCAAGUAGAUAAAUAGGUACCACUCCGGCGGGAAGGUAAAUGGUGUUUCCGUGCGCUGCUCUGGUUCUCCAUAAGCGGCUUAGUCAUGCUGGCCACAUGACCCGGAAGCUGUACGCCGGCUCCCUCGGCCAGUAAAGCGAGAUGAGUGCGCAACCCCAGAGUCGGUCACGACUGGACCUAAUGGCCAGGGGUCCCUUUACCUUUAUGAUUCAUGCACUAAACCAGUAUCGUUUUGCAUAGAUGGUCACACAAAUCAUGACACCACACCCCAAUACAGUGGUACCUUGGUACUCAAACACCUUGGUUCUCAAACGCCGAAAACCCGGAAGUAAGUGUUGCGCUUUUUAAAUGUUUUUUGGAAGCUGAAUUUCCGAUGCAGCUGUUGGCUAUUGUUUCCAGGGCGCCUGCACCAAUCAGAAGCUGUGCCUUGGUUUUCGAACAUUUUGGUUGUCAAACGGACUUCCGGAACACAUUAAGUUUGGCGCUUUUGUAUUUGCUAUUUAUUUUGCGUUUUUGUUUCUGAGGCUUUUUCGGUUCAUUUGUUUUUGUGACUGUGUGGAACCCAGUUCAGCUACUGAUUGAUUGAUUGUGUGACUGCGGAAAUGGAUAACAGCCCCCCACCCAAACAAUGACUAAUAUCUGUGCUGGUAAGAAAAAAUAAUAAUUUUAAUUUUUAUCAUCUACAAUACUGGCUUAUUUAUUGUAUAGUACAGUACAUUAUUGCUUUCAUUUUAGGGAUCAAUGGUCUUGUUAGAUAGUAAAAUUAAUGUUCAAUUGCUGUGUUAGGGGUUGUUUUUAAAAGUCUGGAAUGGAUUACAGUGGUACCUCGGGUUACAGACGCUUCAGGUUACAGACGCUUCAGGUUACAGACGCUUCAGGUUACAGACGCUUCCGCUAACCCAGAAAUAGUACCUCGGCUUAAGAACUUUGCUUCAGGAUGAGAACAGAAAUUGCAUGGUGGCAGCACGGCAGCAGCGGGAGGCCCCAGUAGCUAAAGUGGUGCUUCAGGUUAAGAACAGUUUCAGGUUAAGAACGGACCUCUGGAAUGAAUUAAGUACUUAACCUGAGGUACCACUGUAAUCUGUUUUGCAUUGCUUUCUAUGGGAAAGCACGCCUUGGUUUUGGAACACUUUGGUUUUGGAACGGACUUCCGGAACGGAUUAAGUUUGAGAACCAAGGUACCGCUGUACUGCAAAACUAUUGCAUGGAUUUUAGUUUAAUGGAUAAACAACAACAACAACAGCAGCAGGGAGAGGGGGAAGACUGAAUCGUGACCCAGUACCCUCGAAACGUGGUUGCAUGGAUCUCAGCUUAACGGGCAAAUAACCCAAACGACAAAUAAACACACGCCUGCAUUGGAAAAAAACCUUUUAGAAGUUGUAAUCACAAAAUGCUUGCCAGGCCGUGAUAUCUAAGAGGAAGCAGAGGAAGGAUAAACACCGCCCGGCUUUUUAGUAAAUGCAGUUCUGUGUACUGAGGGGUCAGGGAUGUUGAAAGUUCCCCUCCUUUUAAGCAAACUCCCCUCCCCAGCUGUGUGGUUUUUUCCCCCCGGAGGGAGGGAAAUGUUGGCAACUGCUUCACAUCUGUAGAAAACGUUGCAGUGGCUUCUGUUUCCCCCCUGCCUGGAAAAUGUUCAGAAUUGUUUCGUAAUUAAAAGGUAUCUGGUUUCUGUUCCUUUUUCGAAAAGAAAAUGUUAAGAGCCGAGUGGAGCAAGCUGUUCUGCUGGUCCUCUCCCUGCCCAACUAAUUUACAAGGAUGGAGGACGUGCGAUGGCUUUCUGACGAUGAACCUGUUGCAAUGUGAUUUCAGAACAGGGCUAAGUCAUGAGUUGGAAGUCUGGUAUUUCUCCUUCCCUGACCUCUUCAACUUGCCUUGUCAGAGUUGGAAAUAUGAACGCACCUCCACUUUUUCCGGCCGUGUGGCAAUUCAUGUUGGCAGUGUCGUUUUGGGUGAUCUCCCUUAAAAACAGCAAAAAACGUUUUUCAACAACUUUGGGCAAAAACAAACCAAACCAAAAACCCUCAACAGCUUUUUCGCUUUUUGAAACAUGGCAACCCUGCAUAAUGCCAGAGUACACGGCACCACGCAGAGUGCAAGAGAAUGGGUCUCUGCCCCGAGGUGUUUACAAUCCAAAACGAACAUGUGAAAACUGCCGCAUUAACAGCUUAGUUCUCAAACGUUUUGGCUCCUGUACACCGCAAACCCAGAAGUGAGUGUUCCAGUUUGUGAACCAUUUUUGGAAGCAGAAUGUCCGACGGGGCUUCUGCGGCUUCUGAUUGGCUGCAGGAGCUUCCUUAUUUGAUUGUAUGUUUGUUGGUUGGUUGGUUGGUUUGCUUUCCUGGCAUAAAUGUAUCUAUUUUAAAACAAUAAAGAUAUACAGUGGUACCUCUGGAUGCGAACGGGAUCCGUUCCAGAGCCCCGUUUGCAUCCAGAGCAGAACGCAACCCGCGUCUGUGGGUCGCGAUUCGCCGCUUCUGCGCAUGCACGUGACGUCAUUUUGAGCGUCUGUGCGAGCGGUGAAACCUGGAAGUAAUGUGUUCUGUUACUUCCGGGUCGCCGCAGAGUGUAACCUGAAAACGCUCAACCUGAAGCGACUUUAACCCGAGGUAUGACUGUAUAUUUAAAUACAGUGGUACCUCGGGUUAAGUACUUAAUUCGUUCUGAAGGUCCGUUCUUAACCUGAAGCACCACUUUAGCUAAUGGGGCCUCCCGUUGCUGCCACACAAUUUCUGUUCUCAUCCUGAAGCAAAGUUCUUAAACUGAGGUAUUAUUUCUGGGUUAGCGGAGUCUCUAACCUGAAGCGUAUGUAACCUGAAGCGUAUGUAACCCGAGGUAUCACUGUAGAGAGUUUGGUCUUAAAGGAGAAUGGCAGGGUGUGGCGAUGGUGCUGAUUCAAGCUGCAGAAGUCGGAUUUCUCGAGGAUGUGAGAGGCAGGGAAUUGCCAGCGCCAGGUGAAAUAUUUCAGAAUCUCAACUGUAAACAGCCAGCGAGUGCAGCAUGCCAUUAUCACACCAUUACCGGUCCAAUUAUGGUGCCUGCUCAAAGCUGGAGAUAAAGAUGACAGAAGAGUCUGGGAGCGAGCUGUGAUUAUCGUAAGUGGUGUUCAGCUGCGCGUGUAGGCCUCUCUUGCUCCCAAAACAAAGACGGCUUAAGUUUGCAGUAUUUAUAGACGGGAAUUUUGAAAGUUACUGUAUUUCAUCUGUCCUGAGCCUUCCAACAUCGGGUUACCAGACGUCCCCGGUUCCCGGGGACAGUCCCCGGAUUUGCAAAUCUGUCCCCGGGAAACGUGGCAACGUUAGCCUCAGCAGCCCGGAGCCAGCCUGGUAGCGCAGUUGGCUCUGGCUGGCUUCAGAAGCUGCUCACUGCCGUGGUCGCCCGUCAUUUUCCCUCAUUUUUCCAUUUUUAUGGUGCUGGAGGAGACUCUUGAGAGUCCCAUCGACUGCAAGAAGAUCAAACAUCUCCAUUCUGAAGGUAAUCAGCCCUGAGUGCUCACUGGAAGGACAGAUCCUGAAGCUGAGGCUCCAGUACUUUGGCCACCUCAUGAGAAGAGAAGACUCCCUGGAAAAGACCCUGAUGUUGGGAAAGAUGGAGGGCACAAGGAGAAGGGGACGACAGAGGACGAAAUGGUUGGACAGUGUUCUCGAAGCUACCAGCGUGAGUUUGACCAAACUGCGGGAGGCGGGGGAGGACAGGAAGUGCCUGGCGUGCUCUGGUCCAGGGGGAUACGAAGAAUCGAACAUGACUAAACAACUAAACAACAACAACAAAACUGUUUAGGGUUGCCUAAACUGGUAUGCAUAGUGCUUGUGCACCGAUAGAAUUGCUUUCCAACCACAGGAUUGUGAGCCUAGGUGUGCAGCUUCUGUGUAAAUGGCCUUCAGGGCCAUUCAGGGAAGCUUCAUAGAUCAGUGGCAGAACAUUUGCCCUGCGUGCAAAAGGUCCCAGUCCCGGCCUGCGAGGGAACCCUGUCCCAAACCCUGGAGGGCUGCUGCCAAUCAGUUUAGACAAUACUGAGCUAGGUGGCCUGGCUCAGUAUAAGGCAACUCCCUAUGUUCCUAUAGGGACGCGGGUGGCGCUGUGGGUUAAAUCACAGAGCCUAGGGCUUGCCGAUCAGAAGGUCGGUGGUUCGAAUCCCCGCGACGGGGUGAGCUCCCGUUGCUUGCUCCCUGCUCCUGCCAACCUAGCAGUUCGAAAGCACGUCAAAGUGCAAGUAGAUAAAUAGGUACCGCUCUAGCGGGAAGGUAAACGGUGUUUCCGUGCGCUGCUCUGGUUCGCCAGAAGCGGCUUAGUCAUGCUGGCCACAUGACCCGGAAGCUGUACGCCAGCUCCCUCAGCCAAUAAAGCGAGAUGAGUGGCGCAACCCCAGAGUCGGCCACGACUGGACCUAACGGUCAGGGGUCCCUUUACCUUUACCUUUACUAUGUUUGUAUAAGCAAGAAAUGCAAUUUUUCCGGUCUGCGUAUGAGCUCUUCCUCUCCACCUUGGCAUCAACCAUAUCGGCAGGUCCAGCCAAAUGAUGUCUGCAAUCUCUCAAGCCAACUGGAACGGGAACAGUGCCUGGCGAUGCCUGGAAGCCACGGGAGAUGUAGAUGCUUUCCAGUAAUUCGUCAGCCGCUUGUCUUGUUUGCUUUUUUAAAAUCCUUGGCAACUGGAUUGGAGAUGAUUAUUUUUACCCAGCGAGUUACUGCAAAUAUUGCAGGGCGAGGGGUGCUGGGGUCCGCUCCCCUGGAGAAGCACAAUAAACCAGAGAAAAUGGAGUUUGUACAGUGGUACCUCGGGUUACAUACGCUUCAGGUUACAGACUCCCACUAACCCAGAAACAGUACCUCGGGUUAAGAACUUUGCUUCAGGAUGAGAACAGAAACCGUGCUCCCGCGGUGCGGCGGCAGCGGGAGGCCCCAUUAGCUAAAGUGGUGCUUCAGGUUAAGAACACUUUCAGGUUAAGUACAGACCUCCAGAACGAAUUAAGUACUUAACCUGAGGUACCACUGUAUAGCUUGUUUAGCUUAUAUGAAAAUCCGGCACUGGCUACUGCCUGCCUUACCUUAAAACCAGCUCUGCCAAAAUAGUACCUCGGGUUAAGAACUUUGCUUCAGGAUGAGAACAGAAAUUGCGCAGCGGCGGCAAGGUGACAGUGGGAUUCCCUAUUAGCUAAAGUGGUGCUUCAGGUUAAGAACACUUUCAGGUUAAGAACAGACCUCUGGAACAAAUUAAGUACUUAACCCGAGGUACCACUGUACAUUGUUUAUUGCUUUCAUUUUAUGGAUCAAUGGUCUCGUUAUAUAGUAAAACUCAUGUUCAGUUGCUGUUUUAGGGUUUGUUUUUAAAAGUCUGGAACGGAUUAAUCCGUUUUGCAUUACUUUCUAUGGGAAAGUGCGCCUAGGUUUUGGAAUGCUUUGGUUUUGGAACGGACUUCCGGAACGGAUUAAGUUUGAGAACCAAGGUACCACUACCUAUUAUAGAGCUCUAUUUCCUUGGAGGUUUUAAAGCAGAGGCUGGAUGGUCAUCUAUGAUAUUAAUAGUUUAAAAAAUGCAUGCAUAAUUUUUUUUAAAACACACCCACACACUCACAUAGAGAGAGAUUAAAAAACAACAGUGUGCAUAUGGUAUCUAUUCAAAUCCAAUGCAGAUACCAACUCUUUCCCUAUUUUCACACAAAUAUUUGCGCAGGUCACCUGAGCAAAGCAUUCCUUGCCACAUCCUGAAAAUUUUUACAGCAAUAUUUUUUCCCAAACAAAGGUCUCAGGGCCAUUUUAUCCCAUGGUUAGUAUGAAAGGAUCAGCCACACCUUGCGGCAAUUGUCCUCUUCAGAAUUAGUUCAGUUAAUGUCCCCAAAGCCUAAUAAACCCAGAGAGAACGGAGCCUUCACACACGCCAAAGCAAAUUGAGCCAUCUCUUGGGUGAGACGGAGUAAACGGAAGUAUUUGUCUAGAGAGACCACACACACACACACAUAACGUGCCCGUAGAUUCCAGCUCUGGAACUUCCCGGAAAGCUUUUGUUGCAAAUCCCUCUGCCACAUGCAAAGGCGGCUUGUCAGGAGAGAGAAACCGCUCGAGCUGUAAUUAUGCCGGCUCCUAAACUCGGCACAAUGGAGAGCAGCCCAGCCGCCCCAUAAUUAAAGCAGCAUCUGGGAGAGAGAGACAAUGGGAAAACUCCACACAUUUUGCAGACCUUGUUCCAUGCUGACUUCGCGGGAAGAGGAGCAAGUCAUGUUGUUCUAAAUGAGCGUCAAAGCUCCUUCGAGGCAUUUAAACAGAAAAUAAAACAAAAUCCAGGCACAUUUUUGCCCGAGAGGGGCGGGGGGGGGGGGGAGGAAAGGAGUUGGCUCCUUACCUCUCUUGCCCUGACCUAGCCACUGUGAUCCACACAACGGUCACCUCCAGACUUGAUUAUUGUAACUCGCUCUACGUGGGGCUGCCCUUGAGCCAGGGUGCUCUGAAAACAUGCUGCCAGCAAUGUGAUUUCCACACAUUCAUAGAGGCAUUUAAAUAAAGAUUAAGAAGAGAUGCACGUGCUUUCAUUGGGCCCUGCAAGAUGUCCAAAAACCAAUCCCACCCAAGUAAGUUUUCGGGCAUUUCAAGGAGCAACGUAAUCCCUUUUAAGUAUUGAAAUCUCCAACCAAGGAAACAUAACAUCCGGAUGUUGAUGCUGCAAAAUUGCUAAAGAAGGGAUUACAUCAUUUCCAUGUAAGCCUCUAGCUCUCCAGACACACACUUGCCACCGGCUUAGGAAGGGGAAUUGAGUGCAAGAAGUCUCCUAAAGAUGUACAGGAUGUACUUAUGGAAAUAUUUAAUUGGGAUCCGCAACAAAAUGCAGAAAUGGAUUCUCGCCUCCUAGUAGGUGUUCCUGCAUUUUAAAGACUGUCACCUUGAACUUUUAGGAAGGGUGGGAUAUAAAUUAGUUCAAGUAAGUGAGGAGGGUACUUGCCAGCCGGCCAGACAUGCCCUCCUCCAGAACUCUAUUCCAUUACCCUCUCCACUUACCGUAUUUUUCCAUGUAUAAGACGCCCCAUGUAUAAGAUGACCCCAUGUAUAAGUUUGACCAAACUGCGGGAGGCAGUGGAAGACAGGAGUGCCUGGCAUGCUCUGGUCCAUGGGGUCACGAAGAGUUGGACACGACUAAAUGACUAAACAACAAAACAACUUUUUUUUUUUAAAAAACCCAAAAUUAAGAAAUUAAGUUGUUUAGCUUUUUUUGGGGGGUGUCAGAGGUCACUUCUGCCAAUCGCUCACCUCGCUGCAGCUGCCAAUUGUCUGCCCACUCACCGCCACCAACAGCCCUCCCGCCACUCGCCGCAGCCGCCAAUCACCUGCCUGACUCACCACAGCUGCCAAUCACCUGCCCUGUUGCUGCAGCUGCAGCCAAUCGCCAGUAGGCCUUGCCGCAGCCACCAAUCGCCGCUGCCAAUCUCCUGCUUGCUGCUGCCAUUAAUUGCAUUCACUAUCCAUGCAUAGGGACGCGGGUGGCGCUGUGGGUUAAACCACAGAGCCUAGGACUUGCCGAUCAGAAGGUUGGCGGUUCGAAUCCCCGCGGCGGGGUGAGCUCCCGUUGCUCGGUCCCUGCUCCUGCCAACCUAGCAGUUUGAAAGCACGAAGUGCAAGUAGAUAAAUAGGUACCGCUGUGGCGGGAAGGUAAACGGCAUUUCUGUGCGCUGCUCCGGUUCACCAGAAGCGGCUUAGUCAUGCUGGCCACAUGACCCGGAAGCUGUACGCCGGCUCCCUCGGCCAAUAAAGUGAGAUGAGCGCCGCAACCCCAGAGUCGGUCACGACUGGACCUAAUGGUCAGGGGUCCCUUUACCUUUAUCCAUGCAUAAGACGACACCCAAUUUUUCCUAAUUUUUUUUUAAGCAAAAAGCAUUGUCUUAUACACAGAAAAUUCGGCAUUUUUCCGGCUUCCCCAAUGGACUGUCAACAUUAUGUGGCUACUGCGUGAGCUCAUUCUUCAUCCAAGGAAGGAGAGGCCAUCUCUUGUGGAGGUCUGUUCCACUGUCAAACAGCUCUUGCCCUUGGAUAGUGCUCCCUGAUGUUUAGUCGGAAUCCCCUUUCUUGUGUCUUGAAGCCAUGGGUUCGAAUCUCGCCCUCCAGAGAAUGAGGAAACAAGCUUGCUCCAUUCUCCAUCCUCCCUGAGAUAUCCUCCACAUAAUAGCAUUUCCCUUGCCCCGAAGAUCAGCUGUGGGGCUGUACCUAUGGAUGUCUACCCCAGUGAGUUCAAGGGGGUUUGCCCUCUGGAAAGCACGUACAGAAUUGCAUCCUUAGUUACCUUCGUUAUGGAAGCUAUCCUUGAGGUAUUCCUCUUCUUGCUGUUUUUGUUUUUUUUCCCCUUUCCAAGGGCUGCAUGUAGUUGAAAAGGAAAGGAAGAAUUACCGUAUUUUUUGCUCUAUAAGACUCACUUUUUCCCUUCUAAAAAGUAAGGGGAAAUGUGUGUGUGUCUUAUGGAGCGAAUGCAGGCUUUCGCUGCACAGUGAUCCCUCUUGCUGUUCUGGCUUCUGGGAUUCAGAAUGUUUUUUCCCUUGUUUUCCUCCUCCAAAAACUAGGUGCGUCUUGUGGUCUGGUGCGUCUUAUAGAGCAAAAAAUACGGUAAUUUCUGGUGGUGUAGAAGUGGUGUCAGAAGUGCCCCUAAAACAAGGGUAGCUAAUAUGGAGCUUUUCAAAUGUUCUGGACUACAAAUCCCAUGAUCUCUGAGCUUUGGCUGUGCUGGCUGGAGUUGAUGGGAGUUGGGAGUCCAUAACAUCCAUGCUUGUAUGAGACAGUAGGAUGGUUUGAGAAGGCAGAGGCCUUCCUAUUUGCCCUGGAAUUUUAAAUUCCGAAUGACUUUUCUUUGAUGAAGUUUGUUCUUUAGUUGUUUAGGGGUCCAGUCGUGCUGUCUCGCAUUUUAUUCGGUCUAUUUGCUGGUUCAAAAUUACGUUUGUGAAAUUUCUUUCCACACUGCCAGCGCCUUCAGAAAAAACACCACGGCGGUUUAUAAGGUUGUGUUUGGAUUAUUUAAUAUAAUACAGCCUAUUAUCCAUAAGUAUUAAAGCGUUUUCCAGCAGGCAACACAAAAGUUAAAUGAAAGGAUGCAACAAAGAUUGGUUUAAUAGAUUGUUAAUAAAGCCACAGCUUGUACCGUUCGCUUAAGUGCAGCGUGUUCUAAUUAUGCUUUAUUGCACAUCUUGCACAUUUCUGGUUAGGGAUACCUAGCAAAUAUUGUAAGUGAUGCAUACAAUGGUUUAUUUUAUUUUAUUUUUGUGUGUGUGUUUCCUGAAAGACGAGGGGCGCAUGGACCCCCUUUGCCACCCGCUGUGUGAAUUUAUGGGCGGUGGAACAAAAGUCCAUUGGCUGAAAGCGUUGCAGCGGGUGCAAGCUGGUCAAGGGCGACUUUGGGUUUGAUGUGACCCGGGGGGCAUACAGGAAAAGGAAGCAGUUAAUCAUAAAAUGGGUGGGAGGCCUUUGGACAAUGGCUUCUCUGUGCUUGGGUCCUGGUUGUGGCUGUCGAAGGCUGAAGCGAGGAGAGGAAGGGAAUUGGGUAGAGAAUCCUGCUACACUCUUUAAGUUGUCUUCUUCUUCUUCUUCUUCCAACUAUCCCCUCUAUUGUCAACUUUUUUGACUAUUGUCUUUUAUUUUGUAAUCCAUAUUUUAUAUCUAUCCGUAUUGCCCAUGAUAUUUGCUACAUAACAAGUGUUAUUAGAAUCCUGCUAAUACAGUGGUGCCUCGCAAGACGAAAAUAAUCCGUUCCGCGAGUCUCUUCGUCUAGCGGUUUUUUCGUCUUGCGAAGCAACCCUAUUAGCGGCUUAGCGGAUUAGCGCUAUUAGCGGUUUAGCGGCUAUUAAAGGCUUAGCGGCUUAGCGGCUAAAAGGCUAUUAGCGGCUUAGCGGCUUAGAAAAAGGGGGGGGAGCGAAAAAAAUCGCAAGACUUGCAAGACGUUUUCGUCUUGCGAAGCAAGCCCAUAGGGAAAUUCGUCUUGCGAAGCGCAUCGAAAAAUGGAAAACCCUUUCGUCUAGCGGGUUUUUCGUCUUGCAAGGCAUUCGUCUUGCAGGGCACCACUGUACAGUCAUACCUCGUGUUGCGUUUGCUUCAGGUUGAGUGUUUUCAGGUUGUGUCCCGCGGCGACUCGGAAGUACCAGAAAGGGUUACUUGCGGGUUUCGCCACUUGCACAUGCACAGACGCUCAAAAUGAUGUCAUGCGCAGAGGCGGCGAAUCGCGGCACGCACAGACACGCUGUGGCAUCUUACGUUCUGUUCAGGAUGCGAACGGGGCUCCGGAACGGAUCUCGUUCACAUCCUGAGGUACCACUGUAUAAUUAUAACAAUUCAAAAUACAUAUCCAUAUUUAGAGAUUUCUCUGAAGCUCCAGACUUCCUCGCCUCCCCUCUAUUGUCAGCUUUUUCGACUAUUGUCUAUUAUUUCGUAAUCCAUAUUUUAUAUCUCUCUGUAUUGUCCACGAUAUUUGCUACAUUACAACUGUUAUUCGAAUCCUGCUAAUAUUUUCAUCUGCUUACAGUGGUCUCCUAAAUAAAUUAAAUUCCCCUCCCCUCCAUUCUUUAUUGAAGUUUUUGAAUUCUUGGUUCCUUAGCUUUCCAGGUUAAUUUUGCCAUUUCCGGUGCACUCCAACAGCUUGGUUUGCUAUUUCUCUCUGGUAGGGACUCUUUCCAUCUCUGGUCUAGUAGCAUCCGUGCGGCUGUUGCCGCAUACAUAAAAAGUCUUUUUCUGCUCCUUUGGAAUGUUGGUACCUACAAUUCCUAAUUAAAAAGCUUCUGGGUUGUUUUUUAAAAAAAUAAAGGUUAUUUUAAACAUUUCCACCCCAGUUCAUUAUAUAUCAUUUCACAGAAAGCCUUUAUUACCUUACAUGACCACCACAUAUGAUAAAAUGGACCUUCUUUUUCUUUACAUUUCCAGCAAAUAUUUGUAACUUGUCUUAUACAUUUUCGCCAGCUUACUAGGAGUCAAAUACCACCGGUACAUCAUUUUCAAAGUCUUUCUCUUUGUCAUGUGGGAAUGUUUGAGGGUUACAGGUAGAGAAAUGGUGGAGAAAUCCGAUUUUGUUUGCAUUUUAAAGAGAAGACACCCAGUCCACACAUCUUGAAGCAAUAAGCAAACUGAAGCAGAGCCGCUCUUUGAAAUUUGUAAUUCCCUGAAUUUUGCGAUGCAAUGUGCACGAAAACCGAUCUGCCAAGGAAAAAGUCAAUCAUCUCUUGAUGGUAAUCUGUUUUAAAUGUUCUGUUUUUGAAUUGGUGAAGUUACCUGUCUUGCGGCCUCAUAGAGAAGGGUGGGUUAAGAAAUAAUAAUAAUAAUAAUGAAAAAAAUGGCUUUCACAAAUGUGUAUGUUAGUGAAAACUGCAGGCAAAAAGUCUGUUUAUUAUGAGAAAUUCACACUAAAAUGCUGACGUAUCUUCACAGGAAUUUUUAAAAAAACAAUCUUUGUAAAUAGAUGCAGAGGUACGGAGAAUGGAUUUGAGAUUGGGGGAAAAGGAGAAACGGAGAGAAAUUAAAACGGGAAGGUUUGUCUGUUCCUAAUUCCAGGCUGCGUCUGUAGUAAAACAACCAAGAUCUGUUAGAAACAUGAUGUUUAAACCACAUUGCUGGAGUAGACGAGAGCCAGAGGUGGACCGGCUGCCAAGGACCUUGUAAACAAAGGAGGUGAAUGCCAAAAAUGGAGAAAAGAAGCCUCUUUUCCAAAAAACACUCAAUUUAAAUGAGCUUGGAGGAGGUUAUUUGCAGGAUCACAUUGUGGCUGGACCUGCGUUCAAAGGUCUCUAGAGUUUGAAUGCAUUGACUGCAGUGGCCUUAUGUACUGGGGGGGAUGUAUAGAAACGCUUCUUUUUAUUUAUUUAUAGGGAUGCUGUGAAUUAUGAAUGGGGUGGGGGAAGGUCCUGUUUGGAGCAACGCUCGAGGUCCCCCGCAGAAUUGGCUUCCUAAUGCGUGUCCCGAUCGAUGCAUUGUCUAGGACUUCCUGUACGGCGAGGAGGAUUUCAUUUCCCCCUCCCUGCAUAUCUCGCAGAGGAUGUUGUUCCACGGAUAUUCCUUCUGCGCUCGAGAACGUCUGUGCUGCUUCGCACCAGUUUGUCAGCCCUCUCCUCCCAGCGUCCUCUGUCUUGGACCUCAGAGAAGUGGAUAAAAGAAGUGCAUUUAAAAGAAACCCAAAUAGCUCCUGUCUGGACCUCCCUUUGUGGUAAAUAAAAGAUAGCUGAUUAGAACUCUGCAGGAGGUGGUAUUUGUGGGGUGAGUCCCCGCCCCCCCAGUGGAAAUAAUGACACAUGACACAAUUAUUAAGGUUAAUGGGCUAAAUAAGGCUACAACUUUAUUGGUUACAGGUGAAGAGCGGUAUUGGCUUAGGCAUUGGUCCUAACCGACUAUAUCCAACGUCAGCCCGUCCGCUAGAAGUCCGGGAAGGGUUAACCACCACUAGGGGGAGUCCUGCUGAUGCACAUCAACUAGGAACUCCCCCGAGGUCACCGAUAGGGGGUGUGCCUUAGGCCCUCACCUCCCUAGGCUUUGGACAGGGCCACGCCCCCCGGAAUCCUUUAUCGGACUGCCCUUCAACAUUUUACCUUCUAUUUAUUAAAUUUGUUAGCUGCUUUAUCUUGCCCCGGGGGCAACCCAAGAGCGACCUGCAACCCAACCUCUCUCCUCUCUUGUGGAGGGGCAGUUAGCAUCGACCAGUCCUGAGCUCUGGGCUGAAAUUGUUGCCCUUCAUCUCGGGAGGGCGAUCAACCGCCUUCCUUAGUAAUAGCAUCUAAUGGAAGCGGUUUGUAGCAGGCAGCCAGCGCUAAGGUAUUUGGAAUCCACGGGGAAGAUCUCCGGCUCGUAAUGGAGACAGCAGCCAGCAAUUAUUCAUGAAUUGUCCGAGAUGCGUCUUCGCUGCUAAUGGCUAAAACCACCACCUCCUGCAGGUGGACUGAAGGAAAGAGUGGCUUCUGCUGAGAUGCGGAGUGUGGCCAGCUGGGACAGAUGAAGGCGGUCAGGGUUUAGUACAGUGGUUCCCAAACUGGGUGGAACUCCCUCCUGGGGGUGGUAUGAUUAUCUAGGGUAUGCUUACCAGAUUUUUUCCAAUGAAUCCGUGGACACUUUAUUAUUGUUAUUGUUAUUAUUAAUAUUAAUAUUACAGUGGUACCUCAGGUUACAUACGCUUCAGGUUACAUACACUUCAGGUUACAGACUCCGCUAACCCAGAAAUAGUGCUUCAGGUUAAGAACUUUGCUUCAAGUUGAGAACAGAAAUCAUGCUCCGGCAGCGCGGCAGCAGCAGGAGGCCCCGUUAGCUAAAGUGGUUCUUCAGGUUAGGAACAGUUUCAGGUUAAAUACGGACCUCCGGAACGAAUUAAGUACUUAACCUGAGGUACCACUGUAUUAUUAUUAUUUUGAAGCUGAGUAGCAACAGGAUAGGGACGCAGGUGGCGCUGUGGGUUAAACAGCACAGAGCCUAUGACUUGCCGAUCAGAAGGUCGGUGGUUCGAAUCCCCGCGACGGGGUGAGCUCCCGUUGCUCGGUCCCAGCUCCUGCCAACCUAGCAGUUCGAAAGCACACCAGUGCAAGUAGAUAAAUAGGUACCGCUUCGGCGGGAAGGUAAAUGGCAUUUCCAUGCGCUGCUCUGGUUCGCCAGAAGUGGCUUAGUCAUGCUGGCCACAUCCCGGAAGCUGUACGCUGGCUCCCUCGGCCAAUAAAGCAAGAUGAGCGCCACAACCCCAGAGUCAGCCACGACAGGACCUAAUGGUCAUGGGUCCCUUUACCUUUACCUAGCAACAGGGAGUCCUCUGGUUGGCAGCAGGGAGUGGUACCUCUGGUUACGUACUUAAUUCGUUCUGGAGGUCCCUUCUUAACCUGAAACUGUUCUUAACCUGAGGUACCACUUUAGCUAAUGGGGCCUCCUGCUGCCGCUGCACCGUCGGAGCACGAUUUCUGUUGUCAUCCUGAAGCAAAGUUCUUAAGUCGGAUUUUUAAAAUAAAAUGCUAUUGGAGGGGAAAUCUUUCUAAAGAUAGUUUUCUAUUUAAGUUACAUUAUAGUCUAAAGGCUAUUCAUUGGGAAAUAAGGAUUUCCCUAGCCACUCUGGGCAGUUCCAACAAAAUAUUAAAAUACAACAAUUCAAUAACUAAAACUAUAAGUGAUAGCAAUGGAAAAUCUCCCUGCGUCUCCCAGUUUAAUAUGGUGAGAUAUUUGGCCAAAGUUGGCAGGGCUUAGACUCCAGGUCUCUAGAGGUUACCCAGAGGAAAGCUGGCAGCAAAGUCGCAGAAUAAAGAAAACGUGUUGUUGUUUUUUAAUAUGCUGGGGCAGGAUGUUGCAGUUGAUGGCUGGCGGCUGUUGAAAGCAGCAGACCCGCACCUCUGCAACAAUAUGCGAUGCGAACGGUGUCAUGGCUCUUGCAAGAUUCCUCGCACACGGAGAUUCCCAGGGACGAGAGCUUUCGCAAAUGUAUGGAGCUGAAUGCUCCUGGGAAAGCGUGGGGGAUGGACGGACGUGCGUUUGUGGGUCCGGGACUUUGAAGAGCUGCUUCACGUGGCCUGCAACGCACACAGCUCCCUCCUUAGGGGAUCUGCGUGAAUAACCCACAAAAGAACUUCAAAGCAUUUAUUUGCAUUGGAAAUUUCCCUGUUUGCAUAAGUUGCUGUAAAAAGGGCUCUCUCCGCCCAGUGGCUCUCAAACUCUGCUUGGAGCAUCCUUUGGGUACCACGGAGGACCCAGCAAACGGCAGGAUUGUAUCCCUGGGAGGAAGAGUGCCAAGCCUGCUCUCCAUCUUCCUUUCCUAUGCAGAGUCCUGAAGGGGAUGUUGACGUGCUUUUGAACUGCUAGGUUGGCAGGAGUUAGGGACCGAACAAGGGGAGCUCACCCCGUCACGGGGAUUUGAACCCCCAACCUUCUGAUUGGCAAGUCCUAGGCUCAGUGGUUUAACCCACAGCGCCACCCGCAUCCCAUUGAAAUAAGACCUCCUUAAAGCAGGAAUCAAGGGGGAAAGCCAGGCUAGUCCAGCUUCCCUUUUGGUAUUCUCGCAGAUCCUCCCUCCUGCACCUGUGAUUUGAAUUCCCUCGGCGCCGUCUCCAUCCUCUAGUGGCGCAGGAGGGCAUUCAUCUUGCGCUGUGUCCCCUGCUCCUCGGUUGACAUGCGCCCCGCUACCUUCCUGGUUCUGCUUCAGCAAUGCGCCUGCCUCCAAGCGUCAAACAGAACAAACAAGCCGUCUCUCUAAUAAGCCCGAACUCUUCCCUCAAAGUUCGGCCUGUCCUCCUUUGCCCUUGCCCGCUCGUUUUCCCUGUCCUUCAGAAAUCCAUCUCAGCAAGCAAAUCCUUUCUCCCUGUGUGUCUUUUAAAGAAGCAAGUCUUCGCUGCAGGAAAACUCUGGCUUCAAGCAUCUCAGAGCCUUUUGGAGCAAGGAACAGUGUCAGAGGGGUGAAGCGGAUGAUGCCUUCGUUGGGAACAGUGUGUGCCAGAACAGCUUCUUCUUCUUCUUUGGUGAUCCCUCAUAGCCGAGUAAGAUUGUCUUCCACAAACACGGUUUUAACAACGAGUCCGUAAGUGAUUGUGGAGGCCAGUUCUGGAUCCACACGUCCUUCCACAGUGGGAACAUUGGUACUCGAACAGCUUGGACACCUGAACAAAUCGGUUCCCGAAUGCCGCAAGCCCGGAAGUAAUCGUUCUGGUUUGCAAACAUUUUUCAGAAGCUGAACAUCCGACGCGGCUUCUGAUUGACUGCAGGAAGCUCCUACAGCCAAUCGGAAGCUGCCCCUCGGUUGUCGAACUGUUUUGGGAAUCGAACAGACUUCCGGAACGGUUUUAAGUUCGAGAACCAAGGUACAGUACCACUGUAAAACGUUGUUCAUUGCUCCUUCUCAGGCUGCACAGAAAAAGCAUUAGGGAAGUUUUUUAAUGUUUGAUGUUUUAGCGUGUUUUGCAUGUUCUGUUGGGAGCCACCCAGAGUGGCUGGAGAAACCUGGCCAGUUGGGCAGGGUAUAAAUAAAUAAAUAAAUAAAUAAAUAAAUAAAUAAUGCAGUGGUACCUCAGGUUACAUAUGCUUCAGGUUACACACUCCGCUAACCCAGAAAUAGUGCUUCAGGAUAAGAACAGAAAUCGUGCUCCGGCGGUGCAGCAGCAGUGGGAGGCCCCAUUAGCUAAAGUGGUGCUUCAGGUUAGGAACAGUUUCAGGUUAAGUACAGACCUCUGGAACAAAUUAAGUACUUAACCCGAGGUACCACUGUAAUAAUAAGAAUAAUAAUUACAGUCAUACCUCGGGUUACAGAUGCUUCAGGUUGUGUUUUUUUGGGUUACGGACAGCCGAAACCCGGAAGUACCGGAAUGGGUUACUUCCGGGUUUCGGCGGUCACGCAUGCGAAUCACAACCUGCGCAUGCGCAGAUGCGCCGCUGCGGGUUGCGAACGCUGCGGUUGCGGAUGUGCAUCCCGCACAGAUCACGUUCACAACCUGAGCAUCCACUGUAUUUAUUUUGGUUCCAGAAAUUCAUUCCGAUUAUGCAGAUAAAAUAUAACUGAUGGAGGCUCUGCAGAAUGUGGUGUUAGUGUGUGCAAACAGUCGAGAUCCAGUGAUGCCCAGACAUGCACCUCCAGAGGGUGGAGACAUCCAGCACCAUCCUGGCGUCUUCACUUGGUCGCAAGUGGCCGAUGUUGUUGUUGUUGUUUAGUCGUUUAGCUGUGUACAACUCUUCAUGACCCUAUGGACCAGAGCACGCCAGGCACUCCUGUCUUCCACUGCCUCCCGCAGUUUGGUCAAACUCAUGCUGGUAGCUAAGAGAACACUGUCCCACCAUCUCGUCCUCCGCCGUCCCCUUCUCCUUGUGCCCUCCAUCUUUCCCAACAUCAGGGUCUUUUCCAGGGAGUCUUCUCUUCUCAUGAGGUGGCCAAAGUAUUGGAGCCUCAGCUUCAGGAUCUGUCCUUCCAGUGAGCACUCAGGGCUGAUUUCCUUCAGAAUGGAUAGGUUUGAUCUUCUUGCAGUCCAUGGGACUCUCCAGAGUCUCCUCCAGCACCAGAAUUCAAAAGCAUCAAUUUUUCGGCGAUCAGCCUUCUUUAGGGUCCAGCUCUCACUUCCAUACAUCACUACUGGGAAAACCACUACAAACCUUUGUUGGCAAGGAAGGGCAGUGAUCCAUGAAGUGGCCAAUAGGCUGCUGCAAAAUACACCUAGCUGCUUUUGAACACGGGCUCAGAUCACUGGUCCAUUUCACUAUUGCCUGCACUGGCAGUGACUCUCCCGGAUUUCAGGAAGUAGUGUCCUUGCUCUACCAGCCUUUCUCAACCUGUGGGUCCCCAGAUGUUGUUGGACUACAACUCCCAUCACCCCUAGCUAGCAAGGCCAGAGCUCAGGGAUGAUGGGAGUUGUAGUCUAACAACAUCUGGGGACCCACAGGUUGAGAACCGACUAUCUGGAGAUGGGGGGAAUUGAACGCAGGACCUCCUUCUUGCAAGGCGGGUGCUGUUCCACUGAGCUGUGGCCCUUCUUGGUUUCAGCAGCUGGAUUAAGGUGGGAAUAGUGGCUUUGUCUCCAUUGUUGAAACAACUGGGAGACAAAUGCUUGCUCAUCCACUGCAAAUCGCGCCCGGGGGCAUUGUUACAUCGGCAGAGUUAUGAAACAUGGCGUGAUUUAUAUUCAUCAAAAGGAGGAGAAUGUUCUCACUGAUGUGUAGGAAGGCAGUUGCGAUUCUGCUUUUAGCUUUCAACAGAGGAGCAAUUUCUGGGCACCGCAAGAAAUGCAACAAAGUCUUUCGAGACAGGGAGCCCGAAAAACAAACAGCUUCCUCGAGAACACGGGGGAUCUCUUCCUUCUCUCAUAACAAAGAGGGGAAACUUGCCUCUCCGAAAAUUAUCCAUCCAUUUUAGAGGGAAACCUUCCAAGUGGCCAGUAAGCUCCAGCUGGUGGGGUUUCCCCCCCGCUUAAAGACAUUUAUUGAUUGGAAAAUAGUUUCCCUCUACGUUUUCAGUGGAGUUUAAUUUGCAUCCUGUGCGUUUCGUGGGGGGGGGGAAGGAAAGCAAAUAAUGAGGCCAAAAAUAGCAGCUGUUUAUGGCUCUCUGCUCUCUGGGGACUCUCAGAGUUGUUUGCUUUCGUCCCUCGCCUCUGGAUGGAAAUCUGCAUCUGUUUUCUGGGAGUCGGUCAAAACAGACGGCGAAGUUCCUGCAGUCCAGCAGGAAUCUGCUCGGCCCCCAAUCAAUUAUUUCCCCACUUACCUAAACAUUAAAUUUAUCCGAGGAAAAGCUGUCGGACGUGCCAGCGUUUCGCAAGCUAACUUCUGCGAGUUCCAGAAGUGUUGCUGUGUUUUGCUUUGUGCGUGUGUUCGACCGAGUUCUGUUUCCGGCUGGAAGGAGCUGCCAGUCCGUGCUGGCAGUACUGAGCUAUAUGAACCCAAGGCUCUGACUUGGCAUAAGUCUGCUUUCUGGGUUAGUAUGGCAGAAAGUGAGGAGGAAUUAAAGAACCUUUUAAUGAGGAUGAAAGAGGAGAGCGCAAAAUAUGGUUUGAAGCUCAACAUCAAAAAAACGAAGAUCAUGGCCACUGGUCCCAUCACCUCCUGGCAAAUAGAAGGGGAAGAAAUGGAGGCAGUGAGAGAUUUUACUUUCUUGGGCUCCAUGAUCACCUCAGAUGGUGAGAGCAGCCAUGAAAUUAAAAGAUGCCUGCUUCUUGGGAGAAAAGCAAUGACAAACCUAGACAGCAUCUUAAAAAGCAGAGACAUCACCUUGCCGGCAAAGGCCCGUAUAGUUAAAGCUAUGGUUUUCCCAGUAGUGAUGUAUGGAAGUGAGAGCUGGACCCUAAAGAAGGCUGUUCGCCGAAGAAUGGAUGCUUUUGAAUUCUGGUGCUGGAGGAGACUCUUGAUAGUCCCAUGGACUGCAAGAAGACCAAACCUAUCCAUUCUUAAGGAAAUCAGCCCUGAGUGCUCGCUGGAAGGACAGAUCCUGAAGCUGAGGCUCCAAUACUUUGGCCACCUCAUGAGAAGAGAAGACUCUCUGGAACAGACCCUGAUGUUGGGAAAGAUGGAGGGCACAAGAAGGAGGGGACGACAGAGGACGAGAUGGUGAGACAGUGUUCUCGAAGCUACCAGCAUGAGUUUGACCAAACUGUGGGAGGCAGUGGAAGACAGGAGGGCCUGGCGUGCUCUGGUCCAUGGGGUCACGAAGAGUUGGACACGACUAAACGACUAAACAACAUGCAUAGUACAGUGGCCGAGCAACACUGUGGUGACAGAGCGUAGUCACUGCGGCUGGUAGCCGCAGAUCGCUUUCUCCUCCAUGAGGUUGUGACCGCAGUGCCUCUCGAAUCUCCUGUUUGCACCAUUAAAAGUCCAUUGUUUGAAUUACUCACAGACCAAAGAGAUAGAGGAGGAUUCGCAGUCCCAAAUUUAAAGUUAUAUUAUGAAGCCUCAUGCCUCUGUUGGGUCAAGGAUUGGAUUAUUAUAAAAAAUAAAGAUCUGCUAGAUUUAGAAGGAUUUGAUUUAAGAUUCGGUUGGCACGCUUACCUAUGGCGUAAUAAGGGAAAGAUCCAUAAAGGAUUUUCUAACCAUAUCUUCAGAGGGUCAUUACUGGAGGUGUGGGAAAGAAAUAGAAAAUUAUUGGAACAGAAUACCCCUUGGUGGCUUUCGCCAAUCGAUAUCCUGACAAUAAAAAAAACAAAUAUCGAAGGAGAAAGAUGGACCUACGAAGAUUUAUUAGUAAAAACAGAGACCGGUUGGAGGAUUGGGCCAUAUGAAGAAAUAAAGAACAAAUUGACAGGUUGGAUCCAAUUUCAUCAAAUCAACUCUAUCUGGACCGAGGAUAAAAAAAUGGGAUAAGUGAGAAAAAUCUAGAUUCCAGAUUGAAAUAUUAGAAAGUAAAACAAAACUCCUAUCGAAAAUGUAUAGCCUGUUGCUCGAAUGGGACACCAAAGAUGAAGAAGUAAAGGAGGUAAUGGUGAGAUGGGCAAUGGACUUUGGGUAUAACAUAGAGUUUGAUAAAUGGCAGGCACUAUGGAAUAAAGGUAUGAGAUUCUCGGCAUGCACAACACUCAGGGAAAAUAUGUACAAAAUGAUGUACAGGUGGUACGUAACGCCCGUAAAACUGGAAAAAAUAUAUAAAACUGGUAAUAAAUUAUGCUGGAAGUGCAAGAUUAAGGAUGGCGAUUUUUAUCAUAUGUGGUGGUUGUGCGAGCCUAUUAGAAAAUUUUGGGAAUCUAUUUACAAUGAACUAAAAAAAAUCUUUAAAUAUACCUUUAUAAAAAGACCUGAAGCCUUUUUGCUGGGGGUAAUUGGAGAGGAAAUCAAAAGGAAGAUCAAACACUCUUUCAGUACGCGACAGUGGCCGCCAGAACUCUAAUAGCGCAGAAUUGGAAGACACCAAGAAUCCCAACCAUAAAUGAAUGGCAAUCGAAACUACUCGACUAUCUAGAAUUGGCAAAAAUGACACAGAAAAUAAGAAAUCAAAAAGACACAAAGUUUAAUAAAGAUUGGAAUAAAUUCAUGGCAUACAUGGAAACAGAGGUUAAAAAAACUAAAAAACACAGUAGGUGUGAUAUAACACUUGUGAUGUAAAUAAUUUUUUUUUUUUUGAGGAAAAGAAACUGCAGAUAGAAAAAUUUUAUAACACAUUCCGAAACCGAGAUGAAGGGAAGUCAGUCAGUGUUGUGUGUUAUGUAGUUAAUGUAGUUAAUUUGUUGUUGUCUUAUGUCAGGAGUAUAUAUAUAUUUUUUUAUAUAUAUAUAUUUUUCUUUAUUUAGUUUUUUUUGGUGUGAAUGUGUUGUGUUUGUGUUCUUUGUUUGUAUGGUGUUAUAAAAUAAAAUUUAUUAAAAAAAAAAAGUCCAUUGUUUGUCUUCCCUCCAAAAUCCUGAGAACUGUAGUUUACCACCUCAUAGAGCUGCAGUCCCCAGUGUGCCAAGCAAACUACAUCUCCCAGAUUCCUUGGGUGAAAUUGUGUGCUUUAAAUGUAUCAUGUGUACUGAAAUAAAAAAAAAUUAAGGUCUUAUAUAUAUAAUAAAUGUUCACAAAUGUAACAAGCAAACACGUACAUAAAUAUAUAAACCACAUGUCUGAAGCAGCACAGGAAAACAGCCAUGAAGCCAUCUUGACUUCCAAACUGACCAAAUGUUUUCUCUGCAAAGUCAAAGGAAAAUGGAAAUGCCUCCCCAUUGCCUUUUCCUUCACAAAUCCUGUCUUAAGGAUAUGUCUGUGUAUGAAUAGGGUGAGCCUGUGACCUGGCUCAGGAAUUAAGUGUUCAUCAUUACAAAAGACUGGCCAGGCUCCCCAGGAUAUCCAGUCAAGUAAGCAUUAACAGGUAACCUGCCAGACAGGAGAUAAGCAAUGACAGGAGAUAAACAACGCAGUCAGAUUUCUGCUGUAGACCGCCCUUUCUGUGAUGUAGGUAUGAUGUGUCUGGAGGGUGGUCUUGAGCUACACCCCUUCUGUGAUAUAUGUAUGAUGUAUCUGGGGGUGGUCUUGGACUCCAGGGUGGGCACACCUUUGUUCUGGGUCCUCCUCCUUCUCCUGCGUGUGAAGGGGACACCCUUUUGCAACAGUUCAAUAAAGAUCAGGCUUACUAGCUGCUUUGCUUCUCAAUAUUCUCUGGUUGGCCUCUGUUCUUUUCUCUGACCGAUGGAGAACCUACAAAGGACUUUAUAAGGGCUCUUGUGUCCCCCAUAAGGGAAUAAGGGCAGAUUUACGUUCAUUACAGUACACAGGCCAUAUUACUUUGGUUUGUUCUCUGCCUGCUUUUCUGUUGACGCAGAUCUGCAAAAGUAACAAGCCACAGGGUGCUAGCUUGGCAGGCGCAAAGUUUUACCCCACUGCAAAUAGCUGGCUGAUCCCAGGCUAAUUCUGUGCGGCUGGAGAGAGAGUUUCUGUUGGUUUUUCUAAUAAUAGGAAGCUUUAAGCGGGCUUAAGAGGGACAGACUCACCUUAUCCAAUAUCCCUAAUGCUACCCUGUUGGGUCAAAGGGGAAACUUCUGUUUCAGCAUUUGAGGCCUCACGAAGGGAAAUCUUAGGAGUCGAAAAGGCUAGGGAAACAAAUAUUCAGUACAUCGAUACUCUUUGUACAUUGGGAGAGCAAUUUGCAGCAGUUGCUCGCUAUGACAAAUGAGCUUUCUUUGCAUGUUCCAACGGCUGCAAUAAUUCAUUAAAAAUGGUUUGGCAAAUUGAGCUUAAGAGACAUUAUCUUGCAUCGGUUGUUCCCAGACUCUGGACUGCGACGUGAUAGUGUGCUUGGGAAUGAAAUGGAAAAAAUUAAGGUCUUAUAUAUAUAAUAAACGUUCAUAAAUGUACCAAACAAGCACAUACAUAGAUAUGUGGACCACAUGUCUGGAGCAGCACAGGAAGACCGACCUGAAACCAUUUUGACUCCCAAACUGACCAAAUGUUUUCUCUGCAAGGAGGGAGGGGGUGAGGGAACCUUCCCAUUGUCUCAGGAAUUGGGAAAUCACCAUCUCAAAGGAAUGGCCAGACUACCAGGAAAGGCAAUCAGAUAAGGCAUUAUCAGAUAACCUGGCAGACAGGAAAAACAAGAACAUUCGAAUUUCUGCUGUAGACUGCCUUUUCUGUGAUGUAUGUAUAAUGUAUGGAGGAGUGGUCUUGAGCUCCAGGGCAGGGAAUUUAAAAUGUAUAUAUAAGGGCAGACACACCUUUGUUCUGGGUCCUCCUCCUUUCCUGCGUUUGAGGGGAGGACCCUGUUGCAACAGUUCAAUAAAGAUCAGGCUUACUGGCUGCUUUGCUUCUCAAUAUUCUCUGGUUGGCCUCUGUUAUUUUCUCUGACUGAUGGAGAACCUACAAAGGACUCUAUAAGGGCUCUUGUGUAUAUUCCCAUAAGGGAAUAAGGGCAGAUUUUGUUUAUUACAGGAAUAACUGCUAAUAUGCUCCGAAAAAUAACAAUGAAGCACCCAUCUGCAGAGGAGGGUGUUCCGUUGCGACCCUGUGGGAAAGCGCGCCUUUGUUUUGGAACGCUUUGGUUUUGGAACGGGCUUCUGGAACAGUUUAAGUUUGAGAACCAAGGUACCACUGUAUCAUUUUUCUCUUACUCACCCUGAGAGUUCAGAAUCUCCUGACCUGAAAGCUCUGCCAUCUGCUUCUGGGCUUGUGGUGGCGAGUUGUGGUUACCUCAUGGUGAUGGAGAAUGUACUCUGUGCAUGCUCAGGAGAAGAGGGAGAGCCUCUUAUGCAUUACAGUGGUGCCCCGCAAGACGAAUGCCUCGCAAGACGGAAAACCCGCUAGACGAAAGGGUUUUCCAUUUUUCAAUGCGCUUCGCAGGACGAAUUUCCCUAUGGGCUUGCUUCGCAAGACGAAAAUGUCUUGCGAGUCUUGAGAUUUUUUUUCGCUCCCCCCCCUUUUUCUAAGCCGCUAAGCCGCUAAUAGCCUUUUAGCUGCUAAUCCGCUAAUCCGCUAAGCCUUUAAUAGCCACUAAACCGCUAAUAGCGCUAAUCCGCUAAGCCGCUAAUAGGGUUGCUUCGCAAGAUGAAAAAACCGCUAGACGAAGAGACUCGCGGAACGGAUUAAUUUCGUCUUGCGAGGCACCACUGUAUUGGUCUUUGCUUGAGCUCUGGCUCGUGUUUUAAACUCUCUGUAUAUUUCAUGCUGUUGUAGAAGGUCAGUUCUCCAGAGCUGUCACUUUCGAAACUUUCUCUGCUAUCAAGUUGUUUGUUUAGAUUAGCCAAGGAAGGACUCUAGUGUUCUACCUGCCAAAUAGAAUCUGAUGAAGGGUAUUCUUUGGCUUCUUUUCAGGCACUGUCAAAUGACAUUGUUUUUACUGCCUGUAAGCUGCAUUUUCUUUUCAAUUAUCCAAGGUGGACUGUGAGCUCUCUUGGUGACUAAGACACUGUCAUUUGGCCAUUGAUGCCUGAUCCUUGGGCUUGCAAGAUUCUCACCUCCCUCGUGUGCUCAGAUAUCCUUCCUGGCUUCCCGAUUCAAACAAACCAUGGUUUCCUGGUACAUCCAAAGUCCACACUGCAGUUUGUGCAAACCAUAGUUUGCCCCGUUUGGCUACCAAAGUAAACGGCAGUUUGCUCUAGUUCCCUACUAAUGUUGUAUCUUUUACUGUUGUUAGCCGCUCUGAGCCCGGCUUUGGCUGGGGAGGGCGGGAUAUAAAUAUAAUUUUAUUAUUAUUACUACUACUAGGGCUGUGCAAUAAAUCACACCGGUAUUGAAAUAACAUCAAGUGUUUCAAGGAGGCGUUAUACUGGUGGGGACUGGACAGUUUCCCAGGGGGUAGCUCAGCUGAACCGAAAUUUUGCAGAAAAGUUGCAGGCACGUUGCACAAAGCAGCAAACUUUUCAGGUUUAUUUCCACUUAGAGCUCAGCGAAUUAUUCGGAGCCUGCUAAAAAUCAAAGAGGCAAAGUAAACAAAGAAAGCAAUUCUUUCUUCCCUCGCCUGUGAAAAAUAGAGGGGGAAGAGUUUUUAUUUUCAUUUUCUGGUGGUGUUUAUGCUGUUGGUUCCCCCUAAAUAGCUUUCCUCCAUAUUAAAACGGAGGGGUGUGUGUUUUUUUAAAUGUAAAGGAGACUUAUCUUUUUGCUUGCAUGGCCUCCCUGCCUCCCUUUGAUAAAGAGGGAGAAAUUGGUGGGAUGAGGGCUUUGGGGGGGGGGCUUUUGGGGGGGACGGGAAUGGAGGGGAGAAGAUUUAGCUGGCUGCCUUAUGCGGAAAUGGGAGGUUGGGUCCGGUGUGAGAAUGGUGAGGAAAAUGUUUUUCAAUAAGCAUUGAAAGCAAAUGAGUGUCUACUCACAAGCAAGCCCUACUGAAUUCAAUUGGGCUUACUCCCAGGAAAGUAGAAGUAAGUUUCGUUGAAUUCAGUGGGGCUUAUGCAUGCACAGAUUCCACUUAGACCUCUGAGCGGAGAAGCAUAUGCAACUUGACUAGUAAAUCACUUAAAAUACUCAUAAAUUAGUUGAAAAUACCUUAAAUAUAAAAGGUAAAGGAUCCCUGACAGUUAAGUCCAGUCACAGAUGACUCUGGGGUUGGGGCGCUCAUCUCUCUUUCAGGCCGAGGGAGCCGACGUUUGUCCACAGACCGUUUUUCUAGGUCAUGUGGCCAGCAUGACUAAGCCGCUUCUGGCGAAACCAGAGCAGCGCACGGAAACGCCAUUUACCUUCCUGCCAGAGCGGUACCUAUUUAUCUACAGUGGUACCUACAGUGGUUACAAACACUUCGGGUUACAGACUCCACUAACCUGGAAGUAGUACCUCAGGUUAAGAACUUUACCUCAGGAUGAGAAUAGAAAUCGUGCAGCGGCGGUGCGGCAGCAGCAGCGGGAGGCCCCAUUAGCUAAAGUGGUACCUCAGGUUAAGAACGGUUUCAGGUUAAGAACGGACCUCCGGAAUGAAUUAAGUUCGUAACCAGAGGUACCACUGUGCUUGCACUUUUGACAUGCUUUCAAACUGCUAGGUUGGCAGGAGCUGGGACUGAGCAAUGGGAGGUCACCCCGUCGCGGGGAUUCGAACUGCCAACCUUCCGAUCGGCAAGCUUAAGAGGCUCAGUGGUUUAGACCACAGCGCCACCCGCACCCCUAAUCUUAAAUAUAGGGACGUUUAUUUAAUAUUUUUAUUAAAGCUACAACUUUCUUCCAUUUUAAGGCCCUCCACCGCCGCAGGGAGCCUUGCCAAGGCCCUCGGCUGCUGUGGGGAAGCGCGGCACACCCUCUGCCAUUGCAAGGAGGUACAGCAGGACCACCUGCCGCUGCGGGGAAGUGUGGCAAGGCCCUUUGCUACUGCAGGGAAGCACGGCACACCCCCCACCGCCAUGUGGAGGUAGGCGGGACCCUCUGCCUCUGUGGGGAGGCCCAGCAAGGCUAUCUGCUGCUGCAGAUAUAUAUCACGAUAUAUCGCGAUAUUUAUCUGGUGAUAUAUUGUGAUGUUGAAAACCAGAUAUUGCUCAGCCCUAUUUCCCACCUAGCUUUCUGCUUCGUCAGCUGUAGCUACUUUGCUUUUGUAUCCAAAGGAGGGGUAAACUAUGGUUUGUGAAAACCACGGUGCGCAGUGGCAUAUUGUGGGUUGCCUGAGUUGGGGCAAGUGUCGCAUCCCCUGGUGGAUUGGGCAGCUGGGCUGGAGGGGUGUGGAGCCUGCCAGGAACAUGACUCUGGCGUUGCCGCUGCUGCUGUCGGAUGACACGCACCUUCUCGGCUUGGAUCCUCUGCCGCCUCCUGGCUCGGUGAGCCUAGGGGGCAGGGGGCAAGGGUGUCCCUUCACCGGCCACAAUGAGAAGCAGUCUUCCCGCCAGCCCCAAAGAUCUGGCCCGGAUGCAGCUGGCCUCCCUGCGACUCCAGAAGGCUGCAGGACCUCAGCUAUGCCAGGGAACCUGUUAUGGGGGCACCUGGUGGCGCCCCCUCAGAAUUUUGUGCCUGGGACCGCUGCCCCUCCUGCCAUCCCAGGCUGUACCACUGACAUUGUGGGCUUUGAAUGCCACAGGAAAUACAGUCAUACCUCGAGUUGAAUGUGCUUCAGGUUGAGCGCUUUCGGGUUGCGUUCCGCGGCAACCUGGAAGUAAUGGAGCGUGUUACUUCCGGGUUUCGGCGCAUGCGCAGACGUUCAAAAUGACACCACGCGCAUGCACGGAAGCGACAAAAUGCGACCCACGCACGCACAGAUGCGCUGUCGCAUCUUACGUUCCAUUCAGAUGUGAACAGGGCUCCAGAACGGAUCCCAUUUGCAUCCCAAGGUACCACUGUAUAAAUAAGUAUAAAUAGCCAAAUCGUGAACCAGUAAGUUUGGGAGGGAACAAGCUUAUGAAGGAAGUGGAAUAAUAAUAAUAAUAAUUUAUUAUUUAUACCCCACCCAUCUGGCUGGGUUUCCCCAACCACUCUGGGCGGCUUCCAACAAAGUAUUAAAAUACAGUAGUCUGUUAAACAUUAAAAGCUUCCCUAAGCAGGGCUGCCUUCAGAUGUCUUUUAAAAGUCAGGUAGUUGUUUAUUUCCUUGACAUCUGGUGGGAGGGCGUUCCACAGGGCAGGCGCCACCACCGAGAAGGCCCUCUGCCUGGUUCCCUUUAACUUGGCUUCUCUCAGCGAGGGAACCGCCAGAAGGCCCUUGGAGCUGGACCUCAGUGUCUGGGCUGAACGAUGGGGGUGGAGACGCUCCUUCAGGUAUACUGGACCGAGGCUGUUUAGGGCUUGAAAGGUCAGCACCAACACUUUGAAUUGUGCUCGGAAACGUACUGGGAGCCAAUGUAGGUCCUUCAAGACCGGUGGUCUCGGUAGCUGCCCCCAGUCACACGGAUCUGAGCCUAUGGCAUGUUUCUCAUUCUGCAGGCAGUGGAAGAUGGGCAAACUCCCUUUUUGAAGAACUCAGUCAUUCUCUCUUCCACCCCCAGCACAUGUACUCCCUUGCCUUGAGUCACUUGCUUAGUGCAGAUUUAACAUCCUAGAUAUGCCCUGAGCAUCGCAAGCUGUCUCUGAGGCUGAUGUGCGAGGCAGCAACUGCUUUUCAGUGAAUCAUCCCUGCUCUUGCAGUAAUUGUUUGGGAACAAAUGUUCCCGGAGUAUAGACUAUUGUUCCGGCCUUCAAGUGUUUUAUCCUUAUCUGGACAUUUCUGUAUUGUUGUUGUGAGAAGAAAGCAGAUUGGGAAGCAACUAAAACUAAUACUUAACUGCGCUGCUGUUAUAUCUCUUGCAUGGAGGAGAGGCCGGCUCGAAAGUCCUUUUAUAUAUAAAAAUUUUUAUUAGUUCUUUUUUAACAUACCAUUUUCAACGGUAAUUAAACAUAUUUUUACAUCUUAUUCAUUUUUUUUGACUUCCAUCAGUCCUGUCUGAAAAUUUUCCAAUCUAAUCUCUUAGUAUACAUUUCUUAUUUUCCCUGUUACAUUUAAAACUCAUAACCAGUAUCUCUAUUCUUUAUCUACUUUGUAGCACUUCGUAUAUUUCUCCUUACAAAACUACUUGUAGUCCUGCUAGUGUAAUUUGUUGGUUACAGUUGCUCUUCAAAUAGUUCAUAUACUUCUUCCAAUCUUCUGUAAAUCUCUGGUCCCGCAGGUUUCGAAUCCUUCCUUGUUGGAAUGAAUCCACGACAGACGAGUGGCAGGUGUCAUAUGAGAGGCGUCUGCCGGGGCAAGCCCCGGGAACUCUCUUUUAUUGAAUAUUACAAACAUUGCCACAGGUGUGCUUGUGGCUGAUUGGUUGAUACAAACACAAAGCAACUUGUUGCUGAUUGGUUAACAUAGGUACAAGGCGGGAAUUACAUAUAAACAUUAAUCACCGAUAGAUUAAAGGCUGGGAAACGGAGCUGGAACUAGACAGGCAUGAAACCUCCUAAUUAAAUUAUAACUAAAGAUUGAUAUAACAUGACUAAAACAAUUACUAAUGAUUGAUCAUAACAUGAAAGAAUAUAAUAAUCGAGUUCCGUAGAUGUGGAUUUUGUCCAAUUCUGCAUAGUCCAUUAUUUUCAUCUGUCAUUAUUCUUUCAUCAGAAUUUUUUCUUGCUUCCAUUUCUGGGCUAACAAUAAUCUUGCUGCGGCUCAAAAGUCCUUUUAGCUUGCUAUGUGCUGAGCUUCUCUUUGGAUUCCAGCUUUCAGGCCAUCGCCUUCUACCCUCUCUCCUUUGCUGCCCCGAAACGCUGUCUUAAAAACCCCUCAAAGCAUAAGAAGAGCUCAGCUGCUGGGAUCAGGCCCAUAGAGACCAGCAUCCUGUUCCCAAGGUGGCCAAAAGGGAAGGAUGCAAGCAAGAUCUGAGCACAUCCACCUGGGACCACCUCAAUGACAGUGGUUGGUUCUGUCGCCCCCUUGCAUUUUAAUUGUAUUAUGCAGUGUGGCUUGUCUAAUUUUAUUUAUUUUGUGGGUGGAAGGUUUUUGUAAGAAGCUAGGUGGGCACAGAGGCAGUGUUAGGAACUCAGAUAUACAGUGGUACCUGGGGUUACAUACGCUUCAGGUUACAUACAAUUCAGGUUACAGACUCCACUAACCCAGAAAUAUUACCUCGGGUUAAGAACUUUGCUUCAGGAUGAGAACAGAAAUCGUGCUCCAGUGGCGCGGCAGCAGCUGGAGGCCCCAUUAGCUAAAGUGGUGCUUCAGGUUAAGAACAGUUUCAGGUUAAGAACGGCCCUCCGGAAUGAAUUAAGUACUUAACCCGAGGUACCACUGUGUAAGCUAAUACCCAAUACGUUUACAAGAACAAUUCAAAGUGUUGGUGCUGAGCUUGAAAGCCCUAAAUGGCCUCGGCUCAGUAGACCUGAAGGAGCAUCUUCAUCUCCGUCGUUUUGAGGGCAAGGGUAUGCAAAGAGUUUUAUUGUUCUUUCAUGAUGGGUACUUAAGAGGCUGACGCCGGUGGCGCUGUGGUCUAAACCACAGAGCCUAGGGCUUGCCGAUCAGAAGGUUGGCGGUUCGAAUCCCCACAACGGGGUGAGCUCCCAUUGCUCUGUCCCUGCUCCUGCCAGCCUAGCAGUUUGAAAGCACGUCAAAGUGCAAGUAGAUAAAUAGGUACCACUCCGGCGGGAAGGUAAACAGCGUUUCCGUGCGCUGCUCUGGUUUGCCAGAAGCGGCUUAGUGCUGCUGGCCACAUUACGUGGAAGCUGUAUGCCGGCUCCCUCGGCCAAUAAAGCGAGAUGAGCGCCGCAACCCCAGAGUCGGUCACGACUGGACCUAACGGUCAGGGGUCCCUUUACCUUUACCUUUUUACCCUGGUUCCGUAAAGUAUGUGUGCUAUGAGGCAGCUCUAUUGUUACGGAAAUGACAUGGGGGAGGGAUCUUAAAAGUUGUUACAAUGUUACAAAUAUUGUGCCUGAAUGUAUCCUUUCGACUUGAUAGCUAAAGGGAAGAUACCAAGCUUUAAAAAAUUGGAGAAAAUCCAUACUUUAACCGACCAUUAAAGAAAGGUGAAUUUUGGUUCCACCUCCCUCCAUGAACCAAGAAGUCGGAAGUCACAUAGCCAGCAGGAACAGGGCAUCCUGCCAUAGUUCCCCAAGUGUGAGUGCACAGACACGGCCCCCCACCCAGGGAGCGACCGGGGGGGAACAAUCGACAUCCACAGAGGCAGUUGAGCAAGUCAGGUGUUAUGAAAGCCCAUCUCCAGGCAAGAUUUGAGGGCAAGGAUAUGUCAAGAGUUUUAUUGUUCUUUCGUGAUGGGGACUUAAGACGUUGGGACGCGGGUGGCGCUGUGGGUUAAACCACAGAGCCUAGGACUUGCCGAUCAGAAGGUUGGCGGUUCGAAUCCCCGAGACGGGGUGAGCUCCCAUUGCUCUGUCCCACCUCCUGCCAACCUAGCAGUUCGAAAGCACGUCAAAGUGCAAGUAGAUAAAUAGGUACCGCUCCGGCGGGAAGGUAAACGGCGUUUCCGUGCACUGCUCUGGUUCGCCAGAAGUGGCUUCGUCAUGCUGGCCACAUGACCCGGAAGCUGUACGCUGGCUCCCUUGGCCAGUAAAGCAAGAUGAGCGCCGCAACCCCAGAGACUGGACUUAACAGGGGUCAGAGGUCCCUUUACCUUUACUUAAGAGCUGUUGGGAAAGGUGUCUGAUCAAGUGGCCUAAUGUUGAGCUUGUGUAACCCUUGUAUUCCCCUCCCCAUUUGUGACAUGCUAGUGAUGCAGUGAUGCUGUAUCAAUGAUGCUGCUUGAAGUGUAUUCUGGGGGGACGAGGGAAGUUUUUAAAAAAGUUCUUACUUCUGUGGGGAUCUGUUGUGCAACAAUAAAGAUCAUGAUCUACUGACCACUGUUUUAGUUUGUACCCCACCCAUCUGACUUGAGUUUUCCUAGCCACUCUGGGCUGCUUCACGCUUAUAUAAAAACAUACCGUAUUUUUCGCACCAUAGGACGCACCGGACAAUAGGACGCACUUUGUUUUAGAGGGGGGAGAACAAGAAAAAAAAAUCUCCCCCUCUCUGCCCAGGGCCCCUUCAGCGAAGCGGCAGGAGGCGCUGCGCAGAGAGGGGGAGAACUUUCCCCCUCUUGUUUUCCCGCUCUAAAACAAGGUGCCAUUUAAGGUGCGUUCAGGCGGCUACCUUGGAAGCCUGGAGAGCGAGAGGGGUCAGUGCACACCGACCCCUCUCGCUCUCCAGGCGUCAGGUUCCUUUCGACCUGCUCUUUGGGGCUGGCGGGGAAGCCCACCACCAGCCCCAAAGAGCAGGUCAGGAGCAGCGGAAAGGCGCAGCGGAGAGGCUCCUGCCAUAGCCGCGCGUCACCUCUCCAGCCGGGCGAGGGUCGCGGGGCUAUGGCGUCUUCGCUCCAUAGGACGCACACACAUUUCCCCUUCAUUUUUGAAGGGGAAAAAGUGUGUCCUAUAGAGUGAAAAAUACGGUAAUAAAAGUUCCUUGAAAUAACUCUUGUUCUUUGCCACCCUCCAAAAGGAACCAAGCCAUUUCCCCACCACUUCCAGGUUGCUUAAACCAGGCGGUUGGUUCAUAGGUCUUCCCCACAAGCUCCUUUAAUGAGAAAUUCCUUUCAUAAUUACUUUCUCAACUCUUCUCUGGUUUUGUUUUUUUUCCUUUCUCCCCUUGCUAAGCUGUCAGGCCAAAAGCUAAUGCGUGGGCAAAUUAUUAUACGCGUGUGCGGCUAAAGAUCCUUUAAUUAACAAACGCGCACUUAACCUCAGCUUAAGUCUUAGACUGAAUGAAAGGUCAAAAAAGCAUCUUUCGUAGAGGCAGUGAAGAAGUGCAAAGUCGGGGGAAAUGUCUCCCCUCCUGCACACAGGGAGGGUGAAUUAUGGCCCCCACCAAAUCAGGAUUUGCACACCAAAGUAAUAACUCUUUCAUGCUUUUCCCAAAUCAGGUUUUAAUAUCAGCACUUCCUUUUGGAAUUGCAGUACAGUGGUACCUUGGUUCUCAAAUGCUUUGGUACUCAAACAACUUGGAACCCAAACACUGCAAAUCCGGAAGUAAGUAUUGCACUCUGCGAACUUUUUUUGGAAGCCAAACGUGCUCCGUUUUGAGAGCCACACUUCUGUUUUGAGUGUUACGCUGAGGUCUGUCUGUUUUUGCUAUUUGUUUUGCGUUUUUGUUUUUGCGGCUCUUUUUCAUUUUGUUUUUGUGACUGUGUGGAACCCAGUUCAGCUCCUGAUUAGUUGAUUGUGUGACCGCAGUGCAUUGUUUAUUGAUUUCAUUUUAUGGAUCAGUGGCUCCGUUAGAUAGUAAAAUUCAUGUUAAAUUGCUGUUUUAGGGGUUGUUUUUAAAAGUCUGGAACACUUUAAUCCGUUUUGCACUACUAUCUAUGGGAAGGCACGCCUUGGUUUUGGAAUGCUUUGGUUUUGGAACGGACUUCCGGAACGGAUUAAGUUUGAGAACCACGGUACCAUUGUAGUCUCAUUGGCAGAGAGGACACUGUGGGUCUAAUCCCCCCUCGGCCCAUUUGACCCACGUUUGGAAAUAAGAAACUUACUAGGUAAAGGUAAAGGGACCCCUGACCAUUAGGUCCAGUCACGGACGACUCUGGGGUUGCGGCGCUCAUCUCGCUUUACUGGCCAAAGGAGCCGGCGUACAGCUUCUGGGUCAUGUGACCAGCCUGACCAAGCCACUUCUGGCGAACCAGAGCAGCGCACGGAAACACCUUUUACCUUCCCGCUGGAGCGGUACCUAUUUAUCUACUUGCACUUUGACGUGCUUUCAAACUGCUAGGUUGGUAGGAGCAGGGACCGAGCAACGGGAGCUCACCCUGUCGUGGGGAUUCGAACCGCCAACCUUCCGAUCGGCAAGCCCCAGGCUCUGUGGUUUAACUCACAGCGCCACCAGCGUCCCUAAGAAACUCACUAGCCUGCAAUUUAUUUAGGGCUUAGGGUUUAUUUAUUUAGGGUUUAGGUUUUAUUUAUUUAGGGGUUAGUAUGUGAAGAGGCAUAUCACCUGUAUCUCCAUUUUGUCUGCAGAAGAGACGCUCUCCCUUUGCUGGCGAUCCAUCUCUCCUUGGAUUGCAGAUGGUCCCAGGUACGCUCUCUGGCACCUCCCAGGUAUGGUUGGAUGUCCCCUAUCUCAGACCUUGCAGCCAGGUGACCUGACUUAGGAAAAGGUGGCUUCUAGAGAGCGGCGAAGUUUUCCCUGCUUGAGUCCUUUGUAUCAAGUAAACAUAGGACUCUCUUUCCUUUGAGGCAUUUAAGUAGAGCCUGGAAGGCCAUCUUUCAGUGAUGGUUUAGUUGAGAUUCCUGCAUUUCAGCGGGCUGGACUGGAUGACCUUUGGGCGCCCUUCCAACUCUUCAGUUCCACAAAAACUUUGAAACUGCUUAAUAUUGGGUGGUAUCUCUGGCACCGAGAUGGGCAGAGGUGGCCUUUGUGGUCAUUCCUCUAGCUUCAGAGGUUCGAUGACCUGCAACAUGGGAGCAGGGCCUUUCCUGCAGUGGCUCCAUGUUUGUGGAAUGUUCUCCUUAGGGAGGUUCAUCUGAUGACUUCAUUAUACUGUGGUACCUCAGUUACAGACGCUUCAGGUUACAGACUCCGCUAACCCAGAAAUAGUACUGUAUAUCUUUAAUUAUAAUUAUAAUUAUUUAUUAUCUUAAUUGCAAAACAUACAACACAAACAGACAAAAACAAUACCACAAGAAGGGAGCAAACAAGAAUACAGUGGUACCUCGGGUUACAUACGCUUCAGGUUACAUUCGCUUCAGGUUACAGACUCCGCUAACCCAGAAAUAGUACCUUGGGUUAAGAACUUUGCUUCAGGAUGAGAACAGCAAUUGCGCGGCAGCAGCAGGAGGCCCCAUUAGCUAAAGUGGUGCUUUAGGUUAAGAACAGUUUCAGGUUAAGAACGGACCUCCAGGAUGAAUUAAGUACUUAACCCAAGGUACCACUGUAUAUAUAUUUUUAAGGAACAGUUCUUUGCUUCAGGAUGAGAACAGCAAUUGCGCGGCAGCAGCAGGAGGCCCCAUUAGCUAAAGUGGUGCUUCAGGUUAAGAACAGUUUCAGGUUAAGUACGGACCUCCGGAAGGAAUUAAGUACUUAACCCGAGGUACCACUGUAUAUAUAUUUUUAAGGAGCAGUUCUGUCGGUUUCCGGGGGGUGCUGUAGUCUGAACAUGCAAGCUAAGUAUCUGUCAGUCAAUCCUUAUUACCCUCAAAGGCUUUGCAGCCGUCAGAAGAUAAUAAAAUUGCAUCACAACCCACUAUCCAAUAUUGCCAACCUUAUUCUUAACCAAAUCUGAUCCCUGCAGCUGAGAUGUGUGGAAAGGGACGUCAUUUGCUUCCCCUUUCGCACUCUUGCAAGCAUCCCGGGCGACUGAGCAUUUAGAAUUAUCUAGCUAAGCAUGAAGGUGCUAAAUGAAGAGGCCUAAAUUGCAAUGCUUUGCUCAAGCAGCUGAAAGUCCGUGGCGCGAGCUGUGUGCGGAAACGUCUGUAAUUUGUGUACAGUCCUAAGCAAAGGCACAUCAUGUUGCUAUCCGGGAAUAGCUUUCAGGGGUUCUUUGGCUGCAGAAACAGCUAAUGCAGUUCUAGGCUGCAUCAACAGAAGUCUAGUGUCCAGCUCAAGGGAAGUCAUAAAGGUAAAGGGACCCCUGACCAUUAGGUCCAGUCGUGGCCGACUCUGGGGUUGCGGCGCUCAUCUCGCUUUAUUGGCUGAGAGGUCCAGUGCUGAGGGCCUUCUGGCGGUUCCCUCCCUGCGAGAAGUGAGGUUACAGGGAAGCAGGCAGAGGGCCUUCUCGGUGGUGGCACCUGCCCUGUGGAACACACUCCCAUCAGAUAUCAAGGAGAUAAAGAACUACACAACUUUUAGAAGACAUCUGAAGGCAGCCCUGUUUAGGGAAGUUUUUAAUGUUUGAUUCUAUUUUUAAUAUUCUGUUGGGAGCCGCCCAGAGUGGCUGGGGAAACUCGGCCAGAUGGGGGCAGGGUUCAAAUCAUCAUCAUCAUCUUCAUCUUCAAAUAUCUGAAGGGCUGUCACAUGGGAAAUGGAGCAAGCUUGUUUUCUCCUGCUCUGGAGGGUAGGACUCGAACCCAUGACUUACAAGAAAGGAGAUUCUGACUCAACAUCAGGAAGAACUUUCUGACAGUAAGAGCUGCUCCACAGUGGAACGGACUCACUCAGAAGUUUGUGGGCUCUCCUUCCUUGGAGGUUUUUAAGCAGAGGUUGAACGGCCAUUUGCCAUAGAUGCUCUAGUUAAGAUUCCUGCAUUGUACCAGGGUCAUCUAGUCCAACCCCCUUCAAUACAGGAAUCUUUUGCCCAGUGUGGGGAUCGAACCCAUGACCAGGGUCCGAUUUAGGUUUGAUGAGGCCCUAAGCUACUGAAGGGAAUGGGGCCCUUUAUAUGUCCAGCUGUCCCUUGCCCACAACAAAAUGUCGCUGUUUUUUUGUGUUGAAUAUAUGCUAGAUGGCAAUUUAUGGACCUAAUAGGUAUCUCAAGCCAUUUGCACAUAACAAAAUAUGUAUUUUAUCAAUGCAAUUGUUAAACUGAAAUACAAUUAAGAAGAAGUAUAUUAAUAGUGAAAUAAUUAUUAAGCUCUAACUUAAAAUGAUGCAAACCAGUGAUAUUUUAGGGAGCAGGCUAGCAGGUGGGGCCCAUUACUUACAUCAGGGGUCAGCAAACUUUUUCAGCAGGGGGCCGGUCCACUGUCCCUCAGACCUUGUGGGGGCUGGACUAUAUUUUGAAAAAUAAUAAUGAGCGAAUUCCUAUGCCCCACAAUAAAUAUCCCAGAGAUGCAUUUUAAAUAAAAGGACACAUUCUACUCAUGUAAAAACAUGCUCUUUCCCGGACCAUCCACGGGCCGGAUUUAGAAGACAGUUGGACCGGGUCCGGCCCCUGGGUCUUAGUUUGCCUACCCAUGACUUACAUCCUAGCAGCCUACACAACACAAAACACUUGCUGUAUGUAGGUUUUAUUUUAUUUGUUUUUUAUCUUAUAUUUUGGAAAUGUACACCCAGGUGUUUUUUUUCCUUUACAUUUUUGGGGCCCCCCCAAGAGAGUGGAGCCCUAAGCUAUAGCUUGUUUAGCUUAUACAGUGGUACCUCGGGUUAAGUACUUAAUUCGUUCCGGAGGUCCGUACUUAACCUGAAACUGUUCUUAACCUGAAGCACCACUUUAGCUAAUGGGGCCUCCUGCUGCUGUCGCUCCACCGGAGCUUGAUUUCUGUUCUCAUCCUGAAGCAAAGUUCUUAACCCGAGGUAAUAUUUCUGGGUUAGCGGAGUCUGUAACCUGAAGCGUAUGUAACCUGAAGCGUAUGUAACCUGAGGUACCACUGUACGUAAAUCCGGCGCUGCCCGUGACCCUGAGAUUAAGAGUCUCAUAUUCUACUGACUGAGCUAUUUAGCUUCUAGGGGUCUUGCAGUAAUGUCCAAAUGCAAAAUGAAUACAAAAUUAUAAAACGGAGGAAGAUUAAAUGACAAAGAGCCCAGUUAAGUACUGAUUAAAUACCAUCAAGACUAGUGCUUCAGGCAUGUUAAUAAACUGACCGCAAUGAUUUUGCUUGUGCGUGUGUGUUGAAAGGUGUCUUAAUUUGCAAAGAUGUUUAACGCCAUAAUGGAUGUUUCUGCACUUUAUUGUGAAAUGGCUGCAAGCCAGAUUCAGAUUUUACUGAUGGUUAGGCAGUUAGACACAGGAGCACAAUUUUUUAAUUAAAAAAAACCCUUCCCAAAAGGCACUGAUUUCUUGGGGGUUGAGAGUCGGUAGCAGAAAGCAGCGAUCCUUCCUGAUAUAUGUUGGGGACAGCUGGGCUGAAUAUUGUUGUAUUGGUUUGCGCAAUUUAGACCUGCUACUUGCUGCGAGCUGGCAAAAUGUGUUUUGUGGCUUUGGCGCAGAAGCAGGAAAAUGAGAAAAAUAUAUCAGAUGGAAGGAGAUAGCAAGCGCUGGACUGCAUUAAGAGUUCAGGGUAAUAAAAAACGAAUUCUCUGCCCCCCGCCCCCCGGCUUGAAAGCACUUUGACUAAAUAGAUAUUGGAGUCAUCCACUAAGAGAGUUGAUGAUUCCCUCGUGGUUUCUCUUUGUGAAAGGCUGAUGAAGGGGCUACUGAUGAAAUGGAUUGCAAAUAGCUUCUUCCAUCGCCUUCAAAACCCCCUAAUAUGACCUGCCAGGCAGAUGUUCUCGGAGUGAAUUGUGAUCGAUUCUCAUCAUCCUCAAGGGCUUCCUUGAACCCAUAAGCUUACAAAAUAAAAUAAAAUAAAAUAAAUCCAGUUGGGCCUGAUCCGGCCCACGGACCUUAGUUUGCCGACCCAUGGUUUAGGGGGUACCUCCCCAAAUCCAUAUCAUCAUAUUCAUUGCUCUGGCAUGUGGUCUUUGUUUUUUGUUUUUUUCUCAAAAAUUUUAUUAGUUUUCACAAUAUUAUAAACAAACAAACACACAAAAAUCAUAGCCUUAUUGAAAAUUACAGUUAUUAACUUUGUUAAGUGACUUCCUCGCUUCCUCUUGGUUGAAUUUCAUUGCAUGUCCUUUUAACGGUUUUCCAAAUCCCAAAUUUUAUGAAAUUUAACUUAAACAUUAACAUCCUUAGAUCUUCACCUUAUGGAAUUAAACAUAUUAAUUCAUCACUUAACAUAAAUAAAAUCCUAAGCCCAUUAAGUAUCUGCAAGCUGUUUUCAGUUAGUUUAACUUAGCAAAUUUAACUAAAUAAUCAUUAAAUUUAUUCCACUCUUCCUGAUACUCCUCCUCCUGGUCGCGGACUCUUCCGGUUACGUCGUCUUGCUCCGAAAAAUCCAUCAUCUUCAUCUGCCAUUCUUCUAUUGUUGGUAAUUCUUGGGCUUUCCACUUUUUAGCUAACAGAAUACGAGCAGCAGUUGUGGCAUACAAAAAUAAUUUAACAUCUUUCUUGGGCAAUUCCAAACCUGUUAUUCCAAGAAGAAAGGCCUCUGGUUUCUUUAUAAAUUUAUAUUUCACAUUUUUUUCAAUUCAUUAUAAAUCUUUUCCCAGAAGUCUUUCACCUUGGCAUGUGGUCUUUGGAAGGGAAGUGUGGUGUUUGUGGUAAUGGUAAUAAUAAUAAUAAUAAUAAUAAUAAUAAUAAUUUAUAUGUCGCCCCUCUGACUGGGUUUCCCUCUCUACUCUUCUUUUAGGACAAACAAAGUGGUGAUGCAAUUGGAUCCCGUCUAGUUUCAAUCAGGUUAUUUGGUUUUUAAAUAAAAAAUAAAAAAUUGUCUGGCCUCCCACAGAUUCCGAGCUGGCCUUCAGCUUAUUCAGGAGGACUUAAUUGACUCCUUGAGAGCUUGCAAACACUUCAGCAGGCGGAAAAAAAUAAAGAAAAGUUUAUUUUUGGUAUUCCCCCCAGUGCGCGAGACGGGAAGUAAUCUUCUAACGAGCCUGGAGAGAUUGCAAAUGUGUUUGGCACACAAUUACCCAGAUCUUUAAUAGGCUUCGCAAUCGCUUAUCGCUUUGUUACUGCGGUUCACCCCACCCUGCUACAAAUGUCACGGAUACCCAUGCGAAACACAUCUGGCUAAUUGGGCCCGAGCUGCGUAUGCCUCUCCUCUCAAAUAUUAAUUGACUGGAGUUGCGUUUUGAAAAAACGGUUAGCUUGAAACAUGUGGCGGGGGCAUAACCUCACCUGGGUAGUCAAGCUGGAUUCUUUAAAUUCUGUUUUAAUGGGCCAUUGGCUUCUCCGCAUGUUUUCAAGUUCUCUACCACUGAGCUGAUUUCUCCGUUCCUGAAUCUUGGGGGAAAGAUUGCGUUGUUUCUGAUGGACAGGGGGCGGGAAGGUGUGUGGGGCUUCCUGGUCCUGAAUGGAGUGACUGUGUCCCUAAAGCAGGGGGAUACUGUAGAUAGUUUUCACUCGGGUCCACAUAUGCAAAUAAGGGAUUGGAAGUAACGUUCAGUGAUUGGAUAGUUACAGAAAGUGGUUCCUGUUGCGUUGAAGUGGAGCUCUAUAUAAGCAGGCUGGCUGAACCCUUCAGUUCAGUUCUGUUCUGGCCUGUGAAUAAACAAGAGCUAUUUGAAGAAUCGCUGUGUCGUCUGAUAUGUUCACCCACAACUUAACAACAACAACAACAACAGCAACAAUAAUAAUUUAUUAUUUAUACCCCGCCCAUCUGGCUGGGUUUCCCCAGCCACUCUAGGCGGCUUCCAACCAAAUAUUAAAAACAAUAGAGUUUUCAAUCUUUUUGAGUCCGCGGCUCCCUUGACCAACUGUGUUCUUUCUCCGGCACCCCUGUGGGGCUCAGGAGCCCAGUUAGGUCACCCCUUGCCUGCAGAGCUGGCAGCCCCUCACCCCUUUUCAAACAAGCGUUCCCUCAGCCUCCUCUCCUCUCCCCUCUCCUUGGGAGUCCUCUGGGUAUCUGCUGCUGCCGCUCCUGUUCUCUGAGCUGCCCCACUCCCCACCCCAAAGAGAGGUGCCCCCUCACAUUGCCCCACAGGGCACUGAGACUUGUCCGUUCAUUCCCAGAAGCAGGGCCUAGCAGAAUGGCUGGCUGGGAUCCCUCGCCCGCUUUUUUGCUUACUCUGAGGCUGCCUCAGCUCCUGGCAACGAGCACCCCCUGGCCAGCGCCAGAGACACCAUUCUCCUAAGGAGCUUGUAGCCAGGGCUGCUGCAACAAACAGCUGUGCAAGCCUUUGGGAGGCAGAGAUGCAAGAGGGCAUCAGUGUGAUGGCCUGGGACUCGGGCUCGGACUCGGAACCAGAGGAGUUUCAGUCUGCACCGGAUCCUUUGCCUCAGGCAUCAUCUGAACCAAGUCUGGGGCCUGAUCCUGAAGAGUCCCAGUCUGCACAGGUUCCCCUGCAACAAACACCAGCUGGGCCGAGUCAGGGGCUGAGCCUGCCCUGGCUCCAGAUGCGGGAAUGCGCUCGUUGCCUCCAGCUGGGCCAUCACUCACAGCUGCUCCACUACCGGUUGGGUCAGGGGAGGCUGAGGCGGCCCCUGGGCCUAGUAACCCACCGACGUCUCCCGAGCUGCAGAGACUGAGGUCUGAGAGAAGGAGAGACCUGAGUACUUGCAGGAGGAGUGCUUGCCUUCGGGCAAAACAGGGAGGUGAGUCGCCGGGGGAUCAGGACCGGCCGGUACCCUGACAAAGAUAAAAGGCUGUCGGACCCCGCCCCAGGUGGCGGGAGCAACAUUGCUGUAUGCUAGAUCUUGCCUGAGAUCCUGUACCUGUCCUUGCCUGGUUUCCUGCCUCGUGUCCUGACUCAGCCCUGUCGGACUGACUCCCAGGGGAACCUUCGGAGUUUGGACUGGAACUGGACCGCUUUUCACGGGUCUCCCCCGGGCCCAGCACAAUCAGGAGGGAGAGAAGGAGAGAGGGAUGGAGGCCAGUGUUGCCCACGGCAACCCUGACCAUCAUUCAAGGCAUCCCAGGGUGCCACGGCACACUGGUUGAAAACCACUGCCCUAAAGGAUCAGGCAUUUUGGAGUCAUCUUGGACUCACAGCUGUCCAUGGAGGCGCCAAUCCUGUCUCCAGGGCGGCUAUCUACCAGCUUCAUCUGGUACACAGGAUGAGACCCUCCCUGCCCACAGGCUGUCUCACUAGAGUGGUGAAUGCUCUGGUUAUCUCCUGCUUGGACUACUGCAAUGCUCUCUGUGUGGGGCUACCUUUGAAGGUGACUCGGAAACUACAACUAAUCCAGAAUGCGGCAGCCAGACUGGUGACUGAGAUCGGCCGCCGAGACCAUAUAACACUGGUCCUGAAAAACCUACAUUGGCUCCCAGUACGUUUCCAAGCACAAUUCAAAGUGUUGGUGCUGACCUUGAAAGCCCUAAAUGGCCUUGGACCAGUAUACUUGAAGGAGCGUCUCCACCCCCAUCGUUCAGCCUGGACACUGGGGUCCAGCUCUGAGGGCCUUCUGGCGGUUCCCUCCCUGGUUACUGGGAACCAGGCAGAGGGCCUUCUCGGUGGUGGCGCCUGCCCUGUGGAAUGCCCUCCCGUCAUAUGUCAAGGAGAUGAGUAACUCUAUAAAAUUUAGAAGACAUCUGAAGUCAGCCCUGUAUAAACCUUUUAAGGUUUAAUGUUUUAUUAUGUUGUUAUAUAUGUUGGACGCUGCCCAGAUUAACAUCAUCAUCAUCAUUCCCCCCCUCCAUCUUCGGCGAUCACUUGUAGCUGAGUAAGAUUGUCUUCCAUGAACAUAGUCUUGAGUCCGUAAGUGACUGUGGAGGCCAAUUCUGGAUCCACACGUCCUUCCACAGUGAGGACAUAGGUUUCUGGGCGAGAGUUGAUCACAGUGUGGAUUUGCCAAGUGUUCCUUCCUCUUCGCACAUUUCUCCCUUGCGUCCUGAGUUUGAGCGUCUUCAAACCCCUGACACUUUUGGUAAAGGCUGUUCUCCAAUUGGAACAUUUGCAGGCCAGUGUUUCCUGGUUGUCGGUGUUUAUACUUCAUUUUUUUUAGAUUUGCCUUGCGAGAGUCUUUAAACCUCUUUUGUUGACCACCAGCAUUACACUUUCCAUUUCUUUUAGUUCAGAAUAGAGUACAGUGGUACCUCGGGUUACAGAUGUUUCACCAGCAUUGCACUUAUUAUUAUUAUUAUUAUUAUUAUUAUUAUUAUUAUUAUUGGCGUUUCCAGCAUUAGGCCUUAGGAGGGUCAGAGCACAUCCUGCUCUGCUGGAAUUCCUUGCUGGAAUUAUUCCUUGCUGGAAUAAGAGACAUUUAAGAGGAACGACCCCAUUAUCUUGAUGACAAUUUUUAUUAUCCUUAUCGUUCAUUACCUGUGGAUGAAUCGUUAACCAAGGUGGAGCCUUGUAUCAAAAGAGUGAGACUUGCAGACUUCCUGCGCAUAAUCUGGAGGUGAACUUUUUUUUGCGGGUUGGCUGAUGGGGAAAUGGGGUGGCAGCAGGUGGCAACUGUUUUCAUCUAUUCAUUUGCACCGUGGAAAAGCUGCUCCGCUUCUCUCUGGCUGUGUUGAUUUAUUUUCACCCAAACGGCGCUUCGCCAGAGAUUGUAAUGGUAGAAACUUGGCUCUCGACCAAGAUGCUCAUCAGCAGAACUUGGUCUGCCUGCUAAGGGCAGUGGAUGUAAAAGAAUUUCCUUUGCUUCCUAAUAGCGAGGUGCAUAUUUGUGGCCGGCUAGUAAAGGAACCACUGAAAAGCCAAAAAAUUGGUUUUUGGGAACUGGCAUUCACAUGUUUGGUGAUAUUAGCACCUUGCCUGUUUAGUGUUAGUUGUGUUACGGAAAUGACAUGGGGAGGGCAUCUUUAACGUUGUUAAAGGUAAAGGUAAAGGGACCCCUGACUCUUAGGUCCAGUCACGGAUGACUCUGGGGUUGCAUUGCUCAUCUCGCUUUAUUAGCCGAGGGAGCCGGCGUACAGCUUCUGGGUCAUGUGGCCAGCGGGACUAAGCCACUUCUGGCGAACCAGAGCAGCGCACGGAAACGCCAUUUACCUUCCUGCUGGAGCGGUACCUAUUUAUCUACUUGCACUUUGACGUGCUUUCAAACUGCUAGGUUGGCAGGAGCAGGGACCGAGCAAUGGGAGCUCACCCCGUCACGGGGAUUCAAACCGCCGACCUUCUGAUUGGCAAGCCCUAGGCUCUGUGGUUUAACCCACAGUGCCACCCGCGUAUUAUGCCCGAAUGUAUCCUUUCAACUUGAUAGCUCAGGGAAGAUACAUACCUAGCUUUAUAAAUUCUCCUUGAGAACAAAACAAUUCGCAAUUAUUCUGAGCAAGCGUUCGUAUUGGCAUUCAGCAAACCGAUUCCAUGAUCUUUCCCGCGAGAUGAUUCUGCAUGUCGUCGGAAAGCAAUCGCUGAUGGGUGGCACAGCGGGAUCUUUCCUCUCCCCCACCUCCCGUUUCUCUUUUCUUUUUUUUUUUUUACUGGUGCACCUUGCGAAAAUGUGAAUAAUUGAUUCCCCCUUGUCCUGCUUCCUGUUUUAUUUCUGUACGCGUAACACUAGCCGGCAGAGGCUUGAAUCAUUCAUAGGCUGCGUCUCCCCUGUGGCAGAGACGCGGGGGCCAGAGGGGAAUCGGUCCCUCGCAGGCCAGAGCCUGGGGGCUGGGUUUGUCAAAGAGAGGACGGGGAAUCCACUGGGACAGGCACUUGAGGGAAGAUAAAACAACAAAACCCCGCAGUUCCCGUGGGGGAAGCCCAGAGAGUGGAAAUGUUAUUCUCGGCCCAGUUCCUGUUUGCUUAGGAUGUUGGCUGGAUGGUGGAAGGGCCAGGAUUCGGCCGCUUUGCAUUGUCGGAGUCUGUUACCUGUCGGCACGAGGCAGGUGGGUGAUGGAGUUUGAAAGGGCAACCGGGCAGACGAAGAGGUUAAUCUCUCUCUCUCUCUCUCUUUUUUAUUUGGUUUAUUGAAUUUAAAUUCAAACAAACACCACCACCAUCAUCAUUUAGGAUUCCUUGAAUCCUUUGACUCCCCUCCCCAACCCUUCCAUGGUUACCAUUUUCAAUCUUUCUCCACUGUUUCACUUAUUUUCUCUAUUUUUCUUACACAAUCCAGUUUUACCUUAAUUUUUAGUACAUUACAAACAUUGCUCGAUUGCUGCCGGUUUUUAGUUGUUUACAAUGUUGUCUUAAGUACAGUGUAAAUUUUCCCAUUCCUUCUUAAAGUUCUUCUCUUCCUGGUUUUUGAUUUUCCCAGUCAAUUUCGGCGUAGUCCAUCAUCUUCAUCAAACCAUUCAUCUCGUCUCUCUCUCUCUCUUAAUUAGAAGCAGAGGGAGCGACAUUAUUAUUAUUAUUAUUAUUAUUAUUAUUAUUACUAUCUAUUGCUAGAAUCGUAGAGUUGGAAGGGACCACAAGGGAAAUCUAGUGCAAUGCAGGAAUCCUUUGCCCAACGUUGGGCUUGAACCCACAACCCUAAGAAACGGGGAGCCACCGCAAAAAAGGCCCCGUUCUUGUGUUGCCGCCCUUCCAGACCUCUCGUGGAGGAGACACACAAAGAAGGUUCUCAGAAGAUGAUCUCAGGGUCUGGGUAGGUUCAUAUGGAAAGAGGCGGUCCUUGAGGUAUUUCGGUCCUGAGCCGUUUAAGGCUUUAUAGGUCAUAGCAGCACUUUGAAUUGGGCCCGGAAACUAAUUGGCAGCCAGUGCGGUCGGGCCAGGAUUGGCGUUAUAGCAGCCUUUCUCAACCUGUGGGUCCCCAGAUGUUGUUGAGCUACAACUCCCAUCACCCCUAGCUAGCAAGGCCAGAGCUCAGGCAUGAUGGGAGUUGUAGUCCAACAGCAUCUGGGGACCCACAGGUUGAGAACUGCUGUGUUUAUACUAAGUCCAGCCGUUGGUUUGUCCAGCUCAGUAUUGUCUCCUACCCUGGCUGGCAGGGACAGCAUUGCAGAGGGUUGGACUAGAUAGCCCUUAGGGGCCCAAACCGAGUCUACAAUUCUGUGACUGUGAGCAUUCCGGCUUGUACCGUAUUUUUUGCUCUAUAGGACGCACCUUGUUUUAGAGGGGGAGAACAAGAAAAAUAAUAAUCUCCCCCCUCUGCUCAGUGCCCCUUCAGCGAAGCGGCAGGAGAAACGGAGCCCCUUCCAUUUCUCCUUCCACUUGGCGGAAGGGGCGUUGCGCCAGUGUGGUGUAGUGGUUAAGAGCGGUAGAUUCGUAAUCUGGGGAACCGGGUUCCCGUCUCCGCUCCUCCACAUGCAGCUGCUGGGUGACCUUGGGCCAGUCACACUUCUUUGCAGUCUCUCAGCCCCACUCACCUCACAGAGUGUUUGUUGUGGGGGAGGAAGGGAAAGGAGAAUGUUAGCCGCUUUGAGACUCCUUCGGGUAGUGAUAAAGCGGGAUAUCAAAUCCAAACUAUUCUUCUUCUUCUUCCCUCUCUGCUGAAGCCAGGAGUGUCUUGCUCUCCUGGCUUCAGCGAAAGGAACCUGAAGCCUCCGAAGCGCAGCAGGAACUCGCACUGCGCUCCGAAGGCUUCAGGCGGCUAUCCCCGAAGCCUGGAGAACGAGAGGGGUCGGUGCGCACGACCCCUCUUGCUCUCCAGGCUUCAGCGAAAGCAACGCGAAGCCUCCGGAGCACAGAGGGAGUGCUCCAUCUGCGCUUCGGAGGCUUUGCAUUGCUAUCGCGGAAGCCAAGGAGCCUGCAUUCGCUCCAUAGGACACACACACAUUUCCCCUUAAUUUUUGGAGGAGGAAAAGUGCGUCCUAUAGAGCAAAAAAUACGGUAUGUGGAUCAAUGUCAUUGAUGGGCUCGCCACCCACCCCCUUUCCCUUGCCCAUCUUGCUUAACGGCAGCAAGCUGCAACAAAAGCCCUGAUCUGUGACCCUCCGCCUUCAUUCUUUGUUUAUCUCAUUCCCCACCCCGCCCAAUCCGCCCUUUUAUUUGAUUUUUCCCAGUUCCGUAAUACGCAAUAAUCAUAUAUUAUACAUCCGGUUAAUUAAAUCAUACCGACUCAACAUCCAUCGUUACUUCUUCAUUUAGUUUGUACUGAUUCCAGUGGUUACAACUCCGCUCUAAAAGUCUCUUCUAAUGGCCCCUUCUCUCCCAUAAUUGCUUGUAGCUUGUUUUAUUUAUAAUGAUUACAUCCCAAAUUUUCCACUCCCUGUUUACUUCAGAAAUGAAGAAGUGCCUUCCUUAAAACUGUCUGGCUUGGGUUUUGUGGUUGGGGUAGGGAAAGUCUCAUAGUCGGCGAUGUGAGAUGAGAUGUUCUGUGGUGGAACUCCUUUCCGGAUGAAACAUCCCAGCGAUGUUCAGAUGCCCUUUGAAUAUUUUUCUAUUCAUCCAGAACUUUGAGGCGUCUUUGAGAAUCCUUCCUGACUCAGCUGCUGCUGCUUUGUACACAAGUUUUAUGUUUAAGACGGCUUGAUGGUGAUUUGACCAAUCUUUUAAUUCUUACUUUCAUUACAGUAGUACCUUGGUUCUCAAACGCCUUGGUACUCAAACCCAAACACUGCAAACUCAGAAGUAAGUGUUCCGGUUUGCGAACUGUUAUUGGAAGUCAAACAUGUUCCGUUUUGAGUGCCACACUUCCGUUUUGUGUGUUGCAAGGGGGGUUGCUCUAGAUGACCGCUGGGGGACCCCCUCCCAACUCUGUGAUUCUCCAUGUUGCUUCUUCUUCUGACUGCCCACUCUCUUUUCUUGUAGGGCAUUUCCCAAGGCCCUGA